AUGACAAUUCGGAUGCCGUUGUCGGGGAUGUUGUUACAGGCAACGAGAGCGUAUUUGGACAAACUGCAACCUGAAAAGUUGGUUGGACUACCAGGUGGGUACUUAGUGUGGCAAACGCUGCAGGGCUAACUGAAGUUCCCUCUGAUACCUGCCCCCCCCCCAGCAUUAGUGGUUUGCCUCUUGGCCCCAGUAGGCCCCACUGACCACAGUGCUCUUCCAGUGGAAGAGUGUGGUACUAGUGCCAUGAUCUGUGGUGGGUGGUUGCAACCAAGCCGCCUGCCAUUUUGAAUUUUCCAUGGUUCCCUUCUGUUUGAGAAAAAUCCCCAGGAACUCAUGGCCUGCCAAGACGACCGCAGACCACCAGUCAGAAGGAAAGCAGGUGGGGGCAGGCUGAGGUUGCUGCGGCAGAACCCCUACGGUCCAGCCUCCGCUGACUGCACCCACAGAUACAUGAAUCUGCUGCCUCCAUUGAAAUUAGCAUCCCUUCCAAAUGCCCCAUUUUAAGUGGGAUAGCCACACUCUUCUUUAAGGUGCCCUGGGCUCUGCUUUCCUCCCGAGGUGCCCCAAUUUUGUGCUGCUUGUGGAUGGCAGCAGCAUGGGGCAGGAUUGCUUCCCUGGCUUUGGGGGAAGGCGGGAGGGCUCUUGUGCACUCUCCUUCUCUAAGCUGGGCAGAAAGGAGAGCGCAGAAAGGCAGAGAGGCAGAAAGGAGGCGCAAGGUUCCAAUUUUUAUCAGCAAAUUGUUGGAGAAUGUGAAUUACCAAGGCAGCCCUUAUGAAGGAGAAAUCAACAGGUGUGAGUGCACAUGUGCUUGUAAAAGCUGCAGCUAUGGGGUAAUAAUUUCCGUUUAUAUCUCUUUAUUCAGUAGCACAGAUUCAGUUCCCUUCACCUGCAUUUUGUUUCUGGCUGGCUGGGCGAUAUGUUCCUUAUAGCAACUGUGCCCGAUUUCUUCCCACUCACAGUGCCUUUUCGGUAAAUCCCCCGAAGUAUUUUACGGGCCUCCUCGAAAUGCCACAUAGCGAAAGCUUACCACAGGUCAUGAAAUUUGAUCUCAUCCUGGAAACAUUUCCUGGGAACCGGCUGCCUUAAUAUACCACAGCUCCAGUGAGUCGUUGCUGCCGAUUUGCAGCGCGGAUUUUUGUGUGUGGCCAAAUCUGUUCUCCCCUUGCAGGCUCUGUGAGCAAUGCCGGGACAGCUGACGGAGCGAAACAGAUUAAAAGCGCCGAAGGAAACUGGGAUCGCUCCUGACAAGCACAUCUGCCGAUUUGGCCUACCUCGGGUCCUGUCAGAAUGCGAACCAGGCUGCGGAAGCACUGCAACCACCUAAUGAUGUUUAGGAAUGACGGCUUGAAUACUGAAUCAAAUUAACAUCAGGGUGCGGGGAGAAUUGAGAGAGAAGGCAUUGUUCCAGGGCAUGCUUGGAGUAUGGUGUGUACACUGCUUUGUUACUCAGUGGUAGCUGUAGUCCUGUGGUAGCGCAACUGCUUUGCAUGCCAAAUGUUCCAGGUUCAAUCCCCAUCUCCAAGUAAGGAGAACCCAUGGCUGAAAUCCCAGAAAGCAGAUGAUACUGAGCUCUGGAAGGUAGGACUCGAACCAAUGACUUAAAAUUAUGAGAAAGGAGAUUCUGAGAAAACAUCAGGUUGACAGUGGCAUGGACUCCCUCAGAAAGUGGUUGACUCUCCUUCCUUGGAGGUAUUUAAGCAGAGGUUGGAUGGCCAUCUGUCAUGGAUGCUGUAGUUGAGAUUCCUGCAUUGCAGGGGGUUGGACUAGAUGACCCUCGGUGUCCCUUCCAACUCUAUGAGUCUGUGAAUUCCUGGCAAACUGUUGCCAGCCAGUGUAAGGCAGCACUGUGCUGGAUGGACCAAUGGUUUUGCUUGGCAUUAAGGUCGCUUCCCACGUAGUUCUAUAUUUAUAUCAUAUAGAAUAUGUGAAAGGGACCUACUGAGGCAGAAGCAGCUCUGGUGACAAUGCCAUCUCCUCCCACCCCACUUUUUUUUUUUUGCCCAUCACAUUGGCUUCCGCUCCUGGCAGCAAAACUAAAGCUAAUCUGCGACCAUUAAUUUAAGUUGCAAAAUAAACAUUUUAUACCUCCGAGCUUGUUUAUUUUAUAGUAAUUGCUAUGAAAUACCUGGGACUGCACUAUGAAUCAUGACAACAUUUAAAAUAUUGAAUUUUCCCGUCGCAAGAUCCUGGCUGGCAUCCUGAGAUAAUCUACUUCUGCCUCCCUUCGAAGCCGUUUGGUCCUUGACGGAUGAAUGAGUGCCGGAGCAAGGUGUGCAAGAUAGAUUCUUGCCACGCUGCAACCUUCGUUGCAAUGUUGCUGGAAUAUCAAUGCUUAAGGGGCUUUGCAACGUUCCUUUCGCCUUGCUGCAACUAAUAACUUUCCUUAUUAAGGCUAUCAAGCGCUACUACUUCCAAUAUUGGAGCUGAGAUACCCUCAAUCCCAGUUCCGCAGGUUACGAGUGGGGAAGUUGCUAUCCCAGUAUCCCAGUACGUUUCCGAGCACAAUUCAAAGUGUUGGUGCUGACCUUUAAAGCCCUAAACGGCCUUGGUCCAGUAUAUCUGAAGGAGCGUCUCCACCCCCAUCGUUCUACCCGGACACUGAGGUCCAGCACCGAGGGCCUUCUGGCGGUUCCCUCACUGCAAGAAGCCAAGUUACAGGGAACCAGGCAGAGGGCCUUCUUGGUAGUGGCGCCUUCCCUGUGGAACGCCCUCCCACCAGAUGUCAAAGGGAACAACAACUACCAGACUUUUAGAAGACAUUUGAAGGCAGCCCUGUUUAGGGAAGCUUUUAAUGUUUGAUGUAUUAUAGUAUUUUAAUAUUUUUUUGGAAGCCGCCCAGAGUGGCUGGGGAAGCCCAGCCAGAUGGGCGGGGUAUAAAUAAUAAAUUAUUAUUAUUAUUAUUAUUAUUAUUAUUAUUAUUAUUAUUAUAUAAUUAUUGUACAUGUGUCCUGUCUGCAGGCUUCUCAUUGGCCCCCGUGGGAACAGAAUGCUGGUCUAGAUAGGCUGUUGGCUCUUCUUACAACAACAACAAUUUAUUAUUUGUACCCUGCCCAUCUCGUUGGGUUUCCCCAGCCGCUCUAGCCAGCUCCCAACAGAAUAUUAAAACACGAUAAAACAUCAAACAUUAAAAACUUCCCUAAACUGAGUUGCCUUCGGAUGUCUUCUAAAAGUCAGGUAGUUGUUUAUUUCCUUGACAUCUGAUGGGAGGGCGUUCCAUAGGGCAGGCGCCAUCACUGAAAAGGCCUUCUGCCUGGUUCCCUGUAACCUCACUUCUCGCAGUGAGGGAACCACUAGAACAUAGCUGUCAAUUUUCCCCUUUUCUUGCGAGGGAUCCUAUUCAGAAUAAGGGAAUUUCCCUUUAAAAAAGGGAAACGUUGACAGCUAUGGACUAGAAGGCCCUUGGCACUGGACCUCAGUAUCUCAGGGCUGAACGAUGGGGGUGGAGAUGCUCCUUCAGGUAUACUGGGCCGUGGCCAUUUGGGGCUUUAAAGGUCAGCACCCACACUUUGAAUUGUGCUUGGAAACGUACUGGGAGUCAAUGUAGUUCUUUCAGGACCGGUGUUAUGUGGUCUCGGCGGCUGCUCCCAGUCACCAGUCUUUGGGGGGAAAGGAGGAAGAAGGGCUCUCACACUCCAUCAGAGCAUCGCGCCUAAGCUAAGCAAACACUCCCAGGUUUGGGGAAGGAGGCAGGAGGCUCUGACAGGUUCCUGGAGCCCGCGUGCCUCCUUAGUAAAGCUAGAAUUAUUUUUUAAUGUAAUUGUUUUUCCUGACCCUGAAGAAAUUUGUGCCCAGGGCAACCGCCCAGAGUACCAGUACCAUUUUUGUGUGUAAAAACAAAGCACUGCCCAUGUCUUUCUGAUGCGAGUGAUGGAGAGGAGUGACAAUUUUUCAUGACGUCUGAAAGGUCAGGUGCAAGUUGGAUAAAUGGAUCUUUGUUAAGCCUUGCAGGACUCCCCAAACAGACAGGUGUUAUCUGGAAGUCAGGAGGGGGGCGGUUUAAUUCACUGCUAGCUUACUGUAUCAUACAAUCUUCGCUCUUCAAAGGGCUGGGCUGCCAGCUUCUUUUUUUAACCAGCUCCUCUUGGUGCGAAAGAUUCUUAUUGUUAUUUCAUUUGCUUUCAUUAUUAACGACUCCAUUCAUUUAAAGAGGAAUUCAGUGGACUAAUUAAUUUGUUCCCCAGCUUCAUUUGAAGGUUGUUUGGAAUUGUUAAAUUUGCUUUUAGCUUUAUGUUAAUAUUUUGAUGGUGUGUUUAAUUGGGGAAUUUGCCUGUUUUUGUAUUGUUCUGCUCAUAGUUUGCUUGCUGCUUUGAGUAUCCAUGAGAAAACUUGGCAGAUAGGUCUUAAAAAUAAAUAAAUUUCAUUAUUAAUUCCUUCACACCUUUUAAAUGUUUUAUGUUUGAUUUUUAAAAACCCGGAUACAAAUAUAUACCCUAAGAGCAAGGGGAAAAAGAGAAACUAUACAUUAAGAAAGAGCAAAGGAGGUAUAAGGUUGAAUAUUUCCCAGAAAAUCACAACUAAUUGUCAUCUUUCAAUAGAUCUCUUCCUCUGUUGCUCAUUACAUAAAUGUUUUAUGGCAGGUUAGCUUCAAUAAUAGUUAUAUUCCAGAUUUUUGAGAUCCAUUCGCAAAUUGACAAAAGAAGACUUUUCCAAAUUGCUCACAGGCAGUUGUGGGAAGGUUAACAACCAUUUCCAAGUCAGUAUCAAUAAUUAAAUCCUUAAGCUAACCCAUCAAUAGAAACAACUGCAUGGCCAUUCACUAAAUUUUCAGUUGUGUCUGAACCACAUUGUUGUGAAAUCUAUUUAUCUCCUGCCACACUCAACGUGGAACUUAAUUGAUGACAUGACCUGGGUAUUUACUACAAUACUGGCCCUCUCGCCUGGAAAUAUGAAAACCUCUGUGGUCUUGUCCCCCUCAUGACCUCUACCAUCUCCUCAAAUGUUAAAAUACAUUGGCCAUUGGCCACUCUUUCUGUUAUGUACUGAGCUGAAUAGGAGCCAAUAUGCAGCAGUCUGAUUGGUCCUAGAACAAUAGGAUUCAGAAUGCAGCAGUCUGAUUGCUCCACAGGAGCCACCCAAUCCAGCUCUAGGUGGAAGUGAAUCCACAGCCUGAUUGGCCUACAGGAGAAUCCUGGAAUUAGCCAAUCACGUGGGGCCUAUUGUGUAAAUAAUGUAUAUAAAGCAGACAUUCAGGGGCAACUUUCAUUCCUCCUCACCACUAUGAGCUGAAUAAAGAGCAUGAAAUCCACUCUCGACUCCGAGUAUAUUUCACUUUCAAUUAGGUUUAAACCAGAUAGUUACCAAAGUUAUGCACGUCCUACCACACCCAAUGUAUAUAAACAGCACCCAGUAAAGAAAAUGGAGGUGUUGGGUGAUAAUCUGGGGGCAUCCCCUAGUUUUAAUUUUAUAACCAAACUUCCACACAAAACUACUGAGUAUAAACAGGUAUAGUUGUGCUCGUGACGUUUGUCGGGUUCUCCUCCUGUUGCCAGAGUUGCUCUUUUCAAAUCUCUAAGAAGCAUUUCCUUCUGCUUCUGCUGAUUUAUCUGGGAUGUGCCAAUGAUUCAGAGACACCACUUUCAUUGCAUAAUUACCCUAUUUUCCCCGUGUAUAACAUGCCCCCGUGUAUAAGACGCCCCCUAUUUUUGGGGACUCAAAAUUAAGAAAAUGGGGAGAGAUUGACUUUGUGUAUAAGGCUACCCCCCUUUUUUAACAUCAUUUUUUAGUAAAAAACAAAACCCUAGUCUUAUACACGGAAAAGUACGGUAUUUACCCCUACCUAGGGAUGUUGGGACGCGAGUGGUGCUGUGGGUUAAACCACAGCGCCUAGGACUUGCCGAUCAGAAGGUCGGCGGUUCGAAUCCCCGCGACGGGGUGAGCUCCCAUUGCUUGGUCCCUGCUCCUGCCAACCUAGCAGUUUGAAAGCAUGUCAAAGUGCAAGUAGAUAAAUAGGUACCGCUCUGGUGGGAAGGUAAACGGCGUACUGCUCUGGUUCACCAGAAGCGGCUUAGUUAUGCUGGCCACAUGACCCAGAAGCUGUACGCUGGCUCCCUCGGCCAAUAAAGCGAGAUUAGCACCGCAAUCCCAGAGUCGGUCAGGGGUCCCUUUACCUCUAGGGAUGUUCGCAUUCUCCCUAUGUACUUUUGUGUUGCUGGAAUGGGAGCACGAAUAGUGAUAAUGCCACUUAGUUAGCUUGGAUGGAGAGAUGUGGGUGGGUGAGUAGAAACUUAAAAUUUUUGCAUGAGCGAAUGCGGUCCUGGAGAAAGUCCCUCACCUCUGAUCAGUAGCCCACUUGAAUGCACUGUUCUGUAAUUUUUCAGGUCAUACGUUCACUCAUUCAUAUAUAGACACAGCACAGAUAGACGGAAAUGGUAGCACAUGAGACUCUCAAUCUCAAGGAUGUGGGUUUGAGACCCAUGCUGAGCACAAGAUUCAUGCAUUGCAAGUGUCGGACUAGACGUCCCUUCCAGCUCUACAAUUAUAUGAUUCUAUGUAUAUAGACAGGGACGUGGGUGGCGCUGUGGGUUAAACCACAGAGCCUAGGACUUGCCAAUCAGAAGGUUGGCGGUUCGAAUCCCCGCGACGGGGUGAGCUCCGGUUGCUCGAUCCCUGCUCCUGCCAACCUAGCAGUUUGAAAGCACCUCAAAGUGCAAGUAGAUAAAUAGGUACCAGUUCGGUGGGAAGGUAAACGGCGUUUCCGUGCGCUGCUCUGGUUCGCCAGAAGCGGCUUAGUCAUGCUGGCCACAUGACCCAGAAGCUGGACGCCGGCUCCCUCGGCCAAUAAAGCAAGAUGAGCGCCGCAACCCCAGAGUCGGUCAUGACUGGACCUAAUGGUCAGGGGUCCCUUUACGUUUACCUUAUAUAGACACACACAGCCCAGUAUGUCGCCGCACACAGUCUCUUUCUUGGUAUACACAGACGCAUCUGCAUCUUCUAGGGAGAGUGAGAAAGUCUUCCGGUUGUCGUUUUUGAAGGGUUGAGCGUAAACAUGAGGCACAUUUGCACAGAGGAAGAGAGAGAUGCAGAGAAAGAUAUUCCAGCAGCCCUUUAAAUGAGUGAAACCUGCCAGUGAUAUUAUCUGUCAUGUCCCGAAGUAAACUGGCUGCCUAAUUGCAACAAGACUUUCAAGACAUGUUCUUCUCAGUCUUGAAUUACUGGAUAAGCAGCAAUAGAUGCUCUUCAUCUUACCAAUGACUUACAUAUUGCCUUGGUAUUCCUUUUUAUUUAUUUAUUUUUAAAAUUUGUAAAGAGUCAGUGUGGUCCGUGGCUAGGGGUGUGGUUUCAGUUGCAGAUGGCAACCUCUACCCUACAUCACAUUUCAAUAUUAUAAUAAUAUCACAAGUUCAUUCCUUAGCUGGAGUUGUUCAGGUUGAAUAUGUCUUGAGACUGUGUUCAGCUUCUUUUAAGAUUGUGGCACACCUAUUCUGCGUUCAGCGUACCGAAGAGGAUUCGGGUCACGGAAUUUUGCAUUAUCAAGCUUUCUUGAACCGUUCCAAGUGUGAUUUGAGACCCACAAACCCACGGUAAAAGCUGAAUCCUCAACAACCCCGGGAAAUGGUUCUGGGGUUCCAUCAUGACUGAUCUUGUGAUUUCUCCUUUGAUGGAAGAGGAGCUGCAGUCCCAUGUGAGCUUGCAUCUCUUACAUCGCGCUGCUCACAUGGGCAGGCUUGUCAUUGGAAAAGUUUACAUUGCAAGCUGGUUCCAAGCAUAUUGUCAGACCUGAUUUGAAGGCAACUUGAGAACAGAGCCCCAUUUAUCCAAAAUACCAAGCAUCAGGCUAAUGGUAAAUCGGGACACAUGAGUAAUUGGUCAGGGCCAUCCAGUUGGAAAUAGUUUCAUGAAGGUCAGAUUGGACAAGGAUGGCUGCACCAUGUUCAUCUGAUGCAGCAAAAUAAAUUAAGACUCCCACAGUUGCAUGUUUACUUAUAUCAUGCUAUUCUUCCAUCAUGAACCUCAGGGCAGCAGAUGACCUCUUUACUGAGCAUCCAUCCUCCGCUUUGCUUGGAAGUUUGGUCCGUCUGUCUCCAACUGCUCCCCGUUUUGCAUGUGUAAUGAAUUGCUCCAUAAUUGUCCUGUAAUUACGCAUUUCCUGCUCCUGGAGGACAGCAGGGCUCAAAUGAUUCCUCUCUCCUAAUUUUCAUCCUUUCUUAUUGCCAGAGAAUUCUAUUUCACACUAAAAAAUGAAAACACUGUGAGAAGAACCAGUCACUUGGAACAGGAAGCAAUGAGAUGCAGAAGUUCCAAGCUGGAAGCGUAGCAUUAAAGACACAAAUCUUGCCUCUGCUGCCUUCCCUAUGUUUUAAGCAGUUAUUGUUUUUAUCUGCAAUCUGCCCAGAGUCAUGUCAGGGAAGAAAGCGGCGUAUAUAUAAAUAAAUAAAUAAAUAAAAAUAAAGAUAGUGUAGCUCUGCUGGUGGUGGUGUCAUUGUGACAGGGUCUGCAGCUGUGUGGGCAGACUCCAUGGACACAGUGUGUAUAGUGUGGUCUCUUUUAGAAUUUCGGCUGAAUGUGUGCACAGGGCAGAGUCAGCAAACAUGAGAUAGAGAUGGAGCAGAAAUUUGAUUCAGUCCACAUUUAAAGGGUGGGCUUACCCAAUAUGCAAUUUCCCAAACAUUAUGCAGGCUGAAACACAGUCCUCCUUUGAUGUUCCUCCUCUCCUGGGUCCUUCCCAAGCAAUCUGAGACUGUGCCGGUAUGCUUGUCUCUGUCUCCCCCUCUUCAUACCUCUUCUGGUACUGGAAAACCGGGGGAGGGCAGCUGGGCAGUGAAGGUCCUGUGUGAGUGCCUGGAGGCGGUUGGAGGAUGGAUGGCGGCUAACAGAUUGAGGUUGAAUCCUGACAAGACAGAAGUACUGUUUUGGGGGGACAGGAGGCGGGCAGGUGUGGAGGAUUCCCUGGUCCUGAAUGGGGUAACUGUGCCCCUGAAGGACCAGGUGCGCAGCCUGGGAGUCAUUCUGGACUCAUAGCUGUCCAUGGAGGCACAGGUCAAAUCUGUGUCCAGGGCAGCUGUUUGCCAGCUCCAUCUGGUACGUAGGCUGAGACCCUAUCUGCCUGCGGACUAUCUCGCCAAGUUACAGGGAACCAGGCAGAGGGCCUUCUCGGUAGUGGCACCCUCCCUGUGGAACACCCUCCCACCAGAUGUCAAAGAGAACAACAACUACCAGACUUUUAGAAGACAUCUGAAGGCAGCCCUGUUUAGGGAAGCUUUUAAUGUUUGAUGUAUUACAGUAUUUUAAUAUUUUUUUGGAAGCCGCCCAGAGUGGCUGGGGAGGCCCAGCCAGAUGGGCGGGGUAUAAAUAAUAAAUUAUUAUUAUUAUUAUUAUUACUAUUAUUAUUACGGUCGCAGCAGGAGGGGGAGACAUCUGGCUUCUUCACCAGCCUGACUCAUCUCUGUCUCUUGAUCCCCCUCCUCUCCAGGUUCUGAUUCUGGACUUCUCUCAGCCACAGUCUCUUCCGGCUCACUAAACCCUGUUGCCUCUUCAGCUUCUGACACCUCCUCCUCCUGGUCUGCUCUGCCUUCUCUCUCUGACCCCUCUUGGUCGUCCCACCACCAACCCCCAAGAUCUGAGUCUUCUUCACUUGGGGGUUCCCACCAUUCCUCUGUGUCAAACCAGUCCAGGACAGCAUAUUAGACAAAACAGAAUACAAAACUGUGUGUAUUGGGAGAUACUCACACUAAAAUGCUGAUGAGAUUUCAUGAGGACUUGUUUUUUCUUUUUCAAUGCAAGCAGAGGCGGAAUGUAGAGCUGAACUGAAGUCUGGAAAAGAGAGAAACUGAAUGGAGUCAAAGUCGACGGAUUCACUGGCCCCUACCUUAAGAGGGGACGCGGGUAGCGCUGUGGGUAAAACCACAGAGCCUAGGGCUUGCCGAUCGGAAGGUCGGCGGUUCGAAUCCCUGUGACAGGGUGAGCUCCCGUUGCUCGGUUCCUGCUCCUGCCAACGUAGCAGUUCAAAAGCAUGUCAAAGUGCAAGUAGAUAAAUAGGUACCACUCCAGCUGGAAGGUAAAUGGCGUUUCUGUGCGCUGCUCUGGUUUGCCAGAAGCGGCUUAGUCAUGCUGGCCACAUGACCCGAAAGCUGUACGCCGGCUCCCUCAGCCCAUAAAGCGAGAUGAACACCGCAACCCCAGAGUCGGCCAUGACUGAACCUAAUGGUCAGGGGUCCCUUUGCCUACCUUAAGAGGGCUCAACUCUGUUCCUGCCUGCCCCUCGCCACUGCCCCAGAUGAACAAUAUUGAAAUGAUGAUUCUAGUUACAGGUAGGUAGCCAUGUUGGUCUGCCAUAGUCCAAACAAACAAACAAACAAACAAACAAACAAACAAGUAUCUGAAGAAGUGUGCAUGCACACGAAAGCUCAUACCAAUAACAAACUUAGCUGGUCUCUAAGGUGCUACUGGAAGGAUUUUUUGUUUGUUUGUUUGAAAUGAUUGCUCAACUUUAAUUGUAGGGGAGAAUUCUUCCUGUAGAGAGGGGACUAGAGUUGUUGAAGAGGCAAGGUUUGUUUGCUCUUCUAAACAAGCACAUGCACACACAAACACACUAAUCCCUAGGGUAGAGAGAGGGGAGGAGAAAAGCCUACCCUCUUCAAAGAAAAACUAGUAAUAUAAAGACAGAAAAAUCUUUUGCAACCAUGGCAAAACCCCUAGGGGAAGAUGUCCGUAUACAGCCAAAUGGUUUUGAACAAUCCCUGAAAAAGAAAGAAAGGAUCUUCUUUACAAGCCCUUAAUUGUUACAAAUGUGUGUCAGGGUUAGGCAGCAAAUUCCAGAACGGCAGCUAGAGAUAAGAAAUGCAGUCCUACCAGAUACCUGUGUUUUCCUAGCAGAUGAGGGCAACUGCCAUCUUAGCUUGAGCGACACAAUGCCCCUAGUGUUCAAAAGUAAAUAAUUGUUCUCCUCCUCCUGAGUGCAGGGCGGGGAAGGAAGAAGAGAGUGGGCUGCUGACCCACUUGCACAAGCAGCCCAGAUGUAUCAGGGUUCAAGGGGUAUCGAUUAAGACAUUUGAGAGUUGUGCCCCUUCAGUCUGAGUGGUGCAAAGGAUGGAGAGCAAAAUGUCUGGGCUGUAGCUCCAUGCGUAGAGCAUCUGUUUGGCAUGCAAAAAUUCCUGGAUUCAGUCCCUGGCAUCUCCAGGCAGGGAUAAUAAUAAUAAAUAAUAAUAAUAAUAAUAAUAAUAAUUUAUACCCCGCCUAUCUGGCUGGGCUUCCCCAGCCACUCUGGGCGGCUUCCAACAAAAUAUUAAAAUACAGUAAUGCAUCAAACAUUAAAAGUUUCCCUAAACAGGGCUGCCUUCAGAUGUCUUCUAAAAAUCUGGUAGUAGUUGUUCUCUUUGACAUCUGGUGGGAGGAUGUUCCACAGGGCAGGUGCCACUACCGAGAAGGCCCUCUGCCUGGUUCCCUGUAACUUGGCUUCUCGCAGGAAGGGAACCUCGCCAGAAGGCCCUCAGCGCUGGACCUCAGUGUCCGGGCAGAAUGAUGGGGGUGGAGACGCUCCUUCAGAUAUACUGGGAAGAGGAUGUUUAGGGCUUUAAAGGUCAGCACCAACACUUUGAAUUGUGCUCGGAAACGUACUGGGAGCCAAUGUAGGUCUGUAGGAUGGUGGGAGCUGUACCCCAACACAUUUGGAGGGCACCACGUUGGGGAAUGCUGAUGUACAUAAUACGGAGCUAGUCGUGCCAGCGGCCUGACUUGCUGUAAGGCACCUUCCUAGGUUUAAACAACAACAACAGGAGUCUUGCUUCUAGAUCUUUGACUUUCAAAGAUGGAACUCACGUUUAGUUCUCUGUCUACAUUUGCAGAGGGGAACAUUACAGCGGUACCUCGGGUUAAGAACUUAAUUCGUUCUGGAGUCCAUUCUUAACCUGAAACUGUUCAUAACCUGAAGCACCACUUUAGCCAAUGGGGCCUCCCACUGCCGCCGCUGCGCGAUUUCUGUUCUCAUCCUGAAGCAAAGUUCUUAACCCGAGGUAAUAUUUCUGGGUUAGCGGAGUCUGUAACCUGAAGCGUAUGUAACCUGAAGCGUCUGUAACCCGAGGUACCACUGUAUAGAUGUUUGCAUCAAAGUUAUGCGACCCCCGAGCCAAGGAGCUAAAAAACUAUACAACCUUUAGAAGACAUCUGAAGACAGCCCUGUAUAAGGAAGGUUUUUUUUAAUGUUUAAUGUUUUAUUAUGUUUUCAUAAAUGCAGGAAGCUGCCCAGCAGAGUGGCUGGAGGAACCCAGUCAGAUGGGUGGGGAAUAAUAAUAAUAAUAAUAAUAAUGGAAUAGGACGUCCCUAUUUUCAUCAGAGAAAUGUUGGAGGGUAUGCCGCUCCCUAAGUCCAUGUGUGUAUUCGAAAAUUGUCCACAGUGUUCCGAGUGGCUCGUGCGAAACACGACGGAGAAAGCUCUCUUCCCCAAACUGUGUUUCGUGCCCCCUCCAGUUUGGUUUCCUGUGGGGAGUGGGCAAGGAGGGAGCCCCCACCUUCCCUGUUGUGUCACAUUUAGCUGUACAGCCAAAUCCUCUGCCCUUGGUUUGUUUCUCAAAUCUGCAUUUCGGGCGUGUUUUUCCUGUUAGAACUGCCCCCCUACCCCCACCCUCCGUGGUUCUUUAUCCUUCCUUGCCCUCCUACACGCUCUGUGGCUGGUUUGCACAUUUCAUUUCAAAUGUGCAGAACACCAAAUAAUGACUUGAUCUGCUUAAUGCAAUUUCCUGGUUCCCUCUCUCUCCCUCCUCCUCCCUCUGACAGUAAUGGGAGUUCCCAUCCCCCACCCGCUGUUUCCUCCACUCCUGCUGUCUCCCCUUUCUGAACGCUCCUGCUUUGAUUAUUUGUAUAUUUCAGUUGAGGGUUUAGAGACAAUUCUGCAUCCUCUGGACACGUUUUUUGUUUUUACUCCCCACCCCCACCCUGCCUUUCUCUUUCUGCAUAUUUCCCCGCAUACGCAAGCAAACAUUCAGAUCCAGAAUUAGGCCUCUGUUGAAGCUUGGGACAGUUUCUGGAGUGUUGCUUUUCCUUCCAGCACUUAAGAAAGUUUUUACUCUUUUUGAUGGCUGCUGUUAUCAGUACUGUCAGUUUUUUUUGUUUUUUUGUUUUUUUUAAAAAAAUAAUGUUUAUUAAGAGUUUAGGAAUUACAGAAAGAAGUUAAACAAAGCAAAACAAUACAAUACAAUACAUAUAAAACAGAAAACACUACUUAUCUUAACAAAACAAAAACAAAAACAGAAACAAUUUAAAACACAUCCAAUAUUUCCAUAUCUUAUCUUUCAUUUACUUGUUUCGACGACCUCCUCACACCUCCCUUUUUUGUAUUCUAGUUCAAUUAGCUAUUUCAGCAAAUCCUUUCCAUCUUUCUCAGUUUUUGUCCCAUAAUUUAUCUUAACACAAUCUAACCUUAUUUUUUUCCCCUUUAGCCCAUUAACAGUCUAUUUUUACUUAAUUCUUUAUAACAUUUCUGCUAAAGCCAUAUAACUUCAUUCCAGCAUCCUUCUAACAUUCAUUAAUUUUACAGUGUUUCUGUAAAUAGUCUUUAAAUUUUUUCCAAUCUUCUUCCACCGACUCUUCUCCCUGGUCUCGGAUUCUGCCAGUCAUUUCCGCCAGUUCCAUGUAGUCCAUCAGCUUCAUCUGCCAUUCUUCCUGGGUGGGUAAAUCUUGUGUCUUCCUGUUAUCAGUACUGUCAAUUCUGCCUGGCAGAGCCCCCCCAAGGCAUCAGAGAAGGUUCCCUCCCCAGUCUCCUUCCUCCUGAUCUUAUUUAAAUUGAAGGCACCAAGAUUUUUAUCUUUCUAUUGCAUUUCUACCCCACCUUUCCCUUCAAGGUCAGCAAACAAUUUCAGCAGGGGGCCGGUCCACUGUCCCUCAGACAGUGGGGGGCUGGACUAUAUUUUGAAAAAAAGAAAUGAAAGAAUUCCUAUGCCCCACAAAUAACCCAGAGAUGCAUUUUCAAUAAAAGAACACAUUCUACUCAUGUAAAAACACCAGACAGUCCUCACAAAUAACCCAGAGAGGCCCGUUCGCAACCUGAAAAGAACGCAACCUGCAUCUGCGCGGGUCGCGAUUCGCCGCUUCUGCGCAUGCGUGUGACGUCAUUUUGCGCGUCUGUACAUGCGCGAGUGGCGAAACCCGGAAGUAACCCUUUCCUGUACUUCCAGGUUGCCGCGGGACGCAACCUGAAAACGCUCAACCUGAAGCAAACAUAAUAUGAGGUAUGACUGUAAAAGGACACAUUCUACUCACGUAAAAACACGCUGAUUCCCGGACCAUCCAUGGGCCGGAUUUAGAAGGCGAUUGGGCCGGAUCCGGCCCCUGGGCCUUAGUUUGCCUACCCAUGGGCUAGUCCGACGCUCUAACCAUGCUGGCUCCCAAAAACUCACUGGGAAUUCCUCAAUAGUUAACCGGGACUUGAACCUGGCACACUCUAGACCAUGCCUUCUCCGUUUUCGAGAAUGCUGGUUUUUCUACCAGUGCAUGUCAGAAUAGGCUGUUUUCCCCACACUGGUAUAAAAAUAAUAACCGUUUUUAUUAUUAUUUACAUCUGGCCAGGGAACUUUUAAUUCCAAUUAACAGAUAAUCCCUUCAUAGUUCCUUCCAUUUAUAGGGGUUUCUCUUCUCCUUUGGGGAUGGUGCUAGAGCAUUUGGAAGGGGGGGGAAUCCCCCCUCCCCACUUUUAUCCCUACCUGCUGUGCAACCCCCAUUUAACCUACCCCUGUGCAAACUCUUCUUUCCCAGUAUUCUGAUGGUGGUAUAUUUGCAGAGGGGAUCUCCUCCACUCCCCACCCAAAAAACCGCUGGGCUCCAUAUAUGCUUAUUCCACCCCCUCCCCCGCCUUUUAGGGUGGUGUUUGGCAGACCUCGCAGAAACAGUGAAACACCCCCGAAAACAGGCCCCUGCCACGCACCUCUUGCAGGUGCUUCCCCUCUCCUCCCCAAUGGCUCAUGAAUUUUAUUUCUCAUCUUUGCGCCUCCCCCACCUUUCCACAGGGCUGGCUGGGAACCUCCCCCCCCCCAAAAAAAGACAGAGGAAAAAAAUGCAAUUCCAUUUCACUCUCUCUUGCUCUGCUUCCUCCUGGUUUUUGGUUUUUUUGCAUGCAUGCAUGCAAACGCCGGGUUUGUUUGCGUGUUGUUGUUUUUUUGCAGGAAGCAAAAGCAACAGAAAACACAGCCAGGCCUCGCCUCGCUCCCUUCCCCCUUCUCUGUGUGUAUAUGUGUGUGUCUGUGCGUGUGUGUAUGUGUCUCUCUUCUCCUGCUCAUUUCUGUAUGGCUGGCCACAUUUCUCUUUCUCUCUCUCUCCCCCCCCCCAAGUGCUGAGUGUCUGAGAGCCGUUGGCUGCUCUGAACCGUUUUGGCUCCUUCCCUUAGUAACAGCUUUAACAUUCUGCCUCAAUUCCUCUUCCAUCUAAAUCACACUCACACUCACACUCACACACACAGAGAGAGAUUGCUUAUUAUUAAUAUUAGUAGUAUUAUUACCUCCUCCUUCCUCCUCCUUCCCUGGGACUGUGAUCUGUAAUCUCUCCACCCCCCCUCCUCCAACAACCACCCCCCCUUUUCUUAAAUCCCCACCCCCCAAUACACACACACACAGACACACACACACAUACACAGAGGCUCGGGAUAUAAUUGAACACAUUGCAUUUUUUGGGUGGCUUUUUUGCGGUCUCUAUUUUUUUUCUUUUUUUGGAGGCGGGGAAGAAGGGGGGGGCGCGCCCGGAGCUGCUCCUGCAACUGCAGACCCGUCUUUUUUUUUUUUUUGUUCCUACAUGCCUUACCUAAAUAUAUAUUUGUAUUAAAAGCCAAGGGGGAAACUGCAUUUCCACAUCUCUCUCUAUGUUUUUUUUCCUCUCCCUCUUCUGCCUCCAUUGCAAAAGGAGGGGGUGAGAACGAGCUUUAACGGAGAGCCAUCAAUUUGCAAGGUAAGGAGAGAGUGGUUUUGUUGUGUGUUUUUUUUGCGCGUGUGUUUUAAUCUUUGCUGCUUUAAAUGUACCCUUUGCAAAAGCAGAAUAUCUGGGGCGGUGCGCCGUGGGGAGGGGGGGUUGGUUGGUUGGUGGAAGCAAAGCCUCGCAUAAAGUAAAUGCAAAAGCCUUAUUAUGCCCGGGUGGGGGUUGGGGGGCUUGGAGAGAAGGAUUUGAAAGGGGGGGCGUGUUGAGACCAGAGGCUGGGGGUGGGGUGGGGGGAAGGGCGCCUGUGUUUGUAGAGAGUUGGAGGAGGGAGAGUGGGGGAUGGGCAGGAGUGUAACAUGCAUUUUUCAACUUGGCCCUCUCGCUUCCCUCCCCCCACAACCCCACUGGGAAACCUGGGUCUUUUAACUUUAAAUAUUUCUUUCCCCCCUCGCGUCUCUCUCCCCCCCAUGGCUGGGGGCGCAAAGUGUUGAUUCGCCUCGUUUUGAAAGCACAAGGUUGGGUUGGGUGGGGGUGGGGGCGCAGGAAAAGGAAAGAAAUAAAAUAAAAAAGAACCAGGAAGGGAUUUGCACACAAAUAAAUGCAAGCCAGCAGCCAUUAUGAAGCAAGCUGGUUUUAUAGCCUAUUUUUAGACCGAUUUCCCCCCCUUUUUUUUUUUGCAAAGCUGAAGAGUUGAUGAUUUCCGUGCAUUUCUUUACUGCUCGAAGAAGACGCACGCCUUUUGUAUAAUACAAAGAUCGGAAGUGUGGUUUAUGUUUAUUAUUACUAUUAUUAAAAUAAAAUGCAAAAAAGGUCAGUGGGGAUUUGGGUUUGCUGGAAAGCGGGCCGGGUCUGGGAGGGAGGUGAAAGUUUUCUUUGGAAAGGUUUUUGCCCCUGAAAUGCCUGUUUGCAAAAGGAGAGGUUGGGGGAAGGGAAGCUGGGCUUGUAGCUGAAGCCAGGCUGAAAGCGGGGGAAGGGACUGGUGUGAAAAGAGGGCCUUGCCUGGCGCUUUGCUCUGGAGCGGCUUUGCAAGCGAUGAAAAACACAAAACAGGUUCUGCCUUUUGCUUUUUGCAUUUAUUCCUAUUGGGGGCGAUUAGAUUAAGGAGGGUUCUGUGCUCUGCUUCACCUGCUUUGGAAACUGGGGGAGGGGAGGUGUCUUUAAAAACUCCUCCAAAGUUGUUGUGGACAGAUUUCCUGGGUUUUAAGUUCUGGGGAGAUCCCUUGCAUUAGUAUUUUAUUUUAUUUGGUGGACAAAGCACAUGGGUGCAUCUGCUUUAAUGUGUCUAAAGCCCCCCCCCCCCCGAUUUGUGCAUUCGGUAUUUUUCACCAGUUGUUUUUUUGGAGGUCCACGUGCAAAAUAGCUGCCUCAGGAAACUGGAAGAAGGCGUGUGAAGCUGGUGUUUUUUUUCUCUCCUCCUUUUACAUCUUUUAUUUUCUUUCCUUUGCCCAGCUUAAAAAAAGUGGGGGGGGGGAAGAGAUGUGUUUCCAAGGCUACUUAUUAUCAGGGUGUGGUUUCGCCUUCUUUCAGCAAAGACAAAAUAUCCCUGUUUAUUAUUAUUAUUCCACAGCCAUGGGGAGGAACGUAUCAGAGAAAUGUUGGGCAGCGUGGCUUGUCAAAUGACUUUGGAGGUUGGGUUAGGGCAAAAUACAGUACAGAAAUAAAGCCAGCGACACACACACACACACACACACGUGUAUAAAAGUUUAAGGAAACUCUCACAGAAGUUUUGGACAGUAGAUUGGUGUGGAGAACUUUUUUAUUUUGCACUGUGUCCCUGAGUUUUGCCUACUGGGCUUGCUGACUCUCUUGCACGUGCUUUUACUUCCUCAAUUUUUUCCACCCUUGUGUAAAGGAAGUUAUAGCUGAUUUAUAUAAGGCACCACACAAUUCUCAUUUUCUAGCAAUAUUGGGGGAGGGGAGGGAGCAGGAAGAAAAGGGGGCUUAAUUAUUUCCCCCCCCUUGCACCUGUGGUCUGUUGCAGUGAAUAUUUGAGGGUACUGUAACUCUAAAUUCUAUAAUUUCUGGUGAUUUCUAGUGUCUCCUUGAAGUUUGAAGACACCUGCACCAACCAAAGUUUAAGAAAAAGUUCAGUUUUCAAACUUAAAUUUGUGUUUUCAAGCUAGGCCACGUGUCGGGGCCUUAUUGGCAAUUUUGGUAGAAUUUUCAUAAACUUAAAUCUGUGCCUGUGUGAGGCUUCCUGUUGGGUUUGACUGUGACCCUCAUCUCACUAGGGAGUAAACCCCAUGGAACUUUGUAGGCCUUACUUCUGAGUAAACAUGCACAGGAGUGCGCAUUUUAGGCCAGACGUGUGUAAACAGAGGCGAGUGCGUUCUAGGAGAUAUCCAUGGGGCUGUUGGCAUGAAUUUUGCGUUAACUGAGCGGUGGAGUCUGGGUAAAAGUUGGACAGGUUGCUGAUUUGUUGGUGGCACUACUCAUUUGAAUAAAAAACCGUUUGAAGAUUAUUCAUUCUUAAGCAUAUUGUGGUUUUUAUAGUAGUACGGGUUUAUCGUUUUAUGUUUGCAUUCUCUUUUAUUUGUACGGCGCCUGGAGAAUUUUAUAGGGUGUCGCCAUAAACAGAACAAAUAAGUAAAUAGACGUUGACAGCGUUGUCCGCUAAGAAACUUGGGAAAUUUUGUCGGAAUGCAUGUGGUUGUAAACAAGGGGCAUGUCAUUCCUGAAUGCUGAACAAGUAUCUGGGAUGCUAUUCGUGUAUAUAGUUACGAAACGACCUGGACAUUUUGGUGAUGUUUGCGCAUCGCAUGAACCAUGGUUUAACACCCACAAGUGCCACUCUGAUCCUCCCUGCUUACACUGGGAGGAAACCAACCUCAAUCCGUGGUUUAGUGUUGCAUCCAGACCAGGAAGUGUGGUUUGUUUUGCUGCAAACAAACCAAGGUUUGCUGCUGCCUUACCAGUUAAACCAAACCAAAUCCUAACUUAGGAAUGCCAAUUUAGGAAUCUUGGCUUGUUUUUCUCUCUCCCUACACUCCUGGACUAAAGGGUGUGUGAUUUCCUUGUGCUCUCUAAACUAUGGUUUGUUGCUUACUGUGGCAUGCGAAUGAGGCCAUUGGCAACUUAGAUAGCUAUUACUGUUAGCACUCUUUGUAAUUGGGUCGUACUGUUACUUGAAUUUAAAAGUGUAUUUGGGGGAGGAUAACAUUCAGUUCAUUUUCUUCCAGUGAAAGCAUAUUUAGGACCACCUUAUUCUUCCUUUAAAAGAAAAAAGAAGGGCUCUGGAGUAAUGAAUUCGGUCUUGACCGACGUUUAUUUUACCAGUGGGGUGUUCCGUUUGCGGAAGUGCAGGGUGAUCCUAUGCGUCCAGAAAGUGUGUUUUGAAUAUAUUAUAGGUGGGGCUGAUGGAGUGGCUUGUUCCCACCCAGUUGACACCUGCCCCCCCCCACAUAAUUGGCGAAUACACUCAUUCUCCCCAGAGGCAUAAGAUCGUACAUUCCCCAGGGAAUGAUUUCAACAAAACUUGGGACGUUAAGAGACAAGGGUUUUGAAUAGCAUUUUUAAAGAAUUGCAGCAAUUCUUUGAGAUGGCCUAAUGGCCAUGAUAACUAAGUAGAACCCCCAUGCACAGAGCAGUCUACCUCUGAAUGCUCGGAUGCUGGGGGCAUAAAACCGGGGGUGAGAGGGGAAAGUAAACGUCACAUAUUAUUUGUUUGUGAGCAUCCAGAAGGCAAAUGGUCAACUACUGUUGGAAACGAAGAGUUUGACAAGAAUGACCACGCUCCCAUCUUGCUUACUUAACAAUAUUUACAGGCUGCCUUUCAACAGAAGGCAGUUCACAACAGUUAAAAUAACAACAAAGCUUCCCCUGGGAAGAAUAAAACAUUGGAAUACGAUUUCUGAUUUGGAUAAACCGCUGUAAUAACUAAAUGUGGUACAUAUUUCCUCCUCCCCAUCCAUUUAGUCUGCCACUACCCCCCCCAAUAAUAUUCAGUUUCAGGUAUUGUUCAUUGUUUGCCCAAGAAUCCUGAGCUAUGUGUGCUCUUUCCCCUUCCUAGUAACUUACGUUAGUUAUAGAAGUGCAAGGUUAACGCUGUAAAAAUUGAAGGCAUGCAUGUGAUUUUUGCAUCUUGGUUAGGCUCCCAGAUGAUUAUGAAGAACACCUGGAAAGUGUUUAGUAUUCUUCCCUUCUGAAUGCGUAGGUAUAGGAGUAAGGGAAAUAUUAGCGGGACGUGUUUGGGCCUUAGGUGGCUGUUCGGUUCAGAGAGGUACCUUGAGGCCUAGCACAACACGUGUGUUUGGGAAGUGGGUGCCUUAAAUUAUGUGGAGGAAACAUACGGGGAUUCUGGAACAGUUGGGUGCAUUUGCUACUCAUCCCAGAGUUUUAGGGCAACUUCUCAAAAGGCCAACUGUUUUACAAGGCCGUGGAUUCCUCUAUGUGGCGGUAAUGAUGAAUGCCUUGUGUAGUUGCUUUGAAGUUCUAAGGCGUUGCUGUAAAACUGUAAGUGCAAAAAGCAUUGUAAAACUUUGAUUCUGGCUUUGUAGUUAUUUCUUCAGACACCUCAGGUGGUAGCUGGUGGGGCAUGUAUGGCCGACUCGCAAGAAUUGCUUAAAAGUUCAGAACUGUGUGUGUGUAUGUGUUCGCACACGUGCUUGUUUGAGCAAGUAAAAAUUGAGCAUACAGAAUGACUUCAUUUGGCACAAGGCUGUGAAAUUUUGCUCCAACAUCUGGAAUAUGCUGCAGGGAGAAGCUGAUAAGCAAUGGUAACAUGAUGCUGUAGUCCUUGAGGGCGACAUAGCUCUCAAAAAGUCCCAGCGUCUCCAUGGUAUAAGUGGGAUUGUGUGAAGUAUGUUUUAGGGUGAGACUUGAACUCUGGACCUUGUCACUCACAUGAGUCAGCCAUGAUGCUGUGCCAGCUGUUGUAAAUAGUCUUAUGUAGAAUGCUAGCCUGUCUUGCUUUUUACAUGGAAGUAACAUGGGUGGUGCUGUGGUCUGAACCACAGAGCCUAGGGCUUGCCUAUCGGAAGGUCGGCGUUUCAAAUCCCCGCAACGGGGUGAGCUGUUGCUCAGUCCCUGCUCCUGCCAACCUAGCAGUUCAAAAGCAUGUCAUAGAGUGCAAGUAGAUAAAUAGGUACCACUCCGGCGGGGAAGUAAACGGCAUUUCCCUGCGCUGCUCUGGUUUUGCCAGAAGCGGCUUAGUCAUGCUGGCCACAUGACCUGGAAAAACUGUGCGGACAAACGUCAGCUCCCUCGGCCAGUAAAGCAAGAUGACCGCUGCAACCCCAGAGUCGUUUGGAACUGGACUUAACUUUCUGGGGUCCUUUACCUUUUUUAAAAGUCAUUUGAAACCGGUGGACAUUCUGUAUAAACGUGGUGAGGUCUAGGACCACUUUCUUAGAUUCACAGAAUCGUGGAAUUGCAGAGUUGGAAGCCCCCUGCAAUGCAGGAAUAUACAUUUGUCUUGUCUUCACUCCCCAUCCCCCACUGGGCGGUGUUUAUUUAUAAUAAAGUGUCCUUAGUGUUCAGGGCUAGAGGAUUACUGUGAGAUACGUAUAUGAACACUCAAAAUGCUUUUUUAAAAAAAAAGCACUAAGCAUUGUUGCUAAGUUGUUUAGGAGUAGCAGGUUGGAUAGCUCAGUCUGUAGAGCAUGUGACUCUUAAUCUCAGGGUUGUGGGUUUGAGCCCCGCACUGGGCAGAAGAUUCCUGCAUAGCAUGGGGCUGGUUGGAAUAAAUGACCCUUGUGAUCCCUUCCAACUCCUCCAGUUCUUGAAAUAUGCCCUAUCUGUGUUGCUGGAAUGCUCAGGAGCACAGUUACACAUGGUGGGGAUUUUUUUAAAGGGACGUGACUGUCCAGGUGAACCUGUUGACAAUCUCCAAACCCGCUGUUGAGUCUAAGGAUGUAAAACAAGAGUACAGCUGCUCUAUAUCAAAUGUAGAGAAUGGGUAUUUUGUGCACAGCAGGAGUGUUAUAAUAACAUGCUUCUCAACGAGCUCCUGAGAUCAGUGUAUAAUACAACCUCCAUGAACCAGCUAGUCUCUGUAUGUGCAGAAUCUUUCCCUGUAGCACCUAUAAAAUGGGUUAGAAGCUCCAGUUAGUACACAAGCCAAUUACCCGUUUACUUGCUUAUCUGUUCGGCUUCCUCUUAGGUGCUGGAGUCAACUGUGUUUUCCUCUUGAGACCCUAUUUUUGGCUAAUGUGCUUUUUGUGGUGCUCUGAGCGUGGUCUUCUCAGUUGUGGCACCACAGCUAUAGGACACCUUCUCCAAGAACACCUGCCACACCCCUUCUCUUUCAUCUUCUUGCUCCAGUUAAGUGUUGGUCUAAAAACACUGCUUUCCAGUGUUGCAGCACCUUAGUAUUUGUUGGAUUAAGAAAAAAUGUAAUUGGAUUUACAAUUGAAAACAAUUAUUGCACAUCAUUUGUCUGCUUGCAGAAAGAUGAUUCAUAAAUGUUACCUAAUACUGAAAUACAUAUUUUAAUUGCCUGAAUGUGAAUAAACUUAGUAUGUAGCGGCCGUAAAUGGUCCUCGUGAAGCAGGUGGAAGAAUUAGUCUUUAACUUUUACCUCCUCUUCUGAAAGAGCCACAUCUUAUUUAUGUAAAACAUUUAUAUCGUACUUUUUUUAAAAAAAACCAAAAAUAAAUUCAGAGUGGCUUACAUCUAUUGCCGACCUUACAAUAAAUAAAUGUGAUAUAGCACAGCAAAAAACAACAACCUGUAAUGGAGAUAAACAUCAUGAACAUUUCAAUGCCAAGUGAGCAAUAAAUUACAAAACUUCCAGAGCAAUCAUGUCUUUGCUAGAUGUCGGCUGUUGCGGAGGAAUACAAAGGCAUAGGUCAGCUUCCCCCAAUUCUUCCAGCUAUUUUGGACUACAAUUCCCAUCAGCCAUCACUGACCGGACUGGGCUGAUGGGUGUUGUAGUCCGAAAUGGAUGGAGGGCACCAAGUUAAGGAAGACUCAGCAAAGUUUUGAAUUGCGUACCUCCUAAAGUAGAAGGCACUUGUGACAGUUUUUCUGCAUGGAGCAUCUCUUCCCUGUAAAAGAAGAAAAUAGAAAACCCAGUGAUACCUGCUUAGGGUCAUGUGUGAAGCGGUUUUCAUGUAAUGACUGAGGAACACUUGUGGAAUUUUUUUAAUGUUCCUGUGAAGUAGGGGCAUCCUUACAAUUUGACUACAUAACUGUGCGCAGAUUAGUGUCUUUCAGAAACUUGAGAGUGGCAGGAUGCAACCAGCUUUGCCCAUAUUUAUUCCCCCUGCUCUGGGGCUUUGUUGUACUUCAGAACCUGGUACAGUGGUACCUCGGGUUAAGUACUUAAUUCGUUCCGGAGGUCCGUUCUUAACCUGAAACUGUUGUUAACCUGAAGCACCACUUUACCUAACGGGGCCCGCUGCGCCGCUGCUGCGCAAUUUCUGUUCUAUCCUGAAGCAACGUUCUUAACCCGAGGUACUAUUUCUGGGUUAGUGGAGUCUGUAACCUGAAGCGUAUGUAACCUGAGGUACCACUGUAUUCCUCCUGAAUAUUUCUGCUCCUCGGUGUGUUGACUGACGAUUCGGAUGUGUGGUAAAGCACUGCUUUGAUGUUGAUUUUGCUCUUAGCAGACCAUUUGUCCAUCUAGCCUGGCACUUUCUCUGUUUUGAUUGGCAGCAGCUCUCCCGAAUCUCUGGGAGAGCGGCAUUUCACAUCACCUGCUCUCUGAUCCUCUUAACUGGUGAUGCCAGGGAUCGAACGCGGGAACUUCUGAAUAUAAAGCAUUCUCUCCGUUGCUGAGCUGUGGUCCAUUCCCGUCAAGAAGGCUACAGAGCAUCUUGCUAUUUCAGCAGAACCUGGUGUUGAACAAGGUGGUUUGUUUUUACUUAAAUGUUAGGGAAAUUCCCUGGCGGUCCUCGUUCAACAGUAGAACAGAUUGCCUUGGUAAGCGUGGCCUUUAAUCUAUCUACUGGGGUUUCUAAACAGAGGCUGGACAGUCAGCUAUUGGGGAUGCUGUGGUCUGUGAAUUCCUGCAUUGGCAGGAUGUUGUGUUGUGUUGCGUGACCUUCCAACGCUUGGAUUAUGUGAGAUUCAUGCUUGGAAGACCUGCCACAGAGUGUGGAGAUGGCUGCUAGCUUAGAUGGCUUUAAAUCCGAAUUGGAGAAAUUUGUCUGCCCAUUUUUCUUUCAAAAUAUGGCAUGUCUCUCUGAUUGUACAAAUCUUGGACUCAAGAGAUUUGUUUUGUUGUAAUGCUGGCUUGCAACUCGUUUGUGGUGUUGAAUUCUAGGCCUAAUUAGUCUGUGUCACCUCAAAUUCCUCACCACCAGUAUCUGUUUUGUGUUGACCAGUGUCACAUUCUUCAGUGUCAUCUAUUUAUAGCACUGAAUAAAUAUUUCAAAUUCCUAGGGCCUGGCAUUAAAUUUGUAGGUUGAUGAAUGAGGAGGCCUGAUUAUUUUAGUGGACAUUAUAACCGGGAGGAAUACACUUAAAGGAGUAACAGUGUUAAUAAGUCCAAUAAGCGGACAUAAUUGUUAGGCGUACUGUUUGGCUAAGUUUUAGUGAGUGUAGACCCGUUUGCAGUUCAUGAACACGACUAAGUUAAAUCCACUAACUUCUUCGGAUCUGCUCUGGGUAAAUGGUAGCUGAAGACCAUGUAUUUGAGGGAAAACAAACCUUCUCGCUACUCACUUUCCUAACACCCAUCGCCUGCUCUUAACUUCAAAUGACGGUUCAUAUUAACAGCAUCUGCUGUUGUGAGAAAGGUUUCGUUUGUUCCCUCUGUUCCUUCCAGAACUUUUUCUCGAGCACCAGCAAGUUGGCGGCCACCUCACCCCUUCUGUCAGUGUGAGGCAUUGAUGAUGUACUGAGGAUAAUGUGAGUCCAGUUCUUUUUAAGGAUGGUUCGGUGGUUCUCAAUGCUUAAUUAUUUUUUUUAGGGGUUGUCACUGCAUCUAGCUUUGAACGGAUGUUUAGGGACCGUCUUUCACUCUGUAAUCAUAAUCUAUAAUCAUAAAGUUCAUUGGGGUCUUGUAGGCAGUGCUAGCAAUUUGAAUAUACAAGCUAGGCACCAAAUGGCUCUUUGAACCAGGGUUACAGUCGCCAAAACGGAAUCCCUAAUUGCCCCUUUCGGGCCAGGCGGCUCGAAAGUCGUAUUUUUGAAGUCGACUUUUGGGUUCCUGAAAUCUGUUCUGAUUGUGCUGAUAAAAUCUAACGCGUAGAAUUCUACAGGACGUGUUGCUGGUGUGUGAAAACAGUCAAGAUCCAAGGAUUCCCAGGCAUGCGCCUCUAGAUGGUGGAGACGUCCGGCACCAUCUUGGCGCCUGAGCGUCAUCACUUGGUUGCAAGUGGCCGAUAUCCAGGUGUAAAAUGCACCUGGCGAAUUCUGAGCGCUGCUUGUUUCCCAUCCAAGUUCUCAGAGCUGCGUACGGAACCGGAAUGUCAGAGCAGCCAACAGUAUAGACAUCUUCAUGCUGAAGGUCCCAGGUUCAGUCCUCAGCAUCUCCAUGUAGGGCUAGGAAAAACCCCUUCCUGAAGCCCUGUGUUCACAGUCGUUUUGGGUGGCCUAUAUUGGGCAGGGUGUGGGUCUAUCCUCUUGGAGUUCUACUCUGGCCUCUGAAAGCCAGCUUGCUCUAAAAGGUAUUGGCAGCACGUCCAAAAGAUGUCCUAGCCAUCGUUCUCCAGACGAAGGGCCCCCACCGAGCAGCGAGGCGCCCCAGUCUCCCGGUCUGCCCUUGCUCUCAGAAAUGGCGCAUGGAUGGAAUGUUCCAAGAGGAUGCUUUGUUGCUCUGAGAGAUGAUAAAAGCACAAAAGGAGUUUUUUCCUUCCUCUCUUUCCUCCCUUUGUCUUGAUUUCUAUUUUGCAGGCCUGAGGGCAAGGCACGUCUUGUUUUCAUUUACGUGGUGCUCACCAGAAACAUCGUGUAUUCAGUUUUAAUUGGUGUGAGACACUUUGGGAUACAGAUUUUUUUCCUUUUUUUAAUUGUCAGAAAAGCUGGGUACAAGUACAAUAAAUACGUCUGACGUCUUGGGCAUUUGGCAGUUUAAGGCCUUAUUAGUCAAAAAGUGUCAGCAAGUUCUGUUGUGCCCAGAAGGCAGGCGGCAUGGAUGCUGCCACCAGGACUUUUCCUGUCCCCAAGCGGCUCUGCCACACACGGUCCAAGGUGAGCGUCCUGAUUAUUUGCAAUGCUGCACGAGAUCCUGGAGUCCAACACUCCGAUUUCGCGGACUCCCACUUAUUAUUUAUUUGUUAGAUUUAUAUACUACUCUUCAUCAUAAGGUUUCAGGGCGGUUCACAGAAUAAAAUACAGGAUAAAUAGAAGUAAAUAAGUAAAUCAAAGCAGCAAAGCAAUAACCUCUCUUUCCCACAGGCACAUUUAAAAGGCUGUAGAAUCUCAAUCAGCCAAAGGCCUAGUUGAACAGGAAUGCUUUUGCCUGGCACCUAAAAAUAUGCAAUGAAGGCACCAGGCGAGCCUCCCUGGGGAGAGCAUUCCACAGACAGGGAGCCACCGCAGAGAAGGCCCCGUUCUUGUGUUGCCACCCUCUGGACCUCUCGAGGAGGAGGCACACGAAGAAGGGCCUUAGAUGAUGAACACAGAGUCCAGGUCGGUUCAUAUGGGGAGAGGCAGUCCUUGAGGUAUUGUGGUCCUGAGCCAUUUAAGGAUUCACAGGUCAAAACCAGCACUUUUAAUUGGGCACGGAAACUAAUUGGCAACCGGUGCAGUCAGGUCAGGGUCAGUGUAGUAUGCUCAAACCCAUGAAAUGGUGCUGAUCCCAGCAGCCCCUUGAAUUGUCUUGGUUCAUGUUUAUCUGAUGUUCAUUCAUCCCCCUCCCUACCUCACUCACCUUUGGGUUUUUGGGGUGGGGUGGGGAGGUUGAUUACUUCAUUCUGCACCAGCUAAAGCGUUAAUUCUAAGGUGGCAAUGUUAUAAAAUCAGAUCUAGAAGGUAAUCGCCAAAUGGCACCUUAAACCUAGGUUGCAGUCGCCACAACGGAAUGUCUAGGUGCCUUUUUUGCAGUGGGCUUUUAUUAUUACUAUUAUUAUUAUUAUUAUUUAUUAUUAUUAUUAUCAUCAGUUUUAUACAGCGUUAUAUUUUAAGGGGGGGAAUCUCAGAGCGGUUUACAACACGUUUAAGCAUCAAAUAAAACAACUCAGAAUAAAAGAAUUCAAGCGUCAGGCAAAAUAUUUCAGAUCCUACUCUGACAUUUUCUUCCUCCAUACAGAGGUGCUCUAGGGAGCCAGUGUGGUAUAAUGGUGAGAGUGUCGGACUAGAACCUGGGAGAUCGGGGUUCAGAUCUCCACUCAGUCACUGGGCGACCUUGGAGUCAAUCACAGCCUCUUAACCUACGUCACAGGGUCAUUGUCGGGAUUAACUGAGGAGGGGGUUCUACCAUGUACUCCUUGGGAAAAAAGGUGAGAUAUAAUGCUCUUCUGCUUACCUGCUUGAGAGAGCUGGAGGGGCCAGCCAGAUGGAGAUGUCAGUUGCCAAUCGGGCAACCAGAGAUCUCGACGCGGUCACAAAACGUGCUUCGCUCCUGAGGAAAUGCAAACACUCUUAGGUGGUAUGGGUUUUCUGGAAUUUUGUUUUUGCAUUGGAACCUUUUCCUAUGCAAAUCAGGGUAAUACGUAUCAGAAAUCUUCAAAAAUGGUAUUGGAAAAGUUUCUGAGGCCUUAGUGUUAUCGAACUUGGCGUACUUAUUUUGAUUUUCGGCAAAGCUGAAAACAUUGAAACUGCAGAACUUGCCCAACGCUUAUUUGCAGUUGGUGUCCAUUCAUUGUUGCAAAUGAACUUAAUAUUUUUCUUUGCCGCCGGAAAAUAAAGCAGCGUUCAAAAUUCGCUAGGUGCAAGGAGCUAAGGGCCAGUUGCGACCAAGUGAAGAUGCCCAGGCGCCAAGAUGGAGCCUGAAGUCUCCACCACCUGAAGGUUCAUGCCUGGGGGAAUCCUCGGAUCUUGACUAUUUCCACACACUAGCAACACAUCCUAUAGAAUUCUAUCCUUUAUAUUUUAUCUGCACAGUCAGAACGAAUUUCAGGGAUCAAAAUGUCGAGUUCAAAAAUGCGACUUUCGAACCGCCUGGUCCGAAAAUGGCAACUAGGCAUUUUUGUUUUGGCGACUGUAACCCCUGGUUUAAGGAGCCAUUUGGUGCCUAGCUUAUAUAUAUUGAGUUUCUACCACUGAAAUGAAUCACUGGAAAUUGUUCUGUUUGACAUCGCUGCCGUUCUCUAAGGGAAGCCACCUGUAGUGUGCUCUACAGAAGUAUUGCGUAGAGGUUAUGAAAGCGUGCAUUGACAUGAAGUGCAUUCCAUGAACGACUUGGAACUACAUAGAAGCAUUAUCCCAGUAGGGUUUCCGGUUUCCAGUAGCAGCCUUUUUUUGCUAAAUAUCGCGUGGCAUUGGAAGAGUCAGCAACUUCUGCAGAGCACCUUGGUGGAAGCUAGUGCUGUGUCGAUAGCAUCUAAGGAAUGGAUUGAGGUGAAUUCAGUGAAAAAUCUAUUUAAGUCCAACCCAGCCUGGAAAACGAAGCGGCUAAAAAAAUAUUUCAUACUAGAAAGAAGCAUCCGUCCGACCCAUGUAUUCUGAUUAAGGCACGGUGGGAUUUAGCCAUUGCUGGCAAAAAGAUUGGGAGAUGAAAAAUUAGUGCAGACGAGGAGGUGAUUGACAGCACGCAAAUAAAAGAGAAGCAGCGUGAAUUUCCAAGGCUGGAGGAGAAAUUCAUUUGGCCCAUAUUUUAAAGCAUGCUGGCCUAAUUCUCUGUCCUUGAGUUAUAUGAAGAUUGGAUCACGGCUAUACAUUGGAUUAUGUAUUUCUCUGAUUUUUGCAGGGGUUUUGGUUCAAGCGAUAAACAAAAAUUGCGUAUUUUGCAGAAAAAAGCAUUGAAAAGCAUACAGAAAUGUAUUUGAGGGGGUAAACGCGUACAAUAAUAAAAUAAAAUAAAAUAAAAUAAAAUAAAAUAAAAGUGGGGCAGAACAGUUGUAUGACUGAGUGCAUGCGAAAUGGGCACAGAAUUAGGAAACAGGCCAAUUUGCCCAUCUCUUAACUUAUACAGAUUGUAGGUUCUUUUGAAAUUGUAGGUGCAUUUUCGAAUCCUAAGGCUACAAUAUCGGCUUAUGUUUGCGUGUCUCUUUUGCACUGUUUCACACAGAAUGUGACCUUUUUUUAAUGUUGAAAGAUGGAAGUUGGAGGCAUGCAAAGAAAAGGGAAAAAAAAGAAGAAACCUACAUUAUAUUUCACCUCUCAUUAUUUCUAGGUCCAUGCAUUCCUUGCUCCCUGAAUGAUUUUGAGAGUAAGUUUCCAAGUAAGGGUGGUGUAGUAGUUUAUCCAGCUGAAUUCAUGAGAAAUACGUGCAGGUAGCAUUGAAAUGUAUUGCAGAAGCCUUUGGGGGGAGAUUGGUUAUGGAAGCGAGAAACGUUAAUAAGAUGUAAAAUAUGCAAGGUAGCUAUCACUGUCCAGUCAUUCUUCAUAUCUUGUGCUGUUAAAUUUAGUCCAGGAUUACAGCUUUGGCCUCUGGUUGAGUGCCCAGCUUUGCAGAUUUGAGUUCCUGUUGCCCCAGAUAGAUCUGGCGGCUGUGGUGCAAGAGGAUACUGGACUAGAUAGGUCUUUGAAGCUGCAGGGCUGUUCUGAUGGAAAUGGCUGGUGAAACUGCUGCUGUCAUGCGGAUGCACAGCUUGAGGGGGUAUCGAGAUCAGAGGACAAGCUUUUCUACAGCUUAAAGAAGAAGCUUCUGUAGACCUUUCUAUUGAGGAGUGAUGAUGGCCAACCUGGGUGGAGUUGCUGCCCAGGGCAGCCCUCCAGACGUUGUUGGACUGUAGUUCCCAUCAGGAUAUAUUGUCCAAAGCUGGUUUGAAGUCCAUAUCAUGCUAUUGGUUUCAUAACUUUUGACCUGGCAAUAGAUGGCGAAUGUGCGUUAGGGCUCGCAGAACCAGUGGUCAGGUGUGAUGGUUGCUGUAGUCCAGCAACAGCUGGGGACCCGAGUUUGAGAUCCUCCUGAGUUACGGCAUCUGUUGAGUGGGGACACUUAGCUCGACCGUUCAGCUGCUUAAGCAAUUUUUAUUUUUAUUCUAAUUAAACCCAGCGAUUAUCCAAACAGUGUUCUUCCCCCCCUCCCCCCUUUCUUUUUCUUUUUGUUAUUUUGGUAAAGCUUGAGAGGUUAUUGUAGUAAGUGAGCAGUCGGCAUCUGCUCCCUAAAUGCUCUUUGAUGAACUUUUGUUCAAACUGCAAAUCUUUCCAGGAAGUCGUGCUUGCAAAAGAAUACCCCACAGCUCUGCGGCUUGACAUUUUGCAUUUAAUCUGUUGUGAUUUUCCUCCUCCAUUUUGCAGCUGAGCGAACUUGGCUAUGAUAGAUGUCUAGCAGUAAGGUGCGGGCCAUACCUUCCUGCUCCUUUCUAAAUAAAAUGUACGCAUGUGUAAAAUCAGUCUGGAGAAAACCCUCCAGCUUCCGUGAGGGGGACGGGGAAGGGUAGAGUGAAACUGCCGGUUACCUUGCAAGAUGCAUGUUUGAUAGUUGAUGGCAAAGCGGUGAUAGCCCCUUUCUCCAACUGAGUUGGUUUGUAGGGGAAAUUGGUUGGCAAGUGAAAGCUUAAUCUUGAUUCUUUAUGUGCAAAUACCCUUUGCUGUAGGAAUGUUAUGAGCAACCCCUUUUUUUGUGGCUUGCAACAUACGUAGUUCUGGUUUUGGCAUUUUACUGCAGGUAGCUGGAGCUGCGAUGCGAAAACUUGAUGGUUGUGUUUCUGGAGCUACACAUUCGGCCGGGGGUAGGCAACGUGGCACCUUCCAGAUGUUGGAAUGCAACUCCCAUCGCCCCUGGCCAUUGGCCUUGUUGGCUGGUGGGAGUUGCAGUCCAACAGCAUUUGGAGGCCGCCAUGUUGGUUUUCUCUGAGUUAGACUUUCUGUAAUUCCUUCUGCAGCUGCUUUGACUGCGGGUGCUAAUGUUGCUUUCAGCAUGUCGCUGUGGGUUCCCUUGUGGGUUUUUCCUUUUUUAAUUUCUUACUUUCCUCCCAUCUUUUUUAAUUUCUCACUUUCCUCCCCACCCUCAAGAAACUCAGGAUACCAACAAGACAGGCAAAGACCGGGCCAGCUUAGCCUAGCGGUUACUUCGACUCUACAUUUGCAGAAUCACUAAUUGCUUAAUGGCAGUUCGAUACUCCGUGGGCGCUGUCUGGCUUUAUUUAAAACAAAAACAAAAACAGGCAAAGACCGAGUACCCGAAUAUAAGCCACACUUUUAAAAUGGGGGGGCGGGGGCGGAAAGAAUUUUUUUAAAAAAAUACCCGAAUAUAAGCCGUUCCGUUCCUUGCUGCUCCUGGCUGCAUACUAGGGGGUGGGGAGCGGCGCUGUGUUGCCGGCGGCCUUUCCCCUUCCUCGCUCUCUCCCUUCCCAGCCUUGGGGGAGGGGAUGGGGGACUAUGCAUGGGGCGGGCCAUCGUUCUACCCGGACACUGAGGUCCAGCGCCGAGGGCCUUCUGGUGGUUCCCUCACUGCGAGAAGCCAAGUUACAGGGAACCAGGCAGAGGGCCUUCUUGGUAGUGGCACCCGCCCUGUGGAACGCCCUCCCACCAGAUGUCAAAGAGAACAACAACUACCAGACUUUUAUAAGACAUCUGAAGGCAGCCCUGUUUAGGGAAGCUUUUAAUGUUUGAUGUAUUACGGUAUUUUAAUGUUUUGUUUAAAGCCGCCCAGAGUGGCUGGGGAAGCCCAGCCAGAUGGGCAGGGUAUAAAUAAUAAAUAUUAUUAUUAUUAUUAUUAGCCGCUCUCGUGGUGCUGUUUGCCCUACGCUCCUGGCUGCGUACCGUAAGGUUGCGAAUAUAAGCCACACAUGAACUUUUCACAGUUGGAAUUUGGGAAAAAGGGGAGGCUUAUAUCAGGCCAAUUGAAUCAAGGUCACCCAGGUAGCUUUAUGCAAAAGUGGGGGUUUGAAGUGGGUCCCCCAGGUCCAUUAUUCUUAUCCCAGCCCUAAAUAUGGUUUUGACUAUAACUCCCAUCACCCCUGCCCAUUGAUCUUUCUGGCUGGGGCUGAUAGGAUUUGUAUUUUAACAACACGCACAACGCGCCAAGCUCCAGCCAGUUCAACACACCGUUUAAUCUGUUUUUGUUUUUAUUUUUAUUAUAUAUUUUACGUUUUUAUGUUGUGACUUUAUCUUGUGAACCAUCCUGAGGCCUGCGGGUAUAGAGCGGUAUACAGAUUUAAUAAAUAGAACAACAUGAACAACAACAUCACACUGUUUCCUCAUACUUUCCUUUGGUAUAAAACCCUAAUAUGAAAACUGCUUUGCGUCCGACAGCUGGGAGAGUGUAGAAAUAAAAAUGGAUUCUGUUUGUUGACUGAGGCGGACAGCCAGGUAGCAAACGUGUACGGCCAGUCCUCGAGGGCUACCUAAACUUCUCCAGCUUGGUGUUAUCCAGAUGUUGCUGGAUUGCAUCCUCCAUCGCUCUCCAAGAGCCUGGCCAGUGGGCAGCGAUGAUGGGAAUUGUAGCUCCAAACAUCUGGAGGACAUCCGAUUCUGGAAGGCUGCUUUCAGGAACAUCUCGGCUGGAGAGCAGAUAGCACAAGAUAUGUGGCCAAAACAUAACUGCUCAGUCCCAGCGGCGUAGCGUGGGUUGUCAGCACCCGGGGCAAGGCAAGUAAUUUGCGCCCCCUAACCCCUAACCUGCCACCGCUGCCAGCUUCUUCUUGCUGCUGCCUGGGCUGGUCUGGUGUGGUCCUCUCCCGCGCUCAGUGCUGCGCUGGGCGGCCGCUGCACUGUCCCUCCCCCAGAUAGUCCCUCGCUCUCUCUCCGCACCGCACGCCUGGCACCCACCCCCUCCACAGUGGGCGGCGACCCAGCGGCUCGGAUCGGAUUCGCACAGCCAGCACUGCAGUGAGAAAGAGUGAGUGAGCCAGGUAGGGGCAGAGAGCUGCGAGUGCGAGCACCCCCCCAUGUUGCGCCCGGUGCAGCCGGCCCCCCCUGCACCCCCCACGCUACGCCACUGCUCAGUCCUGGUAGUUGAAUGUAGCCUGUCUUCCCUGUAAUUGCCAGAUGUUAGAAAGCUCAGCGGCCUGUUUUGUGGACAUGAAGUUAGGGUAUGUGGGCAGGAUUCAGUGAGUAAGUCCCACUAGCAGUAGCUCAUGGAAAGACUUCUGCUAGUGCAACCCCCAGAACAGCCACCCAGAGUGUACAAAUAUAACAACAACAACAAUUAAAACAAUGUGCGGCCAUAGCACUAUGUGGAUUCCUCCCGACGCUGGUUCUCAACUUUGCAUGCAUAACAAGAGCUAAUGAUUGGCUCUUUGAUUACAUUCAGGUUUUAACUCCAAAUUUGGUGGUAGAUUCACUUUGUGUAUAAAGAGGAAGAGGUAACAACCAGAAAUCCCCUCUUUCAGUUUUAGAUAGGCAGUGAACUUGGUGACUGACUACUCACUCACUCCUUCCCUUUGUUUUACGUGGUUAGUGUUGUCCUGCCUGUGGGGAUAAUGUGUAUGAAAUGCGAUGAGAACUCAACAGGAAAGCAUGAUAUACAUAGCUAAGCGUUUAUUCUUUCCUUCUUCUAUUUUGCUUUUAUUACUCGUGAGUGGAGGCUUAUGGUUUUGGAGCAGACUUCUCCAGCUCUGGAGGAAGGGACCCUACCUUCACAAAGUUGAUCCCUUCUCUUCCAGUAACGCCGUUGCGGUUAUGUGAUCUUCUGCUUGCUCAGGCAUGAAGAUCGCUCAACCUGCCAUGUCCUAGGGGAACAAAACAAAACCUUGGGUCAUACUCUGGCCGUGGUGAGCUUGAGCAUAUUUCAAAUUGUUUCUAGCGUGCCAAUGGCCCUCACAAUCUGAAGAGUUGGAUGCUUCUUCUGCCCAUGAUUUGCGUGUUUCUGAGACCCAGUUCCCACGUAAUGCUAAGCCACGCCAUGGCUUCUUGCAUGCAUGAGGGUUCCUGAAAAGGAGAUCAUGGCCGCAGAGCUCCUCUCAGGUUCUCCUGGUGCCACCUUGCCCUGGGCUAAGACAUGGUUCCACUACUACAUCAAACCCGGCUUGUGGUUUGCCUCAGUCCAGAGAAACCACAAGCUGCGGCCAAGAUUUGGUUCUUAAUCAAAGUGACUACCGGCAAGUUUUUAGUUCUUAAGUAUUUAUUUCCCGAGCAAGCACGCAUGCCCAUUGACUACUACGGCAAUUAAAUCAUAUCUGUUUGCAAUUAAACAAUAUAUAUGUCGGGUCAUUUUGCAACCCCAUCUCCAUACUUCCAAACCAAUUCCUUUGGUGCUUCCGGAGGGGUAAGGAUCCUGUGUCUAUCCGGAUGUUGUUGGGCUCCACUUCCCAUCAGGCCCAGACAGCGUGACCCAAUGGUCAAGGAUGAUGGGUGUUGGUGCUCUCCACGUGGCACCAAAACUACAGGUUCUCUAAACAGUUGAAUUUGUAAUUCCUUGAGAACUUGUGGAAUUGAGGAAUUUUCUUUGCCUCCCUAUGCGUAUGCAAGGUGACACCACAAUGUUUGUUCAAGGUUAUUUAUUUGAACACCAAGUGUCCAGAACUUUCUAGAAGUUAGUGAUGCUUAUUGGGCAGGACGGUGUUUUGCCCUGGUAUAGGAAGUAAGUGCCCGUGCUACAUCAAAUCUAAGUGAUACACAUUCGCACAAUAAUCAAUACUCACUAUCAUCUGUAUCUAGCAACCAUCUAUCUAUCUAUCUAUUUAUCUAUCUAUCUAUCACCUGCCCCUAAUUUAUUCCUUUAAAUAGAAUAGCAGGGUUUAUUUUGAUGGCUCAGUUUGGGUAAUUUUCCAGCCAUGGUUUAGAGAGUCAGGAGUUUACAAUGUUGUAUGCUUAUAUUUUCCCCUCUUAGAUGCUGAUCCAUUCUGGUUUGUUCUAAGCACUCUUCUUUUCUUCCUCUUCUUCUCCUCCUCCUCCAAAAAAAGAUUAUUUAAUCAGCUCAAAGGUGCUUAUGGAAUGAACAGUAGUAAAAAAAGAUCAGAAGAUUAUGUGAAUGUGCACACAUAGUGUAUUAUUAAUAAUAGCCUACUUCACAAGAAAAUGAAAUUUGCAUUGCUGGGAUAUCGGGGUUAGAGAAACUGUGGUUAGUGCUAACCUCUAAACUAUUGCAAACCUAUUUCAAAUUCUUGCAUACUCAUGCAGUGGUGCAUUCCAAACCUGCAAAACUGUGGUUAGGAGAAUCUUAAUGUCCUAAUGUGACUAUUUUGUUUGUAUUUGCGGCAUGCAUUUUUGUGUUUUUAUAUUGUAAACCGCCCUGUGAUCUUCCGAUGAAGAACGGUGGAGCAGUUUAAUUAAUAAGAAAAGCAAGUUAUAUUUAAGGGGCAUGUAACACAGCCAUAUAUUGAAGAAACGUAUUAAGUACAGAAAGUAAGAAGUCCAAUUAAAAACACACACAACACUUCCUCACCCUGAGUGAGUGCUUUUACUGGCUAUACAUUGAUUUACAGUGGAAAUCUAGCCUGUGGACUGUUUGGCGACCCCAUAGUAAGAAAUACGGGAGUCUCUCUUCAGAGAACGGCGCGACUUCAACACAUUUAAUUAUGUUGCAGAGCCUUUAAGGAAAAGCUAGGCUGUGUUCCAAGCCAUCGGGCAGGAGAAGGAUCGGUUGCUUGAGCUCACAAACUGCUGAAAAGUGCUUUGAGUUCUGUUCCAGAGCAUUACAAGGGACGCUGCUUUAGUGUCUACCAACCGUGGAAGCAGCAAGAAGCCUGUUAAUGGCACUUGCAGCCUGACAGGAGCACAGCUAGGUGCAUGUUGGGGUGUGUGUUUGUGGGACACACACCCAUCACCCGAAUAUGAUUAUGCAGAUAUCUCUCUUGACUGCAAAUUUAGACCUCUGAGCAAAUGAAUACGGUGGGAAUCUGGGGUCUUGAUGCUCUGUAAGCUAAGUAUAAUAUAAUAAAAAAAUAUUGUACAAAAUGGGGAGGGGGCAGGAACCCUAGGGCUUGGACCAUCCUCUGGAAAUGACCGCUGUGGCCUAAUUCUAGGCAAGCUUACUCAGAAGUACCGUAUUUUUCAGUGUAUAAGAUGCCCCCCCAUGUAUAAGAUGCCCCCUAUUUUUGGGGACUCCAAAUUAAGAAAACACCCCUCAGCACUGCCCGUGUAUAAGACGAGCCCCAAUUUUAAAUCUAAGUUUUUGGUUAAAAAACCUAGUCUUAUACCCGGAAAAAUACGGUAACUGUUCAGUUGGGACCUGCUUUCCAGAAAAUCUACAUAGAACCACAGCCUCUGGUCACAUCCUUACUGUAUAUCAAAAGCUCAUGGCUUCUGCCACAAGCAAUUCUGGGAGCUGCAGCCGAGCCCUCACAGAGCUACAAUUCCCAGCACCUUUAAACUGCAGUUCCCAUGAUCCUUGAAGGGAGGCCAUGCGCUUUGAAAGUAUGCUGUGGUUGUGCGGUGAUUUGCCCAGCCGUUCUUAACCGUUAAUCUGCUGCCACCCGUCAAGUUUUUCUCCAAGCCCGCGAGUAAAAAAUUAGGACACUAUGCAAAAGCUUUGUUCUGAUUUUCAGGUAAAUUAAUAAUAUGUGUUGGUAGGUACCUUGAGCCUCAGUCCUCUGUGAUACUGUGAAAUGGCCACUUUUCUUACCUAUUUGAUCCAUUUGUGUGCUGCUUUGGAACGUAAAGGUCUCGGGCCGCUUGUGAUAAAAAUGAAAAGCACAGUGGUGCCUCGCAAGACGAAAUUAAUUCGUUCCGCGAGUUUUUUCGUCUUGCGGUUUUUUCCGUCUUGCGAAGCACGGUGUCGGAAAAGUUUUGGAAAAGCUUCAAAAAUCACAAAAGUCUUCAAAAACCUCCAAAAAGGCUACCACACCGCGUGCUAUGAGUUGCUCCUCGAAGUCAAGUCGCAACUGUAUUAACGGUUUUAAGAAAAGGAAACAAACUUGCAAGACGUUUCCGUCUUGCGAAGCAAGCCCAUAGGGAAAAUCGUCUUGCGAAGCAACUCAAAAAACCAAAAACCCUUUCGUUUUGCGAGUUUUCCGUCUUGCGAGGCAUUCGUCUUGCGAGGUACCACUGCAGUUUAAAUUCGAAAUAGGACAUGCCGUUCAAAACUCCGUAAAAUCCAACCAGAGCAAAAGUCGCUGCACCUCUGCAAAGUUCAGAGCCCAAGCGUUGGAAACGGAGAAGCUCAGACGACAUAAGUUAUUUAAAAGACCUGGGUGAACAGAAAGGUCUUCACCUGGCCAGGAGAUGAUGCAGCAGUCCUGAGGCUACACUCGACUAAAAGAGCAAGGGAGAAAUGACCAGAGUAGAUUCUCUGUGUGGUUGGCAUAUUAUGCUUCAUUCUGCUUUGCCUCAAACAGGGAAGGGGCAUGCUUCUCUGUUUGCUUUUUGCUGCGCAUUGCUUUUUGAGGGCCCGGCGCAGAAAUGCGCCAUUUUUAUCCUCCGAGCGUCGCAAGUGGUGUGCAACUCCCCUCCACUGUCCUUCAGAAGCUGUUUGCAAGGUGGGAAAACAGGUUGCCGCAAAUCCCAAAUAAGCAAAGAAUAGACCUGCAGAAAUGCAUGGACCUAACCCAGUCGCGUUCAUUUGCCGCACUGAGCAGAACUUAGCCGAGCACCAGCCCAAAUAUCCCCCAUUUGCUCCACCUCAAAAUUCUGGAUGCUCCCUGCAAAUGUCUGUAUAUUACUGGGAUUGGCUCUACCAUUGGGCAGAGUGAAGCAGCUGCCUCCAGACAGCAGAGGCUGAGAGGCAGCAGGAAGUCGGAGCUGUGUGCGCCUUGCGGCCUGUCUGGCAUCCUCCCCUGCUGCCCUCAGGUGUAGUGGAGGAUGCUGAGGUCAGGUUUAGGGAACGGGGAAGGUACCAUCGUGUCCAUGGGUAGGCAAACUAAGGCCCGGGGGCCGGAUCUGGCCCAAUCGCCUUCUCAAUCCGGCCCGUGGACGGUCUGGGAUUCAGCGUGUUUUUACAUGAGUAGAACGUGUCUUUUUAUUUAAAAUGCAUCUCUGGGUUAUUUGUGGGGCCUGCCUGUUGUUUUUACACAAGUAGAAUGUGUGCUUUUAUUUAAAAUGCACCUCUGCGUUAUUUGUGGGUCCUGCCUGGUGCUUUUACAUGUGUAGAAUGUGUCCUUUUAUUUAAUGCAUCUCUGGGUUAUUUGUGGGGCACAGGAAUUCGUUUAUUAGUUUUCCCCAAAGUAUAGUCCGGCCCCCCACAAGGUCUGAGCGACAGUGGACCGGCCCCCUGCUGAAAAAGUUUGCUGACCCCUGUCCUUUGCCUCAUGGAGCAAAAUGUCUUGCACUUGGGCCUGCAUAUUGCUUACCAGGACGGGGCAAGAAAGUUGUAUCAUAGGGAAAAGUUUAAGAGGGACAAUGCACAGAAAUAUUUAAGAAGCAAGUUACAGUGGUACCCCGCAAGACGAACGCCUCGCAAGACGGAAAACCCGCUAGACGAAAGGGUUUUCCGUUUUGGAGGCGCUUCGCAAAACGAAUUUCCCUAUGGGCUUGCUUCGCAAGACGACAGCCCAUAGGAAAUCUCAGGGACAGCGGGAAGCGCAGCGCGCCUUCCCCACUGUCCUCGGACCUCCUCCGAAGCCUGGCGGCGGGGCGGGGACACCUCCUCCCGCCGCCGCCGGGCUCGAAGGCUCCUCCGGCCGGGCGGGGGGAGGGAACACCUGCGCCGCCGCCGCCCGGCUUCGGAACGGUGCUCCGGCCGGGCGGGGGAGGGAACACCUGCCGCCGCCGCCCGGCUCGGAACGGUGCUCCGAAGCCGGGCGGGGGAGGAAGACCUCUCCGCCGCCCGGCCCGGAACGGUGCUCCGAGCCGGGCGGGGGAGGGAAGACCUCCCGCCGCCGCCCGGCCUCCCAACGGUGCCCCGAAGCCGGGCGGGGGGGAGGGAACACCUUCUGAAGGCGGGCGGGGGUCGAAAGUCUUUGCUCCCCCCUGCCUGCCUGUCCCGGAGGGCUUUUGAAGGCGGGGGAGCAAGACUUCGCCCCCGCCCGCCUUCAGAAGAGGUCCAGGACCUCUUCUGAAGGCUGGCGGGGGCAAAAGUCUUUGUCCCCCUGCCUGCCUUCCCAGGGGCUUUAGAUUGCCCCGGACAGCGGAGAAGUCCUCCGCUGUCCCGGGUGAUUUUAAAAUGCCGCCCGCCAGCAUUUUAAGAUCGCCCGGACAGCGGAGAAGUCCUCCGCUGUCCCGGGUUUUAAAAUGCUGGGGGUGGGAAGAAAGCCCUUGCUCCCCCAGCCUUCAGAAGAGGUCCGGGGACAGACUGUCCCCGGACCUGGUCUGAAGCGGUUUCCCUAGGAACGCAUUAAUUGAUUUUCAAUGCAUUCCUAUGGGAAACCGUGCAUCGCAAGACGAAAAACUCGCAAGACGAAGAGACUUGCGGAACGAAUUAAUUUCGUCUUGCGAGGCACCACUGUAUCUUCUAGCUUCUUUUCUUCAAAGGAGGAUGCAAAACUUGACUGAUUUUGUGUGUGUGCUAAGUACCGGGCUUUGGGUUGUCCCCAUCCGCCGGAUCCUAAAUUUUGCCAGAGGCUCUGUGCUUGCAAGGCAGCUGAACGCACAGGUCUGUAAAGCCCUGUUCAGAAUUGAGUUUUAUAUCAAUCGGUUGCAAAAGUUCUGGGGUGGCAUUGAACUAAGUUCUACAAAAAGCUAUAUCCAUUGAAUUUAAUGAACCUGCCUUUAUCUGGCUGGGGUAACCCAGUCAGAUAGGCGGGGUGCAAUUAUUUUUAUUAAUUUUAAUAUUGGCCAUUGAUUUUGGUGGGUCUAGUAUGAGUAAGAGCCAGUUGAAUGCAAUGCAUUGUUUGGCACCUUUUAAUGCAUUGUAGUAUAAUAUACGAUGCAACAGGGAGAGGCAGUCCUAGCAAUGAUAUAUUUGAAUAUGGGCCAUUCCUAGUAUCCAAGAGGUGAGGCCUACUUUUAUGAGGGUGGUUAAAGUUUCCUUUACCCCCCCCCCCCAACAUCUUGUUCCUUGAGCAGAGUAGGAUUGUUCAGGAAGCAUAUCUGACAGGAGCAUAAAUAAAUAGUUUGGUGAAGCAGGUCAGAAGACAUACGUUUGUUCCUGUUUGUAAUAAGUACAACGCCGUGAUAUGACGUGUGGGUUAUGCAGAGGGGAGCUUACACGUAACGUGGCCUGCAUGCUGCGCUAGAAUUUGAGGUCUCUGCUUGUUUGUGCACCUGGAUGCUUGCAUUGCAAUUACUUCUGCAAUCGCGUCUGCACUUGAACCUGUUAAAAACUCUCCUCUCUCUCUCUCUCUCUCUGCGCGUGUGUUUGGUGCAGAACAGACCUCUGUCUGUUAGGGUUGUCGGAGGCCUCUGUCGCUUCCUGAGCUGUGUGUGUGGCUGUGGGAACUGAAUUACGCAGGAGGGGAACAGGCUGGUAACUUUUGGCAACUCCUUUUUUGAGUUAAUAAAAAUAAACAAGCACGCCUUUGGGCACCGAGUCUUUGCGCCAGCUUGCAUUAAAGUCAAUGGGACGGCGUAAUUGGAGCUGGCUUCGGUUCUGCCAGGAAUCUUUUUGUUGGCAUCUUAUCUGGGGCGGCUUAGUGUUCUCCUCUGAAAGGCAUGUGCAGCGCAAAACUCUGUCAGGGCUCCGACUCUGUUCCAUUUGGGGGCUGUCUGUGUGGCUCAGUGGUAGAGCCCUUCCCAUCCUUACCUGGAGAGAAAACCACCUUUAUGUAUAACUCUGUGAAAACAUUUUUAUUUAUUUAUUUUUGGGCCGCUUUCGUCUCCUGUAAAUCUUACUUUCUUCCCUUCAACCCUUUCCCCACCUUCCCCCUCCCGGGUUUCCGGAGUUUGGCUGUGUUUUAAGUUGUGGCGCAACAGAGGAAACUUCUCAUAAUUACUCAUGUUUGCAUGCACAUAUCUAGGUAUUGACCAACCGCAGGUUUUCCUCCAGUGGGGUGAUAUGCGACUAAGCCACAGACUAGAGCCACUGAAAAUCAUUUGACUUCACUUAUUUUAAGUCUCUUGAUUUUUCAGCAGAUCAGCUUUCGAACAUGGCCGACAUUGGAUCUUGCGCAAUCGGUGACGGUUCAUUCAGUCUAGCCGGUCUCAGUUCUCCGUCUUGCUCAAUCUCUCCUCUUUCUGUUAGUUCCACAUGACCGCUUUGUCCCCAUGACUGACAAUUUGGCCAAAAAGUCCUGCACAGUAUAAAGCAGUGCACUCUGUCUGUGUGCAUGUGUGUACAAUAAUAACAUGUGGUCAGCACAACCGCACAACUCUCAACAGGGGGGUGUUCAUGAACUACUUUCUUUCAUUACGUGAGUCCAGGUCCUAGAGAGCAGGCGAGCCCAUAAGGAGCGAGGAGUUGAUUUCUAGUCCGUCUUGUGAAAUAUUGGUUUAAGGGCGUUAAGUGCCAAGCCUUGCUUACAUGUCUCUGGGUGGUUGAGAGUUGCUGGGAAAUUCCUAACCCGAAUCUCACUUUUAUUUUGCAUGUCUCGCUGUGCUUUGUAAUUUGGGAGCUGUUUGCAGAACUGAGAAUUUUCCGAUGCAAAUUUAUUGAGCAUUAUGCUGGUGUGAAUCGAGGGUGAGGCCUUAUGCACACCACAGAUGGAGCCUUCAUGUUGCCUCGGAACAUGCUUUUAAAUAGAUGGUUUUCACAUGUUCAGGUACAGGGCCAUAGUUGUUGGUGGAGCAUCUGUUUUGCAUGCAAAAUCCUAGAAUUGCAGAGUUGGAAAGGACCACAAAGGCCAUCUAAUCUAACCCCCUGCAAUGCAGGAAUCUCUUGCCCAAUGUAGGGCUUGAACUCAUGACCCAGAGAUUAAGAGUCUCAUGCUCUACUGACUGAGCUAUACUGAAGUGCCCAGUUUCAGUCCUCUGUAUCUCAGGAUAUAGUGCUGGAGAGAAUCCAGUUUAGGCAAUACUUGGCUAAAUUCACCAUGCGACAGCUUGCUUUGUUCCUAUGGCAAUCUUUGAGCACUGAGUGAUGUACAUGUACUCUAGUUCACCUGUAGAGCACUUGUUCUGAAUGCUUGUGGUUCUGUUUAUUUACUUGAAAAUCCUCAUAGGGUAAAAACCAUCUCAGGUUAGCUUUUGAAUUAAAACCCAAUGUAUAGGUACCAACCAGUGUUAGAAACUCUGAUAUAUAAUCUAGGUGCUAAAUGGCUCCUUAAACCAAGGUUACAGUCGCCAAAAUGGAAUGUCUAGUUGCCAUUUUGGGGCAAGACGGCUCUAAGGUCUUAUUUUUCAAAUUGAUCAACUCUCAGUUAAACAUCUGGCUAGUUCAGAUGACAGCCUUGAGUUAGGUUCAGAACUUUGAAACCUUAAAGAAGACAAGUCAUUUGAUCCAGGGACUAUCCACAUAUAUAUUGGCCUAUUCCAACCUGUUCUUAUUAAUAGAGGCUGCACAGAAUAAGCAUUUUGGUUCCAGAAAUUCAUUCCAAUUGUGCAGAUAAAAUAUAACAGAUAGAGUUCUACAGGAUGUGUUGCUAGUGUGUGAAAACAGUCAAGAUCCAAGGAUCCCCAGGCAUGUAACUCCAAGUGGUGGAGAUGUCGGGCGCCAACUUGGCAGCUGGGCAUCUUCACUUGGUCACAAGUGUCCAAUAGCCAGGUGCAAAAUGCACUUGGCGAAUUUCGAACGCUGCUCGGGAAGAGAGAGCGCAAACGUCUUUGAUUGGAUUGUGACUAGCCACCUAUCUCAAGAGUUCUGUUUUGAACUCCUGAGCUUUGUACCUGUAACCGGAUCUAGAUGUGUACCUGAUCUAGAUGUUAUACACCUUUACCUCUUGUUGCAAGUUUGGGCGUUCGUUUAGCACUUAAUGAGAGCAGCUGCAAAGGCUUCUGAGAUUAAUAUCUGGAAUUAUUUUGACAAAAAGCCACCCCAUCUCCAAGGGAAAGCUUUGCCUUCUGGUUGAAAAUAAACCUGUCUUUGAAUUAUUGAUAUACCUUAGCGAAAAGGAGGCUGCUAGGCAAAAUCUGCCAGAGAUGUACUGGUCCAUUAUGCCAAUUAGAUUACUUGCAAGGCACAAAUACAUUGUACUGGUGCACUUCAGGAACAGUGUGUGAUUAGGAAAACAAUGCUGCAUUUUGAAUAGAUGAAGUUUUAACAGGGCCAGAGGUAAGCUUCAGGCCAGGUUCUGUAAUGGAGAACCCUAUGCUGAUUUGCAUUCACCUCUGGAUCAAUGUGCUGGGGGAAAACCAGUGCUUUUUCCGGCCGGAGUGCAGUUCUAGCACCUCUCAGGUGGGCGCUUAAUAUCUAUAGCUGCCCCAUAGCAGAAGUACUCUAGGAAGCUAGUGUGGUGUAGUGGUUAGAGUGUCGGACUAGGACCUGGGAGAUCAGGGUUCAAAUCCCCACUCCAUCACGAAGUUUGCUGGGUGGCCUUGGAGUCAAUCACAGCCUCUUAACCUACUUCACAGGGUUGUUGUAGGGAUUAACUGAGAAAGGGGGUGAGCUAUGGACUCCCUGGAGAAAAAGGUGGGAUAUAAACACAAUAGAUAAGCCCUUCUGCUUAUCUGCUUAAGAAAGCUGGAGGAGCCAGCUAGAUGGAGAUUUUAGUAACUAAACUGGCAACCAGAGAUCUCCAUGUGGUCACAAUUGGACUUGCAGCAGUUGCAAAAUGCGCUUAGUUCCUGGGGAAUUUCAAACACUGAUAUAUGUGUGGUAAGGUGAUCUUGCACAUCUUCUUUGUCUGGCCAUCACUCGCAGCUGAGUAAGAUUGUCUUCCAUUUUAACAAUGAGUCCGUAAGUGACUGUGGAGGCCAAUUCUGGAUCCACACGUCCUUCCACAGUGGGGACAUUGGUUUCUGGGCGGAAGUUGAUCACGGUGUGGGUUUGCCAAGCGUGCCUUCCUCUUAGCACGUUUCUCCCUUGCGUCCUGAGUUUGAGUGUCUUCAAAGCCUAUGGCACCUUUGGUAAAGGCUGUUCUCCAAUUGGAGCGCUCGCAGACCAGUGUUUCCCAGUUGUCGGUGUUUAUACUACAUUUUUAAAGAUUUGCCUUGGUACAGUCUUUAAACCUCUUUCGUUGACCACCAGCAUUACGCUUUCCAUUUUUAAGUUUGGACUAGAGUAGUUGCUUUGGAAGACAAUAAUCAGGCAUCCGCACAACAUGGCCAGUCCAACGAAGUUGAUAUUGAAGAAUUAUGGCUUCAACACUGGUGAGCUUUGCUUCUUCCAGUAUGCUGGUAUUGGUUUGCCUGUCUUCCCAAGUGAUGUGUAAAAAUUUUUGGAGACUCCGUUGAUGGAAUCUUUUGAGGAGUUGGAGAUGGCGUUUAUAAGUGGUCCAUGUUUCACAAGGAGACAGUAAGGUUGGUAGUACAAUAGCUUGUAAACUUCUCCCAAUACUUGUAGACCCUUCGUAGUGCAUUGUGUGUGCUUUUAGAGGUUUAAUUGGAAAAUGAGUGGGAAGAGAUCUACCUAGCUGUGAUAUGUCCCUCAUCCCAUGGCUGUAUCGUGUCAUGGCUGUGUUGUGGGAUGUAGGUGGAUCUCGAUAAGAAAAAAGCACAAUACAUCCUCUGCUUUAACCAUAGCUGCUUCUCAAAAACAUGCCUGCACGACGUGAAGAUGUGAAGACUUAAUCUCUGUAUCUUGAACACUAUCCUUUGAAGUGGCCCUAACAGUUAAAUUAGCAACAGACGUGACUAAUUGGAGUGCAAUUGAAGUCUUCAAAGAUAAAAGGAGCAAAACCGUAUUUUAAGCUGUUACCGUUCACCGAGUUUUUAUGAAGAUACCUUGGCAACAUGGUCUAGAAGAUGAAAGACCAUUUUUAGAGCUUCCGCAAACGGUGACAAUGAAUUUUGACAUAAUGUAUGUAUAGUCUUUAAUGUUUCUACGUUUUCAACUAAAUUUCAAAACAGCUCUCUGAAAGAGCUGCUGAUACAGACUUCCUCCUUAUCAGGAUUCUCGAUUAACACAGUUAUAAAUUAAUAUAUUCCCCCCUCCUCCUGCUAGCUGAAACCCUGGAGAGCUUCUGUGUCGUUUAAUACUGAGUGAAGCAGACCACUGAUUUGACAGUGGAAGGGAACUUCCUGUGCUCCUGUUGUUCAAAACUGUUGCGUCUGCAGUCUUCAGUUGGAUUUUGACGAAUUUAUAUAUUUAUUUGGGUUUCAUUUUUUGUACUUGUACUAUUUUAAAAAUUUUGGUCACAUAUGUUGGAUUUCCAGUCACAUUCUUGCAGCCUCUCUGCCUAGAAAUGUUUUCAUUUUGUUUGCAUUGAAAUUAUCCUCAUCCUCAUCAUUAUUAUUACUAUUAGUUUCGUUUCUUUACUGCUUUGUAUUUUAAAGAACAAGUCUCAAAAGCACUUGUAAACACUUGUAAACAUCAAAUAGAACAAUCCGGAAUAAAACAAAUUGAAGCUUCAAGGACAUUUGUUUAAAGAUCCCUCUCUAAGUGACAAUUUGCUUUCCCCAGUCGCCAGCAUGGCAUCCAGAGAUCUCCAGGUAGGUUGCAAUUGGGCCCAUGCCAGUUGCAAAAUGCGCCCGGCUAAUUUCUAACACUGAUGCCAGCCUACUGAAGUUUUACAUCACCCCACAGAAGCAUAUCAUGUACCCUCUAGUCCAGCAGGGAAGUUUAAGGCAGCAAAGUUUAGGAUACAAAAUACUGGGCUGGGGGCGGGACUUGGGAUAGGUUCGUGAUCCCAGAUGCAGCUUUGCAAAUGGGUACAACUUGCUUCUGUGCAGUAAAGCAGCAACAUAGGUAUUGGCAAAACUGGCCUGUUGCUCCAGUGUUGGGUGAUACAGAAAACCCUGCAGGAGGAGUGGGUGAGUGGGAGGCUAUUGCGCAAAAGUUGUGAUUGCUUAGAAAGACAAUUUCUAAGCAACCCACCCCAGAAAUGUCUUUGCAAUUUACAGCCAUCCCCUGGUUUUUACUGAUGAGAUUGUUUUGCCAGUUCUUCUGUUAAAAAGAAAGCAGGGAAUCUUACGGGUACUGGUAAAGGUAAAGGGACCCCUGACCAUUAGGUCCAGUCGUGGCUGACUCUGGGGUUGCGGCGCUCAUCUUGCUUUAUUGGCCGAGGGCGUACAGCUUCUGGUCAUGUGGCCAGCAUGACUAAGCCGUUUCUGGCGAACCAGAGCAGCGCACGGAAACGCCGUUUACCUUCCUGCCAGAGCGGUACCUAUUUAUCUACUUGCACUUUGACGUGCUUUCGAACUGCUAGGUUGGCAGGAGCAGGGACCGAGCAACGGGAGCUCACCCCGUCGCGGGGAUUCAAACCGCCGACCUUCUGAUUGGCAAUUCCUAGGCUCUGUGGUUUAACCCACGUCCCUCUACAGGUACCAGUAGAAGGCCACAAAUUGUACUUGGGGAUGCAUUUUACACAGUGGUUCAAAGAAAGGUCAUGCUAUUAUUUAUUUAUUUACUUACUUACUUACUUACUUACUUACUUACAAGGUGUUAGCCAGAAACCAAAGGAAGCAGAAAGCAUGUGGGAAAGUGGUGCAGCUUUAGAAGUUGUGAAUAGAAAAGCAGAGUCCAGUGGGCAUGUGUAUGUGUUUGCUUCUUGGCAGACGCAGCUCUGAAUGGACUAGGCGUUAAUGUUGCCCCAAUAUACUUGCAUUAAGGGCCAUCAUUGCUUUCUUGUAGUUUCCUAACUAGGUUAAUUCCGCAACGAUGUGCCUUGUUCUCCUAUUUUCUCUUUACAUUUACGUCGUAUUAGCAGAAUGGCGCUUCUUAUUUCACACCGUUUGAUGACUUGUAAGGAGAGGCACUGCCGAUGCAACAGCCAAGACGAUCUUGAUUCCUGAGUACAAGGAUAGAGAGAAAGGGCCCAUUUUCGAGCUUUGUGUUAAAAGGCCUUUUCGCCAGCAUCGACUUGCCAGUCCCUUUCCUUUCAAGACAGACCCUGGCAAGCUCACCCGAUGCUGCAAAACUUCUAUUUCUCGAGUCAUUUCCUUCCUUCCUCAUCAUUCCGCCUCCUUUCCCCCCUCUGAUUCCAAAAAGAUCGCUUCUGUAAAGGGAUCAAAGUUAGAAAUUGAAAGGCGCGAUGGAAAAGGGUGCAUGCGGGCCUCUGCGCAUGCAGCGUUGCGCUUGCUGGGGUUGGACAACUUCUGUGCUCCUCAAAAGCCACUUGCAAAGUUUAGCAGAGCUCUGGAGUGGUCUUUAAUGCAGCACAAGGGGCUGCAGUCAGAACUGGAGGUGAGUCUCCAUGCAAGAAAUAAACACUGUAGACAUCCGUGGGGAUGUUCCUGCCAAAUCUCCAGCUCUUCACCUUUCUGUAUUUCUCACGUUUUUGUGUACAGGCAACUCCCAGUUUACACAGGGGCUAUGUUCCAAGGCACCAUGCGUGUUAAGUGAAAUAGCAUAUAUUUGAAACGCCUUUGGAAAAGCCUGCAAAUACACAUUAGAUCAAGGGUCAGCAAACUUUUUCAGCAGGGGGCGGGUCCGCUGUCCCUCAGACCUUGUGGGGGGAGGCGGACUAUAUUUUUUUUGGGGGGGGGGGGGAAUGAACAAAUUCCUAUGCCCCACAAAUAACCCAGAGAUGCAUUUUAAAUAAAAGGACACAUUCUACUCAUGUAAAAACACCAGGCAAUCCCCACAAAUAACCAAAAGAUGCAUUUUAAAUAAAAGGACACAUUCUACUCAUGUAAAAACACGCUGAUUCCAGGACCGUCCGGGGGCCGGAUUGAGAAGGUGUUUGGGCCGGAUGCGGCCCCCGGGCCUUAGUUUGCCUACCCAUGCGUUAGACCUCUGGAAACUGUUGAAAAACCCUUAAAAACCCCCCAAAACAACUAGCAGCCCUUUCCAGAUGGUCAUGAAUGGUGGGUCUCAGUCUCCUUGCUCCAACUCCCGACUCUCCACAGGCCUCAACAGUCAGUGCAAGGGCUCAUGGGAUUGCUAGGUGCUCCUUUCGUGAUUUUUUUGCCCUAUCUGGGCUAUUUCAGGGCCGCUUUUGCUGUUUUUAAAGUCACUUCUGGGUUCGGCGCAGUUGCGCAUCGACUGGAGGCGCACAAAUUGGUUGUUGCUUGUAUUUCCUUUGCUGCAGUUCUGAUGUUUGCAGAACGUUCAAGGGGUGCUGUGCCAGGCCUGCAUAACUUCAGGCCCUAAUGUGACCAAACACACACUAAACACACACUUUCUUGCAAGUUGGUGGACUGUGUUUGACGGGUCACAAGCUCUGUAGGCCUGAGGGCAUUUCUUCCUGCCCCCCCCCCGCAGCGAGGUACCUGUGCCACAACUGUACUCGGGAGUUAGAAAACCAAAAGAAGAGAAAGGGAAACAAGGAGUGUGAAGGGGGAGAAAGACCGGAGGUGUUGGGAGAGACUGAGACCGGAGACAAGUAGGAGGUGUGAGACAGUAUUGAUUGAAGUAAAGCCUGCUAUAGCGGAUCAUAAUGUAACUCCCCCGCCCCCCCCCCGCAAUAUUUGAUAUUUCCAGUUGUGCUUUUUGACAACUGCUGCACAGGGAAGUGUUUGAAAAAUGGCUAUGGUGUAUCUUUCCGGAGUGAUAGGUUAUAAAAUAAUAGCUAACAUAUUAGUAAUGCUAUUUUUAGUUGUGUCUCCACUGACGUAACACUCUCUUCUCCGUAUCCUAGUUGCGCAGCGGAUCCAAAGUGUGUUUCUCGGCCGUAAUUAUUUUGCAAGGCUGCACAUUCUUACGUAGCUACUGGCGGGAGAUGCAGAUUAGGUGGAGAAAGGGGGGGGGGUUGUUAAUCCUGCCGCCCCGUUGCUGGAAAUGCACGCAUAUGCACAAAACACGCACCGCAGCCACAACUGUUAGUUCGAAGAGAAGCUUGAGAUGGGUGAUGUGAUUAGGAGCAGUGGUUUGUUGAAGUGUAAUCUAGUUAAGUAAGGCAUUUGUAUGCAUUUAUAUUACAGUUGCCCAGUUCAGACUACACAGAUCAUUAAUGAAUGCGUUGAACAUUGCCAUUUUCAUUACAGAUACUCAAGGCAUCCUGCUGGUUUACCACUUUUCGGAGCUGUGAGGCACAGUAGAGUUUAAAUCUGAACACAUUAUUUGUUUCGGGGGUGGGGGCCUGCUGCGGCCUCCUUGCCUCUCAUUCUCCAGUGGCUUUUCACCCCCUCCUUGGAGGGGCCUUUCAAGAACCCUUUCCCCCAAUACAAAGAUUCAUGUACAGUGGUACCUCUGGUUGCGAAUGGGAUCCGUUCUGGAGGCCCAUUCGCAACCUGAAAAGAACGCAACCCGUGUCUGCGCGUGCGUUGGUCGCGAUUCUCCACUUCUGCACAUGCGCGUGAUGUAAUUUUGCACGUCUGCGCAUGCGCAAGCGGUGAAACCGGGAAGUAACCCUUUCCGGUACUUCCGGGUUGCCGCGGGACGCAACCUGAAAACGCACAACCUGAAGCAAACGUAACAUGAGGUAUGACUGUAUACAGUGGUACCUCAGGUUACAUACGUUUCAGGUUGCAUACACUUCAGGUUACAGACUCCGCUAACCCAGAAAUAGUGCUCCGGCGGCGCGGCAGCAGCAGGAGGCCCCAUUAGCUAAAGUGGUGCUUCAGGUUAAGAACAGUUUCAGGUUAAGUACGGACCUCCGAAACGAAUUAAUUACUUAAUCUGAGGUACCAUUGUAUAUAUAGUUGAUACCCUGUGAAAGCCCCUCUCUCUGUGUGUGCAUAGCCCAGAAAAGUAUGCAGCACAUAGCAUUUUCCUGCCCCCAGAGCAGAUUUGGUGAUGCGCUUAACAGUGCAGUCCUGUGCACGUCUACUCUGAAGCACGACUAGCGUAGUACCAUGGCACCUACUCCUAUGCAAUUGUGUAGCAGAAUGCAGCUUUAAAGACCAUUAUAUGGUCACUUUGAAGUUCAUUUCGGCCAAUGUUUGUGUCACCUUCUUGUGUAGUCAUCUUCCAUUCCUGACUUUUAAAAUGGGGUGGCCAUGUGGUGUGGUAAGGUGGCAUGAUGAUGUCCCCAGGAGAUUUUUGAGAGCUGCAGUGUCAUCGGUCCUCACUCUUUGUCCCAUCAUUAGGGGAGAAAAAAUUGUGUUUUCAUUGGUGAGCUAGUGGUCUAGUUAGCACAUAACAUUAGGCUAUGGUUUGUUUAACAAACCACAAGUUAACCAUGAGUUGACCCACAGGUGCUUAAACUGGUUUAUUUUUCCAACUUUUCCAGCUGUUCUCGCCUCAUGCUUUUGUAGUGCAAGUGUCUGGGAUAGAGUGGUCCAACAGUGGUUAAGAAGGAUGCUGGUUUCUUGCAUAACACCCAGUCAUAAUGAAACUAAUUUCUGUAAGCCGUCAGUAAACCAUGGUUUUAGAUCAUGCUUUGUUAUUAAUCAAGCCAUAGUUAAUGCUUGGUACAGGGUUCAUACAAAGCCAAGGCCUGACUAUAGUUCAUUAAACCAUGGCUUAGCGCUACAAUCAAGCCAAUGUGUGUAUGUCCAAUAUUUUUGUAAAAGUUUCAGUGUUUGAUUCUGAUGGUACAGAUCCCGCCUUUAGCUUAAGAAAUGAAAAUGCAAAUGUUAUUACUGCAAAUUCAAAACUUGUUCUCUCAGGAUAACACCCCCACCCCAGUCCAUAUGAGUAAAGAAUGCAGCGUGUAUUGGCCCUUCCUAAGUGGUUGUGGUCUCUCGUAUUAUUCUGUUUUGCAUGAACCAAAAAAAGUCAACAAUCCCGUAACAAUGGCAGUAAAGGUUACAGAAACAAUUACAGUUUUAGAUCAUCCUGUAGAACUGUGGAAUUCUGCCCACUGUCUACAAACAACUUGAUGUUUUGUUUUUUGACAUGCAUGCUUGCUGAAAGGAGGGAGGAAAGCCCAUAACCUUUGUAGAAUUGCCCUGGCGCAUACAUGUUCAACGUUGACGGCUGCAUAGCAGCCCUCCCACAAGCAUUCCAUAAGUGAAAAUGGGCUUCUUCAGUUGCAGAAGCUGUGCAUACAUUUCCUGGGCAGAUAGGCCAGUUCUCUCAAACAGUCUCUCUUUAUGUAUAGCUCCCUCUCUGUGCAAAGGAUCAUGGGAAGCCUCUUUGUACCAAAGAUGACUAUUACCUUGUCAAGCCCAGGUUCCUGCCUUAACUCUGAGUGGCUGUGGAUCUCCAGGUCUCAGGCAGAACCACCUGCUUUUGCGCAUGCAGAGCACCGAGCUGUGGUCCCUCACCAAAGAUGUGGCUCAUCUUUCCCCACCACCGGGCACACUGCUUUGUCAGCUGCCGUAUGUCAGGGAGCAGUCCUUAUAUAUGGGAAGCCAGCGGGAGUUUAGCUGCCGUAAGUUAUCGCUAUUCUGAACUCCAAACAGGAGUACACCUGCUGCCAGCUGAGCCGGCUUAACAAGCCUUUAAAAUAUAGUUUGACUUAUGCUAUGCUUUUUGCCAGGGCAUGUGACUGAGCUGAACACAGGACCCACUGCAAGUUCUUCCCUCUGCCUGGCCCUGCCCUUGCCACUACCCCCAAAUACCCAUUUUCCAGGGCUUACACCGGCGUAAGCUCUGCCAGACUUGGUUCAGCUGGCUGGGCCCUGGCUAAGCCAGGAGGCGGGGGAGUUAAGCUGACCUAUCUCCAGCCAGGUUGAGGAGUGUGCCAGGAACCAGCUGACUGAGCUAGAGACCCGCCGCAUCCUAACUCGUUCAUCCCAGCGGGUCUAGGGUUAGGAUUGUGCCGUUCGUCACCAAAUAGUUGUGUGAGAACCUGGAUCUUUGCACCUCUGCUCGUACUUGGCCACCUGCGUUGGGAAGAUGCAAAAUGCCUCUUGCCAUUGUGCAUGAGUAACUGUUUUCGGAAGGAGUUGCUGCAGCCUCGAGCUGAACCCCCCACCCAUUUCCUUCCGUGGUUUCUCAGUUUCUCUACAGCAAAUAAUGUCGUAGAAAUAGCAUGCAUCAAUCCACAAACCGCCAAAGUCAUCCCUUCCCCCCCAAAGCACCUUUUUGUUUUGCGCACGUGGCCCUAGCUAGAUCCUGCCAACGAGACGCUUUAGUGUAGUUAACCUCCUCCUUGUUUGAAUCACACACCCCGGCCCCUUUAGCUUUUAAAUAGCUUCGCUAGGCUUUACGUCAAAAUAAUAUAUUACAUCCCCCCCGCAUCUGAACAUCUGCAGUCUUGGAUUCUCUUGACACAAAAGCGCAAAAGAUAACUAGGCCGCCUGCCUCUGAGAGGGUCCUUCAUGAUGUAGUUUACUAACAAUGAGGAGAACAGCCAGUUCUGAUCUUUUAAUUGGGUUCUUAGCGUGGGGCUUCCUAGGCUUGUGUAAGCCUUUUGCAAGAAGACCAGAACAGCCAGGUGUCCCCACUGGGGCUGAAAUAGCUGCGGGCAGCGGGGAUGAGACGUUGUGGCGGUGCUAGGAAAGCUUCACAUGUGCCAUGGACACGUGCAUCAUUUUCACUACUCUCAUCGUCCCUGCCCAUUAGCCAUGCUGGCCCAGGCUGCUGGGGGGAUGCAAGACUCUCCUUUGGAGGCCUGUGAUGUUCCGUAACCUGCAGAACAGAUGUUUGGAUGGAGGUGCAGGGUGGAUGGGGCCUGAAACACAGUCCAGGUUCAAUACAGGAAGUGAAGUCCAAUGGUUAGGCCAGGUUCCCACCUCUGCAGCUGAUCCAGGGUCAGGGAACCAGUAGCUCAGUUGUGUGGAGCUCCUAGGACAUGCAAGCCGUGGUCCAUCACCAAUUUUUUUUUUAAUGCUUUAUUGAUUUUAAACUUUGUCUCCUCUUGGUUAUUUGAAUUACAUUAAUUUUGUAAGAUUCUCUUAUUAGACGCAGAAAGUCAAUCCAGACCUGCCAGCGGAUUUAUCUUUUUGCAAUGUUCUUUUAAAUAAACUCUAUACAUCCCACUCUCUAUUGAAUUUUUCAUCGGUAACAUCUUGGAACCUUGCUGAUAAUCUGGCUAGUUCUGCAUAUUCUCGCCGUUUGUUUUGCCAGUCUAAUUUGGAUGGGGUAGUUUCUCCUUUCCAACCUUUUGCGAUUAAAAUUCUGGCUGCUACUGCAGCAUACAUGAAAAUUCUCCUGAAUUUCUCUGAGAUUUCAUUACUCAUUAUUCAUAGCAGAAAGGCUUCGGGCUUCUUGGGCAAAGAGCAUUUAAACAUUUUUAAAAGGUCGUUAGAGAUCAUCUCCCAAAAUUCUCUGAUCUUUUUACAGUUCCACCACAUGUGGAUCAAUGUGCCUUCCGCCUCCCUGCAUUUCCGACUUCCAUGGGAAGUUGAGCAGACACAGCACUGUAUCUCUUGCUUCCCUUUUAUUCCCCGACUGUUGAUUGCAGCAUCUGGGCUUGCUGAGGCAUUUGACCCUCAUCUGUCCUGAGCCUAAACCAGCUGAGCAAUCACAUACCUCCCAGAGCUAGCAAGCCCCACCUGGCCGGCUGGGCUGUGGGCCCUUGCCUGCCUCAGCCUCCUAGAUCAGGGGUCGGCAACCUAAGGCCCAUGGGCCACAAGCGGCCCAUGGGGGGGUCGUUUAACCGGCCCAUGGACCCCCACCACUCGCUCGGUCGGCUCCCAUGUGCCAAGCAGAGCAGGGACCGCCUUCUGCGAUGCUGGCUGGCUUCCCAUUGGCUCCAGGAAGCUCCUGCCGGAAGGAGCACUGGAAAUAGUGUUUGCGCAUGCGUGCAUGCACACUCUGGCCCACCGCAGCGUCUGUGGGACCGGGAACUGGCCCAAGCCACAAAAACUUUGCCGACGCAUGUCCUAGAUUGUAUGUCCUGCUACUCUUUACACCUCAGAGCCUGCUGUGUUUGAGGGGACAGAGGCCCUUCUGGCUCUGGUGAUGAGUCCUGCUCCUCUGGUUCUUCUGCACAGACCCCCAUCCUCUCACCAUCCUCUGCCGCCCUGUGAGUACUUUCCAUGCUCCCAACCUCUCCUCCUCCAACCCCAGUUUUCCCUGGUGGGACCCAGUCGCGGCUACAACCUCCUCACUGGAAUCCUCUUCCUCCUCUCUGUUGUCUGGCCGGUUCAUGACAAGCUGUUGUUUAAACCCCAGCUGAUCUAAGUGUCUAAAGUGGGAAAAUUAAGUUGGAUUUGGAUAUUUUGUUAAGUUUCCCAUUUUUGUAAUACAGUCAUACCUCAUGUUACUUUUGCUACAGGUUGAGCGUUUUCAGGUUGCGUCCCGGGGUGGCCCGGAAGUACUGGAAAGGGUUACUUCUGGGUUUCGCUGCUCGCGCAUGUGCAGAAGCGGCGAAUCGCAACAUGCGGACACGGGUUUCAUUCUGCUCGUGUUGCGAACGGGCCUCUGAAACGGAUCCCGUUCGCAACCAGAGGUACCACUGUAUGUCUAUUCCCUGAACAAAUCCGCAUGUAAAUAAGGUUUUCAUAAUUCACAAAAGCCAGUUUGUCUUCAGUUGGCAACUAAGCAGAGCAUUUUAUACGAGGAGCGUGAUUUUAAAGCGGAGCAAGCCGCGGUUUACUGUCCUGGAUUGCAAAGGAGCGUAAACCAUAGUUUGCCAGUUCAGGUGUGAUGCCAACCCUGUCUGCCACAUACCAGAGAGGAAGUUACUACAGAGUACCGAAACUGUAUUCUCAUAACACCAAAUUCAUGAUUAUCAGUGCUUGACCCUGUUUGCCCCUACAAAACACAUCUGUAUGACUUCUUCUUUUCUUUUCGUAGCUGACAUUAUUAUGUAAUACUUGGUAGAGUGGCUGAAGCGGAAGAAUCUGUAAAUUGUUCUGACGCUUCUAACAAGUAUUCAUUCUUGUCACACAGACUUCAAAGCAUCCUUGAGGACUUGGGGGGGGGGCGGUAGAACACCAAUAACUUGAUUGUAGCAGGUUAUGCUAUAAGCAAAUGUUAGCUUGACUUAAAAAUGCAUAUUUUUUCAGCCUGCUAAUAGCCAUAUAAAACAACACUUCGGUAUAUAUCAUUUUGAAGUAUUCAUUAUUUGUUUGUUCAUUGCUUAUGUAGGUGUUUUUGACUCGCUGAGGAAUUUCUGAAAUAGUUCCGUGUUGGUAUUUAGAAAAAAAAAAUCUAUUUGGUCCAAAAGAAUAUCUCUUAGAAUCACUCCAAAGGUACUUCCAAUAUAAUCUGAUCCAGUCUUUGCCUUAAAGCUAUAGCCCCAGUGUAUUUUCUCCAGCCUACAGUGAAUAUUUUAUUUUUCCUGCCCUUCACCAAAUUCAUAGAAACACAGAAUUGUAGACUUGGAAGGGAAUCGAAGGGUCAUGUAAGUCCAACCCCCGGACAAAUUCCCAAGGUUGUGCAUGCAAAGUUUAAACAAUUAUUUAACAAUAUAUUUUAAAAAGCAAAUUCAAGCAUCAUGAUGUCAAAAAGCAGCAUAAAAGCAGCUGGCAGAAUUGAAAACAGUGUGCAGAAUAUUAAAGAGUUUAUGCAUGUCUAAAAUGACAUCAAGGUAUGUGCCAGGCUAGCCUUCCUGGGGAGAGCGUUGAACAGUUUUGGUGCCAUCACCGAAAAGGCUCCUCUUCAUGAACGCAGUCACCUGCUUCAGCUCAGCUAGAGGAGGGGUCACCUGGAGAAGGAUUCCUAUUAUCUAGACCCAAGAUUUCCCACAUAUGUUCGCACAGACUGGUUUAUCCUCUGGAUGUGAAUCUGGGCCUCCAAAUUGUACCGAGCCACUCCUAGGCAGUGUAAUGUCAGAGUAGUAGUAAGAUAGGAGUAGGGCAUCUGCAUCCUGCCAUGUUGUUGGACUACGACUCCCAUCAACUUGCCCAGUAGUCGCGUGAUGGGAGUUGUAGUCUAUUAUUGGUUCUCACAAUAGGCUCUUGCAUGUGAAGCAGAUGUACUUGGGCCAUAUAAACCUGAAAUCAUGUAACACUGUAAAACUUGGAGAAUGUUCCAUGCAGUUUCUGAAAACCAUUUAAUUUGGCACAGGAGUAAAAUUGUGGGGAAACGGUCUACCAUGUUUGACAGAGCCAUAUAAAAAACGUUCUAGAGGUUGUCUGUGGCUGCAGGCUACCAGAUUAGCAGCUCGGGGUUUAUAGGCCAUAUUCUGGCUAGGGAUGGGUGGACCAACCUAUUUCAAAGAAUCAGAAUCAGAAGAAUCUUUAUUUGCAUCAGCCACCAGCCGUAGCAAGAAAAUAAAAUAAAAUGAACUGAAGAUAGAGGCAAAAACUUAACUCUACAAAAUACAUUCUGUAGGUUUACAUCAAUAAUCAAAUAAUAGAUCCUACAGUGGUGCCCCGCAAGAUGAAUGCCUCGCAAGACGAAAAACUCGCUAGACGAAAGAGUUUUCAGUUUUUUUAGUCGUUCCGCAAGACGAAUUUCCCUGUGGGCUUGCUUCGCAAGACGAAACGUCUUGCGAGUUCUUGCGAGUUUGUUUCCUUUUUCUUAAAGCCGUUAAGCCGUUAAUAGCCGCUAAGCUGCUAAUCCGUUAAUAGCCGCUAAGCCGCUAAUAGCCGUGCUUCGCAAGACGAAAAAACCGCAAGACGAAGAGACUCGCGGAACGGAUUAAUUUUGUCUUGCGAGGCACCACUGUAUUCUAAUUGCCCCUGCUAAUUUUUUUGCAGCUUUUGCUGUCACCUGAUUAUCUUGAUUUGCUUAGAAGAAAGGACACGGUAGCAAUGGUUGAGUGACCUGUUAAGGACAGUAGUAGAAGGGUAAUAACUUCACUCCUCAAAUCUUUAUAAAGAGUGCAAGCACAUGAGCUACUGAUUCAAUACUGCCAUCUCCACAUGGACAUAACCGUUUUUCCAGCAGAAUUUUUUGAAACCAACCCUCAAGGACAGCUGAAGGCAGUACAGUAGUACCUCGGUUUUUCGAAUGUAAUCCAUUCCGAAAGACCGCUCAACUUCCGAAACGUUUGAAAACCGAGGCACAAAGGGCAGCCUGAAAAUUCAAUGGAGAAAACUGAAAAAGAACCUCAGUGGAAGCCGUUCGACUUCCGAGGUGUGUUUGAAAAUGGAAGCAUUUACUUCCGGGUUUCCGGCGUUUGAAAACCAAAACGUUUGGCUUCCGAAACGUUCGAAAACCGAGGUCCCACUGUAUAUUUAAUCUUGCGUAAGUGAAAGCUCACCUGUAUUUUGGAAUUGUUAAAUUUUGCAAAUGGGGUGUCAAUGCGUCAAAAUGACUAGGUGGAAAAGAAUCAUACCGUGAACAAAAUUUCCUUAUCGUGGCCAAAUUAUUCUGUUGCUCGAUAUCGUAUAGGCGCUGUCUAAUUAAAUUAUUUGCUUUACUGAAGCCCAUUGUUAAAAACUGUUGCGGUAAUAAACGAGAAAAGUAAAGCUAUUGGUUGACAAUUUUAGUCCAAGCCCUCUCACGACAGUCUUGCGAUACUAAGGGUAGUAGACCAGUGGGGUUUAAAUUUAGCCAAAGCCAAUAAUUAAAUGUCCUACUACACCAAGUCUGUAAUUCAACAAAGGGGAGUUUAGCCUCCAAACACAAUGAAGCAUUUGGAACACAGGAUGGAAUAGAAUAAAAAAUGCCUUUGGAACUUAGAUUGAACAACUGUAGAUACAAGGUCAGCGCCUGUCCAAAUUUGCGCCCCAUAUAAUAACUGCUGGGGUUUAGCUUUAAACACUUCAAGAGCUGAUGGUAUGUGAUUUCAGAGAUAAGUCUCUUUUUUCUUGUUUUAUGCAGAUUAAAAAAGAACACAAAAAUUAUAUUUAAAUUGUACUAACUUCCCCUGAUAUUACAUAUCGUGUAUACACUCGGUCCUUAAAAUUGGAUUUUUUUGCAUGCACUUCCCCCUAAAUUGAAAAACUGCGUUGCAAAAUUCAGACCAGCACAAAAUUCAGUUGGAAGCUGAAUUCCAGCCUGCAUAUAAGUUAGUGGCAAAUUAAUAAUAGGAAUAGUAAUUAUUUGUAUACAUACAAAUACAUACAAAGUUCACACAAAACAUGCACCUGUCUGAAGUCGAGUUGUCUGAGGAAGAAAAGAAAUUAAGAGUUACCGUACUGUAACGCAGACAAGUGCAGUUUACUUUUUUGUUUUUCACACACACAAUUCCCCCAUUGAAUUGGGAAACGAGGCAGUCAAAACAUCUUCUAUUGCCUUUGUUUUGUUUUCUUUACUCCCCACCCCAGUGUAUAUACUUUUACUGGCAUCUUACUUGGAAACCCACUUGCUUUGGCAGAUAGGGGAAUGGAAGAGGCAGAAAAUAUUAGUUUUUGGAGGCAAGAGGAAAGAUGCCAUGACUUGACUCGUAGCUCAGAUUUAGUGGGAAUUUAAAAGCUCUCUGGGUUUCAGAUUGACGAGCCUGAUGUGCUGUAGAACUUCACUGCUUUCAGCCCACCGCCUCACCCUCCCCUGCUUUUUAAAGUGUAUGAUGUAAACUUGGGCUCAGCUUUUUCUCUGCAGCAGAGGGGAUUAGAAACAACCUUGUAUUAACUCAGAACUGGAUCUCACAAGUUCCAAACUUAGCUUGUUCAAACAGGCCGUGCAGAUUGCCGGAUCCUCCUCUGAAGUCUUUCUCGCUUCACUGAAAGGAAGUUUACUAUGAUGACAUUUUUCGCAUUUCAUUCGGAACGAUGGAGGUACCUCCGAAGCAAAUGAGUCUCGCGGCAAGUACAGUGGUACCUCGGGUUACAUAUGCUUCAGGUUACAUACACUUCAGGUUACAGACUCUGCUAACCCAGAAAUAGUGCUUCAGGUUAAGAACUUUGCUUCAGGAUGAGUACAGAAAUUGUGCUCUGGCGGUGUGGCAGCAGCGGGAGGCCCCAUUAGCUAAAGUGGUGCUUCAGGUUAAGAACAGUUUCAGGUUAAGUACAGACCUCUGGAACGAAUUAAGUACUUAACCUGAGGUAUCACUGUACAGGAUGGCCACUUCAGGUGGGGCAAGCAUCCGAGACAAUGCCUUCCAGCUGUGGGACUACAACACCCACCAGCUGGCAGGGACUGAUGGGUGUUGUAGUCCCACCGAUGGAGGGCACCAGGUUGGCGAAGCCUGUCGGGCUUUCCUUCCUUUCCCCCAAAUGUGCGGCUGCUUGCUUCCUGAUGGGGUUGGGUGACAAAUGCACUGUCGCCCACCUGCCGCCUCCUCUUUCUGACUUGACUUUUUGCAGCUUGCACAGAAGCUUGGCCUCUGGCCACUGCGGUAGGUACAGCCAGAUGGCGUACAUAGAUUGUAGGCCCUACAGAACCAUAGUUUUGGACGGUUGUACGCUGCUUUAAGUCUUGCUUCCGUCUCGGCUGAAAGACUGUGGAGGACGGGGGGCAGACGCCUACAGGUCACUUGUAAAUCAUAUUCUAAUCUCCAGGCCACACAUUGUAGCUGUUGCUUUGGUUCCCACAUUACAGAUUUAACGAGGCACUUCCUUUCAUCCCUAGCAGAUAAGAGAAGAAGAGUUCGUUCUUUUUAUUCCUUUUUUUUUUUAAAAAAAAGCUGUUUCGCAACCUCUUGCAGUGUUCUGAGGAACUGCAGCAAUGACCUCAAACUUCCUCCCAGCGGCCUGCACACCUUCAUAACACUGGCACACAUUGCCAAGGAUGGAUGUGCGGUUGCAGUUAGGGUUUCGCUCUAUCCUGCGAGGCGGAUGUUGUUGCUUUUUGCACUUUGGUUAUCUGUCGCAGACAAAAGGAAGUCCCUCACUGAAGGUGGCUUCUCAUGGGUUGCCCGUUGCAUUAUUUCGGUUUAGCAGUUCUAAUAUUUGUGUGUGUGUUCGUGCGCUUGUGCGUCCAGACACUCUCACAUAGACACAUCUAGUAAGGCAGCGCCAUUGUCAAUUGAGAUGAUGGAAAGCUUUUUUGUGACAUAAAUAAAUACAUGUGUAAUAUUCCUCCCCCAAAUCUCUUGUUUGAAUGUACUUUUGUAUUUUUGGAAACCAGGUGAGGUGGAGAAGUAGCAUACAGGGAUCCGAGAUGUGUAUUUGCCUAAGCUGUGGACCUCUGAAUGGUGUUCAACUCCAUCUCCCAUCAUCUCUGACUAUUGAACAUGCUGGUUGGGCCUUUUGGGAGCUGGAAGCCCAACAAGAGUUUGUGGGUCACAGAUUAACCACUACUAUCUUAAAGGCAAAGGGACCCCUGACCACUAGGUCCAGUCAUGACCGACUCUGGGGUUGCGGCACUCAUCUCGCUUUAUUGGCCGAGGGAGCCGGUGUACAGUUCCGGGUCAUGUGGCCAGCAUGACUAAGCCGCUUCUGGCGAACCAGAGAAGCACAGAAAUGCCGUUUGCCUUCUCACCGGAGCGGUACCUAUUUAUCUACUUGCACUUUGACGUGCUUUCGAACUGCUAGGUUGGCAGGAGCUGGGACCGAGCAACGGGAGCUCAGCCCGUCGCGGGGAUUCGAACCGCCGACCUUCUGCUCAGCAAGUCCUAGACUCUGUGGUUUAACCCACAGCGCCACCCGCGUCCCUACUACUAUCUUAGGCGUGCCAGUUAUGCAGACUUCCUGAGAACUUUGCUGCUCUAGUUAGCAUCUUUUGGAGGCUAAACUUCGUCUCUAAAUGGUGCCAGUGGCACAAGUAGUCUGAUUUGCCAGUCUCUCGAUGGCACACGAAUCCAGCAAAUGUUGUGUUGUGUUUGAGUGGUGUUCUUGCUCCAUGGUGGUGGGAAGGUGCUUGAUAUAUAGAACUAUAUUUAAAAUUCCUAGGUAGCGGAAUAAAAGUUCCCGGACCCCCUGACUAAUUUCCAUGUGGCAGUUUACACAUGGCUGGAAAACACGUGUCUGAAAAUAUCUGGUGGCGGUCGUCAUCUAGACCUCUAGGUGAUUAGUUUCCCAGCCGUUAAUUCUGUGCUUGUUUGAGUGUCAGGCAUUUAGAACACAUUUCCCUGCGUUAUCCUUGACUUCUGUUUCAUUUGUGCGUUUUGUGGCAGGUGCCUCCAACGUGGGUCUCAAUUUUAACUUUGAUCUCUUCCUCCUCCUCUCCCUUUCUUCCCUCUCAUUAUGAUGCGUGGUUACGGUGAUGUUGUCUGUUGCAGCAGUCACCAGGUGAAACCCAGUAGACCAGAUGACCUUUUCAUCUCCUCUUUUUCUGAAUCUUGUUUGCCUUUGCUGAGCAACAUGCUUGCCUAGUGGAGAGCAUCUAAAAAUUUGAAGCCUGCCUCUUCAGAGAUGCCAAGAAAUGCAGAGUAAUUUGGAGCAGUCGUAAGAUCAAUGUGUUUUGCUUUGAAACAUAACAGCUUUGCAACCACGCUAGUUGCCUAUAAAGGCCUCCCCCCACCCCUUGCUAAUCACUCAUGUUAGCAACAUGAGCUUGUUAUUUUGGUUGCAGAUAAUCUGCAUGCAUUUGGAAUUCCUGCUUGUUUCUGAAUUGUGCUUGCAAGCACACUAUAUGCAUUAGAGCAGAUUGGUAGGAGCAAGCUGAUGAGAUCCUACAUUAACCCACACCUCUAGGCAGUGUUAGAAACUCAAAUACACAAACUAAGCAUCAAGUGGCUCCUUAAACCUUACAGUCUGCCCAGUUGCCAUUUUUGGGCCAGGCUGCUCAAAAGCCGUAUUUUUCAAUACAACUUUGCAGAUAAAAUAUAGUGGGUAGAAUUCUACAGGAUGCGUUGCUGGUGUGUGAAAUCAGUCAAAAUACAAGGAUCCCCAGGCAUUCAUCUCCAGAUGGUGAAGACGUCAGCCACUGUCCUGGCUCCUGAACGUCAUCGCUUGGUUGCAAGUGGCCGGUAGCUGGGAGCAAAAUGCUGCUGGCACCUGGCAAAUUUCGAACACUUGCCUCUAGGGCAGAUACUCAUGUAACCUAAAAUCCAUUAAAGGUUGGAGGUAGCCCAGGAAUAGCCCAUGAUGUGACACCAUCACUGUUGCUCAAAUACAAUAAAAUUGGACCUUGCUGUAUGUGUACAUUCUGCCUGCAACUACCUGCCUUCUGCAAAUACAGUGGUGCCUCGCAAGACGAAAAGAAUCUGUUCCGCGAGUCUCUUCGUCUUGUGGGUUUUUUCGUCUUGCGAAGUCCAUUAGCGGUUUAGCGGAUUAGCGCUACAGUAUUAGCGGCUUAGCGGGCUUAGCGGAUCAGCUGAUAAGCGGCUUAGCGAUCAGCUGUUAAGCGGCUUAACGAUCAGCUGAUAAGUGGCUUAAGGAUCAGCUGAUAAGCGGCUUAGCGAUAAGCUGUUAAGCGGCUUAGCCGAUCAGCUGAUAAGCGGUUUAGCGGCUUGGGAAAAAGGAAAAAACCCCCGCAGGAACUCGCAAGACAUUUUCGUCUUGCGAAGCAAGCACAUAGGAAAUUCGUUUUGCGAAGCACCUCCAAAACGGAAAACCCUUUCGUCUAGCGGGUUUUCCGUCUUGCGAGGCAUUCGUCUUGCGGGGCACCACUGUACCUGAUUAGCAUUACGUCUUGCAGUUCCCGAGGCUGUUUAUGGAUUAUAUGAGACCUUGUGGCAAAGCCAUCAAGGGCCGUUAAGACCUGUUCAUGGGCCCUUCUCCCCAUGCCAGUCUGGAAUGUAAAUUGGCAUGCCACUUGUGGUAGGAUUCUCCGUGUGGGGAAAAGCCACUGCAUGUGAAAAUAUACAAAGAGAACUGUGAACGUGGCCAACUGCUAAAUGGUAGUUGUUGGCAUUCAAUAGUAUUCAAAUAGCUGCAUUGCUCAGGCUUGCGCCCAGGAGAGCUGUUGAAGUCCUGGAUCGCACCACGGGCAAGGGAAGGGUCAAUUCACCUAUAUUGUUGCAUUAUGGACACCCACUGUUUUUAUUAAAGUGUUCUGUUUGUGUAGUAUUUUGGGCUUUCCUGCCUUCCCCUCUUUUUAAACGCCGUUGGCUCAGAUUACUGAUGUGUUAUCACCAGCUUUGGCAGAGGGUAAAAUGCAUGGAGUAUGGUCCAAUGUGAGGACUGCUUUUGACAGCCUUUUCCAUUAUGAAAGCCUUUUUUGCAUGCAUUGUCUUUGUCCUGGACAUACUUUCUUCUUUUUUUAAACAAGGGGCCCUGAAAGCUUCAGUGUGUGAUUGCAGUCUUCCAUGCUGAAAAUGCUACUUCCACCGUGAUUGCAUGUUUACUUGCAUUGCGGAAAAUUGCAAGCUUUUGCAUUGUUUCUUAAUUACUUGGGCGACAGGGAAUUUUGCUUCCACUGAUGAGUAGAAUUGACAUUUCAUAGUAGAUGGAAAUCUGAAUGCUGAGUGAAGGCUGCAAAAAGCUCACGCUGAGAGUUGAUUCUUUUCAACCUUUCUACUGACUUUCUGGAACUCGCCAGGGGACAUAAUUUUAAUCACUUGGAAUCCACCGUCAGGUUGACCACUUCCCCAGUCUUUUUUUGUAAACAAGCAUUAAAAGACAGUGUGAAGAUGACCCUUUUUCUUAUUAGGGUUUUCCGUGCAGCGUGGCAGCUUCUGUAUUUUGCUCAGUGCGAAAACCUGCGUUAAAAAAACCCCCUCCACGUUAAUUAUAUCUCUUGAUUGCCUGUUGCUAGUUAGCUUUGCUUAUUUCCCCCUCUGAUCCAUUGUUCUUGUAACCGUGUUCAAAACUCGGAUAUAUAAUUGCCAAGUGGCACCUUAAACCUGGGUUACGGUCGUCGCAACGGCACCAUUUUUAAAAAUGGUAAUGGUGGUGCAGAGGAACAUUUUCUCAUGCGAAGGUUACUCGUGGAAAAAGAUCAUGGGUACCGCAUGCACCCCACAGGGGGAUCCAGUUGCUUGUGGAGCGGGGAGCUGAAGUUUUCCGCGUCUCUCUCUGAACGCUUGAAAACACAGGGAUGUCAGAGACUUGGUUAAAUGCACCUCCUGGCCUGCCCCGCAGGCUGCAGAGGGAGCGGUUGCAAGUACAGUGGUACCUCGGGUUACAGACACUCCAGGUUACAGACUCUGCUAACCCGGAAUUAGUACCUCGGGUUAAGAACUUUGCUUCAGGAUGAGAACAGAAAUCGCGGGGCAGUAGGAGGCCCCAUUAGCUAAAGUGGUACCUCAGGUUAAGAACAGUUUCAGGUUAAGAAUGGACCUCCGGAACGAAUUAAGUUCUUAACCAGAGGUACCUCUGUACAUUGCGAUUACAAGAUGCAAGGCAUCUUGAGAGACAGUGGAGUGCACCUCUGGGGGCAAAGUCAAACCUCAUUGUUUUUUGCUGCGUUAGCAGCACUGAAAUGACCUCUCUGUGGCACAAGACUGGGCAGUGUAUGUGGAUGUCCUGGGCCACCUAGAUGACAAGACUCCCCACCUCGCCCUUGCUGAUGUGGACCGAAGGAAAGGAGAGCAAUAUGUUUGGCAGCAGCUUGGCUGCAGGAGUUGCCGGAAGGAGGCAUAGAACUGUCUUAGGAACUCCACACCAGUUUUGUGAAGGGUUUUCUCUUUAGCCUUCCCUGCUUGUAAGGCAGCGGAGGUUUGGGAUCAGAGUUUUCCUUCUCUUGGAUGAGAUUACCUUCCCAGGUUACCAAGCCCUCAAUGAUAAUGUAUCUUAAACGCUCAGUAUCCCUUCUCAUAAUGACCUUGGAAGAUGAAUAAUUGUGCUUUUUUUAAUUGUGUGGAAGAAGGGUUAAAGGGGCUGGGACCAAGACACCUGCCUUUUUGCUUUUUUGGCUGCAUUGAGAUCUGAACUCGGGGCUCGUCACAGAGUGCACUCCCUCUGGGCACGCCCCACUUUCCUGUAGGUGCACAAUUGUGCACAGUCCUUGAAUUCUUUUAAGCACAACCCCUGCCAUUUGAAAAGCAAAGCAUGGUUUGGAUUCUCAUUGUUUGGACUGAAAACUUCCAGUCCCUCUGUGGCAUACGCGAUAUUGGAGAGUGCAAAGAUCUGCGGUUACAUAACACUCUUCGGUUAAUGCAUCUCUUCUCGUCCUUUCCCAGAAGCCUUCUGCUCUUUUGUUGCUGCUGCUCCUGUUCAUUUGUGAGCAGGGGUGAUUUGUUUUUCCUUGACACAAGGAGGAAGGGAGGGGAGCAGUCUGUAGCCUAAUGUACAGCAGCUAGAAAUUUCUGUUCCUUACCUGCAUAACUAUUUUUUUACUUUAUACAGUAAAAGAAUUUAAUUCGUUCUGGAGGUCCGUUCUUAACCUGAAACUGUUCUUAACCUGAGUUACCACUUUAGCUAAUGGGGCCUCUGGCCACCAUGCGAUUUCUGUUCUCAUCCUGAAGCAAAGUUCUUAACUCGAGGUACUAUUUCUGAGUUAGUGGAGUCUGUAACCUGAAGCAUCUGUAACCCGAGGUACCACCGUAUUACUCGUUUGUUGAAUUUCAGAAAUUUUUAACAAAUUCACUUCAAUUUAAACACAUAUUUCCCUUUUUUGAGUUCCCUUACCUCCAUGCUGUUUUUAUUUCCUUUUCCUGCUGUAUUAUAUAGCAUACAUUUAACGAAUAUAUAUUUCCUCCCUUACAGUUAUUACUGUUUCCCUUCUGCUGCUCAUCCGCCUGCAGAACUCUUGCAUUUUACUUACACAGAGUAUAUCCCCCCCCCCAAUUUUGCUCUGAGUUUUCAUAGCAUAGGAAGUGUGCUGCCGGAACGAACCAGAGUUGGAAGGGGGGAGGGUAUGAUCCCAUCCAGAGCAGGCAGUUGAGUGGUUUAUGUAGACGUGGUACCCACCCAACGUCCCUCUCCCCCCCCCAUUUGUGCAUGGCUUUUCCUCACCCCCAAUCAAAUGGGUGGCAAAGAAGGAGGAAAGGAAAAUGGCCGUUGUGUUGCUCAUGCGAUGCUUUUGGUCAGGUUAUCACUCAGCGGUUGGAAGACCAGCACCUUAAAUUCUACAACUUGGAUAUAAUCCGUAUAAACUGACCUAGAGGCCUGAUGCCAAAGACUCAGCUGCUGGUUUCAAAUCAAUAUGUAAACACCAGCCUCCUGGCCAUGUGCGUUCCUCUUGUCUGUCCAAAUCUCUGUUUUCCCUAGACUCUGAGAGUUUUCAUCUGUCUUGCUCUGGAAGGUCUUUUAUUUCAGCCAUCCUUUUCCCAAGUCUCCAACUCCGUCCCUCCGUCCGGCUUUCCUUCGAUCCUGGUCCUGCUGCUCUCUUGGAUUGGAUCAGCUCAGCCAAUGGCCAUCAGAGAUACACCUGCCCAUGUAGCAAAACAGAGCUCAGUUAGAUGGUGCUGGGGAUGUCUUUGCCUCCACUGGACCCAUUGCGACAUCACGUUUUGUUGGAAGGAUGGGAAGAGGGGGAGUGAGCUUGAAAUCUUUCUCGGUAGGGUCCCAGUGCCUCUGUAGAUUGGAUUUCACAUUUGCGUUAGGUUUUGCCAGCAAGAAAGCUGAGCUCCAUGUGGCUCUCAACAGCAAGGCAUCGACAUUUAUUAUACCUGCCACUGUUCAAACUAUGGCAUUUUCCACAUCAGUUCACAACAUUCAAAGCUGUUAUAAACAGCACAAUCACAAUAAUAGCAAACAUCAAAAACAUUUCAAAUCAAUAUAUAUUGCAGCCAGCCAUACCAUUAUUAAAUCCAAAAGCAGAAGUGCCUGCCUUUUAGUUCAUUUUUUUUGUUUUGAUAAAAGUACAGUGGUACCUUGGUUUGCAUACAUUUGGUUUGCAUACGUUUUGGAUUACAAACAUGUCAAACCCGGAAGUGCGUGUCCUGGUUUGCAACCUUUUUUUUGGAUUACAACCCUUUUUUUUUUUAUUACGAUCAAAUUUUUUUUUUGAGGCCCCGUUGGUGAAAGUGCGCCUUGGGUUACAGCCUGUUUUGGUUUACAAGCGGACGGAUUCUGGUUAUAAACGAAGGUACCACUGUAAUCAUGAAUUGUCCUAAGCAUUACCAAGGAAGUGGCUGAUAGUAUAUCUUGGGAGGAAGCUUCAUAGCUGGGGGAAAGACCUUUCUAGGGUUGCCAUAUUUUGAAGAGCAAAAAAAGAUGGAGACCUUUGCUGACUUGAAAAAGAGGACAUGUCCUGGGAAAAGAGGACAUAUGGCAACCCUACUUGGGUCUCUUUGUGGCCAGAAGACACACAAGCCCAUCACCUUGCUGGCCCUAAACUGGAAUCAUGGAAUUGAGGAGUUCGAUGGGGCCACGAGGGUCAUCUAGUCCAACUCCCUGCAAUGCAGGAAUCUUUUGCCCAGUGUGGGACUCGGAAUGCAUGACCCUGAGAUGAAGAGUUUCAUGCUCCACUAUUCCACCCAAAGCAGUUUGGGUUUGGCCAGUGCCUGGAUGCCACAUGUACUCUGCGUUGGGUCCCGUAGCAGAAGAAAGGCAGCAUAAAAUUGUAAGAAAAACAGAAUAAAAAUACCCACCUGGCAAAAGCACCUGUAGGGCCUCCGCAACGGAUUUGGGAUCCCUGGUGGAAUUUUAUAGGGGCCUAGGUAGUAACAUGGCCUUUUAAGUAACAUGGCCCCAAGUAAGUACCAUGUUAGUCAAUAUACACAUGCCAAGAGAACAAUAGUCCUUUUGGUGGCUACCAAUUUAGAUGGCUUCGAAAGAAGAUUAGACAAAUGGCUAGUAGCCAUGACGGGUCCGCUACAAUCAAAGGCGGUACGUUUCUGAAUGCCAAUUUCUGGAAACCACAGGAGAGGGAGAUGCAGUUUCCUACAUGCACACCUGGUUGGCCAUUCUUGAGAACAGGAUUCUGGACCGUAUGGGUCCUUAGUCUGAUCCAUCAGGGCAGCUCAUAAUGUUCUUUUAUUAACACCGUAAUGCAAUAAUAUGGCAGCUCAACAAGCAGUUGAAUAAAUGCAAAUGCAAUUGAGUAAUUACAAUAAUAAAGGUCCAUAGAAAUAAUUUUAGAAAGGACAUUGCAAAAAGUCAACGCAGUACAUAUCAAGAAACGCAGGACCUAAAUUCAGGUUUUGCUCUCUAGGGUAGAAGCUAGUGGCUUCUGGAAGGCAGCAACCCGGAAGUCAUAAAUGAGAGCAAUGAUAAGUGCUCACAGCCACCUUGUCGAUGGCUGCUGUUUACAGUUUGCAGCUUGAGUCAGCAGGAAAGGCUCUGAUCUGCCAGUCUCAUCAGAACUGCUCACCAGCAGCAAGUGCUUGAUAGAGGACAUAUUCUCCUCUCCCCCCCACCUCAUUUUUGGUGACACUGCAAAUUCGACAUCCUUCAGUCCUCCUGCUCUGUCCUCUCUCAGACUCCGCUUCUUUAUCUGUGCAUUGUAGCAUCUUGUUUUCGGAGCGUUAUCUGCAUUUGUUUGGAGCGGGCGGUUUCUGCUGAAUCGUGCUUUCCGUUACCUGGCGCGAGGCCUGUCUUCAAGAAAAGGGUUUUUCUCCUGGGUGCUCUUAAUGAGUUGUUUUGCAAUGAUCCCCACUUCCUCCCCGCUGCAACCUGACGGCGUGGCAUUCUUGCAGUCCGCCUAGCAAGCAUGCGUGUUGCGAUGUGGGCAUUAUCAUUGUUUGGCAGAUUCCUUCAGCAUUCUUGGGAAAUUCCCAGGCUUUGAGGAAGCGGACCUGACAGCUUCUUGACUGGGCAGAAGUGGCAAUUUAAUGCCAGCUCCAGUGGAGUGUUUCAGCCACGUUUCGCUGCGGGGGCUUGACUGACACAGCGACCUGGUGAUGCGCUAACACCCAGAGUUUCUGCUUGGUCUGAAAUGAUAUCUUUGGCCCUACGGUGAGGCAGCUGUCCGGAGAUACAGUGGAUGCUUGGGUUACGAAGGUGAUCCGUGCGGGAUGCACAUUCGCAACCCGCAGUGUCUGCAACCCGCAGCAGCGCGUCCGCACACACGCGGGUUGUGAUUCAGCACGUCUGUGCAUGCGCAAAGGGCGAUUUAGCGCUUCUGCGCAUGCACGACCGCCGCAACCCGGAAGUAACCCGUUCCGGCAUUUCCGGGUUUCGGCGGUCUGCAAUCCGAAAAAACGCAACCUGAAGCGUCUGUAACCCGAGGUAUGACUGUGACUGUACUCAAAGGGUGGCUGCUUUCUGCCUUCCGAAGGCGGCUAGUUAUGCCCUUGAUUGGACUGAUACGGACUUCAAACCGCUUUUGGACGCUGUAUUGUGCAGCCCUAGCGCAUGAUUCAGAGCCACAGAUUCUUGGCCUAUAUCAGGGGUCAGUAACCCCUUUCAGCCGUGGGCCGGUCCACCGUCCCUCCGACCAUGUGGUGGGCCGGACUAUAUUUUUUAGGGGGGAAAAAUGAACAAAUUCCUAUGCCCCACAAAUAACCCAGAGAUGCAUUUUAAAUAAAAGCACAUAUUCUACUCAUGUAAAAACACCAGGCAGGCCCUACAAAUAACCCAGAGGUGCAUUUUAAAUAAAAGGACACAUUCUACUCAUGUAAAAACACGCUGAUUCCUGGACUGUCCAUGGGCCGGAUUGAGAAGGCAAUUGGGCCGUACCCGGCCCACGGACCUUUGGUUGCCUACCUCUGGCCUGUAUAUAGUGUGUGAUUAAGGAGGAAUUGCUUCUAGGUCUAUGCGCUUAAGAAGCGAAGCUAAACUUUUUUUUGGGGGGGGGAAGUAACUGAAAUUCUGCAACCUGUUUAAAUUACACAUUUAUAGGCAAGCCCCCCAUUUAUGUACAUUCGAUAUGUGCGUGACUGCACAUAUGCGCCUCGCGCUGAACCUGGAGGUGGCCCAGAAAUGUCACCAGAGGGGGAGGAAGUAUUUACAAUGGUCUUUUCCCAAUGGUAUUUCGAAGAUAAAUAUGAUUUCACUGACGUUUGCUGUGCCUCUGAAUGUAACUCCUGCGUAAAUAGGGAGUUGCCUGUAAUGCGGUAUUUUACCCCUAAUCCCCUCUUGCGGUUCUUUAAAAGCAUUUCUCAUAAUUCUGCGUCUGCCGGGUUGAGGACACUGAACCUCAGUGGUAAACCACUUGCUUUGCAAACCCUGACACAACCCUGGGGCUAGGUAAGACCCCACCUGGAAACCCCAGAGAGCCAUUGCCAGGUGGUGUAAACAGUUCGGAGCCCGAUGGCCCAUGGCUAUCACAGCCUAGGACUUCCGUCAAUCUCGACUAAUGGUUUUCUAACUUCCUUUCUGAUUUUGCAUUUUAUUUUAAUAGUUGUUGCUAUAAAAUCCUAAAUCCUAAAUAAACUCCUCCUUAGUCCUUUUUCGCAAUAAUUCAUAUAGUUCUCCUUACAAAACUUCUUGCAACCCUACAAGCGAUGUCAAUUGAUUACAGUUGUCUUUCAAAUAUAUCAUAAAUUUCUUCCAGUCUUUCAGGAAAGUCUGGUCUUGCUGGUUCCAAAUUUUCCCAGUUAAUUUCGCCAACUCGGCAAAAUUACAUGGGAACAACAUGGCCUAAGUCCACUUCAUAGGCUUAUCAGUAUAUCUUUGAGGCUUUACCCUCUGCAAAUCUCCAGCACCACACCAGACGUCUGAAAUUUAACUGGGCAUUACAUUGUGUCGUAUACUUUUAUAUCCUGCCUUUCUGCUGUUUCUUGCCAACCAAGGCAGAGGAUGUUUCCAUGCACAUUUUGCAAAAAAAAAAAAAAAAAUGGUUAGAGCUGAAUAAGGCUUAUAAUGAAAGGAAGUUGAGAUUUCUGGAGCUGAGCUUUUUUUCUGUGCUCCUGUGGCAUCGAGGCAUGCACAAACCUCAUGUCUUCCUUGCGGUCUUCCCAUGGCAUCUGAUUGUGGGAAACUGGACGUUGGAUGAGAGGUGGUUUGAUCCUGCAGGUCUCCCGGCUUAGCAUAAGAGUCUUGUUGGUUCCCAAGGAUUCAGAGAUUUAUUGCUUCUGAGCACGUAGCCACCAUGGCUUUAGUGGUACCUUGGUUUUCAAAUGUCUUGUUACUCAAACAGCUUGGAACGCAACACUGCAAACCCAGAAGUAAGUGUUCCGGUUUGCGAACUUUUUUUGGAAGCCAAAUGUGCUCCGUUUUGAGUGUUAACGUUUCCGUUUUGAGUGCCACGCUUCCGUUUUGAGUGUUACACUGAGGUCUGUCUGUUUUUGCUUUUUAUUUUGCGUUUUUCUUUUUGAGGCUCUUUUUAAAAAGAUAUAUAUAUUAUAUUUAUAAAGAUUUGGUGACUGUGUGGAACCCAGUUCAGCUACUGAUCGAUUGAUCGCGUGACUGCAGUACGUUGUUUAUUGCUUUCAUUUUAUGGAUCAGUGGUCUUGUUAGAUAGUAAAAUUCAUGUUAAAUUGCUGUUUUAGGGGUUGUUUUUAGAAGCCUGGAAUGGAUUAAUCCAUUUUGCAUUACUUUCUAUGGGAAAGUGCACCUUGGUUUUGGAACGCUUUGGUUUUGGAACAGACUUCCGGAACGGAUUAAGUUUGAGAACCAAGGUACCACUGUAGUAGCCAUUAAUGGCUCUGUGCCACUCUGUUUAUGUGUGAAGCUGACUGCUCCACCAGCAGUGAUGUUUAUGUACUGUUUUUUAAUUUUUGGCCUUAAGAACUUUGGUUCAAUGCUCAAAACGCUGCACUAAGUCUAGAAAUUCCUGUUUUGGUAGCUGAUUGACUCUGAGUUCUAAAUAACUUGAUUAUUCGUAUGUUAGCACUCAUUCUCAGCUUAAGAGGAAGUGGAAAAUCGACAAAUUUUAGUUCACAGUAAGCGGAGAACUUUUGUUGAAAAUUGAAACGUGAAAUGUGGUCAAAGUUUAAAGUCAGAUGUCCAGAUUGAGAGAGAGACUGUGUCUCUGUUUAAAUCCUAAAAAUGCCUUUAAAUAAAGAGGACAUUUAACUUCAGUUGCUGGGAACAUACGCUUUAAUUGACUUUAACCCCUAUUAAAUAAUGUACAUUUUUGGUUAAUUUAAGGGUUGGGGCCCAAUUUUAAUCAGAGAUUGAGAUUUGAAAGCAUGCUUGUUUGUUUUUUGAGGUUAUUCUGGUUUUACCGGGAAAAGAGUGGAAAAAGAAAAUAAAUGAGUACUGUUAGCAAAAUGUUUAGAAAGCAGAAUUCCGAGUCUUGAUAGAAUGCGAUUAUAAAGAAUUGUAGAUGUCAGGGUUGCUAGAAGGCAGAUUUUACCUGCUAUCCUAUGGAAACAGUAGCAAAAUUAAUUCAUGGAAAUAAUAAGUUUGGAGACCAUUCCACCCCCCUCUCCCUCACCCUCUUUUUAAGAGAAGUUUUAUCUUCCAAAUUACAGCCAUAGAAGACAAGGCUUCAGGGAUUCAGGGUUCUGUAGUGCAAAUCCCAAAAUGAAUUUAUAGUCUCCGUUGAUCAGAGAAAACAACGCUUGGUGGUAAAGUUCACUGGUUCUCAGUCCUUGGUAAGGCGACCUUUGCUCCAGCCCAUGGCUAAUGAAGACUUUGGAGCGACUUCCCAGAUUCUUGUGAGCUAGGUGUUACAUGUGUGCAGAUAUAUAGCUGGUUUCCUUGCUUGGAAGCAGGGUGGAUUUGAUUUAAAUCAAAUCGAUUUAAAUCAUGAUUUAAAUCACUAGUCAGUAAGACUUGAUUUAAAUCAAUUUUUUUUACAGAAAGACUCAUUCUUGUUGGUAUAAUCUUAAUAUUUACAACCAGAUGGAGGUUUCAUUUUUGGAACAAUAAAUUUUCAGAGUAGUCAAAAAUUACUGAUUUGGUUUUACUAUUAGAAAUACAUUGGCAGAUAAUUAUGAAAUUAUUGCGAGGUAUAAUAAGUUAACUGUUUAUAUUUUGACAACUUUUCUGCUGUACUUCAUUGGAAGGAGAAAAAGAAUCAUUUCCUUAAUAACAAUUUAAACAAUUUAUUUAACUAAAUAACCUCAUAGCAUAUGUAUCCAUGUUUGUUAACUGCAUCCCGGCUAUGUCCGGGAGAUUGCAGGCGUAUGGCAGCCUUAUUUAAAUGCACUUUCGCCAUGUUUGGGUUUAUGCAGGAGAGAGUCAGUGCGGGAAGCAAUUGCUUUUAACCUUUUAAAUCUUGGCCAGUUCCAACCAUGGCCCCAGGCUUUAUCAUAGAUUCAUAGAAUCAUAGAGUUGGAAGAGACCACAAGGGCCAUCGAGUCCAACCCCCUGCCAAACAGGAAACACCAUCAGACCACUCCUGACAUAUGGUUGUCAAGCCUCUGCUUAAAGACCUCCAAAGAAGGAGACUCCACCACACUCCUUGGCAGCAAAUUCCACUGUCGAACAGCUCUUACUGUCAGGAAGUUCUUCCUAAUGUUUAGGUGGAAUCUUCUUUCUUGUAGUUUGGAUCCAUUGCUCCGUGUCCGCUUCUCUGGAGCAGCAGAAAACAACCUUUCUCCCUCCUCUGUGUGACAUCCUUUUAUAUAUUUGAACAUGGCUAUCAUAUCACCCCUUAACCUCCUCUUCUCCAGGCUAAACAUGCCCAGCUCCCUUAGCCGUUCCUCAUAAGGCAUCGUUUCCAGGCCUUUGACCAUUUUGGUUGCCCUCCUCUGGACACGUUCCAGUUUGUCAGUGUCCUUCUUGAACUGUGGUGCCCACGACUUUAAAAAGACUUUAAAAGGUCGUUGGUGAGUAAGUGUUUUAGGUGAGGGGAAAGCCAUACAUUACCGCAAGAUUCGCAGUCUAAAGAGGUGGUUUGUUCUUGUGUGUGAAGGCCCAAAAUCUGAGUGCAGGUUGACGCCGUUUUGUCAGCGUCAGCUGUACUUAGGAAAUAAUUGGCUUCGUAUACGCAAGAGUUCUGUGCAGGUUAUUUUGCAUGGGGAAACUGCAGAAAGCGGUAAUUGAAAUCCGAAUCCAUCAAUCUUGUUAUUUUUAUUAUUAUUAUUUUUUUCAUAGCUGGGUUACGGCUCCUGAUGUGUGCGGAAGCAGUAGUAGAAGUUGCUUAGGGAUUUGAGAGCAGAGACAAAGGAAUGCCUGCUUAGAUUGUCAAACGCCAAAGAUAUUUAGGGGGUGGUUUUUGGUUCAGUCAGUCAGAGCCGAACUUAGUGUUUACAAGCAGAUGCUUAUAACUAAACUCUGGUAGCUCCUUUCGUAAAGGUAAAAGCUCUUCAGCACCAUCGUGUCUUGGGCGGGAGCUACGUUCUGGGAUGGAGCUUAUCUACAAAAGCAUGUAUACCUGUACUGACCCAUUGGACCAUCUUCUGCAAAAUCAUCCUCAUCUUUCAAGUCGCGAGGCUGACUUGAGUUCCCGCGACGACUUUUGAGAACUCCCAGAACCUUCCAGAGCCUGAUAAGCGAGGUAGCUGGCCUGGUUAGAAACUCUUUCCGCACAGGGAAAACCUGGCUUGAAAUGAGCUUUUAAGCUCCCUGCUUUGCAUGCAAUUAAUUUGUGGGAUUUCAGUCGGCCAGCUUUCAACCGCGCAAGGUUGGAAUUCUACGUUAAAGUGGGAUUGUACCAUACUCGUGUGAAUGCUGUGCUUUGGAGUGGAGAAGUUGCAGGUGCAAGAAGAGUUAAGGACUCAUUAAACCCUCCCGAUUCUCAGUGCUAAAUUGAUCCCCGUAGAAAAUUUAAACAACUGUUGUCCUAAAGUACGGAUGACUCACCUGAGGCUCCUCCAGAUAAGUAGAACACCCCAUCAAGCCAAACAUUGUUAUUGGUCCAGAGUGAAUGAAGCUGGGAGUCUUAAAAGCAUCUAGAACAGUGGUUCUCAACCUGUGGGUCCCCAGAUGUUGUUGAAUUACAACUCCCAUCACCCCUAGCUAGCAAGGCCAGAGUUCAGGGAUGAUGGGAGUUGUAGUCCAACAACAUCUGGGAACCCACAGGUUGAGAACCGCUGAUCUAGAAUGUCCAUUAAGCCAUUUCUGUGAUAAGGCUUAGUUAUGUAGAUAUGUGUCCAAUGUAAAUAGUGUGCUGAGUGGAAGCACUGUGUAGUCGUCAAAGUGGGCUAACCGCUGCUUCUCCACCUAAGCUGCCUCACAGGGUUGUUGUGGGGAUCAAAUGAGGACCCGGGGAGAUGCAUGCCACCAUAAAGCUCCUUGGGAGAAACGUUGAGCUAAUAAUUGCAGGAAAUAAAAAAGGACACGUCUCCUUUGUUGACUAAUAAACAUUUUCAGCUGCUGUUUUGGUCCUAAAAAGUCAACAAUUAAAAAUUCAAUAAAACCAGGAUAAAACGGGCAAAGCAAUAAAACAGCAGGGGAGGGCAGAACUGCAAACAGAAGCGAAAGCUUGGCAAAACCAGAGGAAAAAGUCUUGCCAGGCAGCUGACCUGUAGCCAACUGGACCUCUUGUGGAAGGGAGUUUUGCAACCUGCGUGCCACAUUAGAAAAAGUCCCCGUCCCCCUCUUUUGACAAUUUGUGCCUCUUGAGGGUGAUGAGACACAUUGCAAAGCAGUAUUGAGGAAUCAGGUUGUUCAUCUGGCCCCAUAUUUAAUAGGCAACACACAGCGUUUUAUAAUUUGGGACCAGAAUCGCAACUGGGAGCUAGUACGGUUGAGCUCAGAUUGGAGUAAAAAAAGCAGCAAAAAGUCAGCUCCAAACCCUAUUGUACACUUUUCAUCUGUUGAAGUUUCUGAACACUCUUAGAAGACAGCUCCAUUUACAGGAGGGGUGGGGGACCUGCGUCCCUCCAACUUUGAUGGACCACAUCUCCCAUCAUCCUAGCCAUAAGCCCUGCUGGUUGCGGCUCCUGGGAUUUGGAGUCGGUAUUACCAAAAGCUAAAUGCGCCUGCAGAAUUCUUUACCCCAUACUAUCAAGUGCUCAACAUCAAAAAAACUAAGAUCAUGGCCACUGGUCCCAUCAUCUCCUGGCAAAUAGAAGGGGAAAAAAUGGAGGCAGUGAGAUAUAAUACUUUCUUGGGCUCCAUGAUCACUGCAGAUGGUGACAGCAGUCACGAGAUUAAAAGAUGUCUGCUUCUUGGGAGAAAAGCAAUGACAAACCCAGACAGCAUCUUAAAAAGCAGAGAAAUCACCUUGCCAACAAAGGUCCAUAUAGUUAAAGCUAUGGUUUUCCCAGUAGUGAUGUAUGGAAGUGAGAGCUGGACCAUCAAGAAGGCUGAUCGCCGAAGAAUUGAUGCUUUUGAAUUAUGGUGCUGAAGGAGACUCUUGAGAGUCCCAUGGACUGCAAGAAGAUCAAACCUAUCCAUUCUGAAGGAAAUCAGCCCUGAGCGCUCACUGGAAGGACAGAUCCUGAAGCUGAGGCUCCAGUACUUUGGCCACCUCAUGAGAAGAGAAGACUCCCUGGAAAAGGCCCUGAUGUUGGGAAAGAUUGAGGGCACAAGGAGAAGGGGAUGACAGAGGGCGAGAUGGUUGGAUAGUGUUCUCGAAGCUACCAGCAUGAGUUUGACCAAACUGCGGGAGGCAGUGGAAUACAGGAGUGCCUGGCAUGCUCUGGUCCAUGGGGUCACGAAGAGUCGGACACAACUAAACAACAACAACAUCAAGUGCUUAAAGUUUUUGCUCACAUACGAUGGCCUCCUGCCUUUAGCGAGGAGUCGGCACAGCCAGCAGCUGCCACACAGGAGACAUUUGUGGAAGUUCCACCUUCUUCAAGGAGCUGAGCCCAGGCAGGUCAGUGGGCUGCUAUGCCCCUGAGAGAGAGCCCCAGAUCUUUUCACUGAGUGGUGGUGUCAUUGCCACUGCUUUUCAGGUGAAGCCACUUGGAUCCUGUUUGUGGGUUCCUCAUAGGCUUCUGGAUGGCCACUGAGAUGGCAGCAUGCUGGCUUAGGAGGGCAUUUGGUCCAGUCCUGCAGAGCUCUUGUAUGCUCAGCUAUUUUCUUACCUUAGCUUUGUACUUGUGCAUGUAAGACUUGACAGAGAUGCCUUAAAGCAGCGGUUCCCAGUUAGCUAAGUCCUGCAGACCCCUUGUUUUUCCCCAAGCCAAACCAUGGACCCCCCCCCCCACUUUUGAAAACUGGGAUAACUCCAUGGCAAUAAUAACAAUAAUAAUAAUACCUUUAUCUUUAUUGUCAAUGUACAACCUGUGUACAAUGAAAUUAACUGAGUCUCCCUCCCCUCCCCACAAACACUCACUCUCAUUGCACUCUGUGUGCUUGUCGCAUGACACACCAACCCCGAAAGUCAGUUGCACUAUAUUAUUUUCUGUUCAGCAGCCUAACAGCCCACGGAUAGAAACUGGUUUUUAGCCUCUUGAUACGACUAAUUAUAUUUCUAUAUCUCCUGCCCGAAGGUAGAAGAUUAAAGAGGUGAUGGCCAGGGUGUGAGUCAUCCCUGAGAAUUUUUCUCGCUCUCCUAAGGCAUCGAUCCCUUGCAAUGUCAUCUAGCGGGCUCAGGGGACAGCCCAUAAUAUCAUGCACUGUGUUAACUACCCUCUGUAAAGACUUUUUGUCUGUGGCUGUCAAGCCAACGUACCACACUGUGAUACAAUAUGAGAGGACACUUUCUAUUGUGGACAAGUAGAAGGAAGUCAUCAACUGUUGUUUAACAUUGUUCUUUCGCAAGACCAUGAGAAAAAUGGAGUCUCUGUUGGGCCUUCCUAACCACCUGAGUUAUAUUGUUUUUCCAAGUGAGGUCUUCACUAAGCUAAACUCCCAGGAAUUUAGAGGAAGAGACUCUCUCCACACAACCCCCCCCCCCCGAUAUACAACAGGGCUAGUUCCUCUUCCUCCGAAAGUCCAACACCAUCUCCUUUGUCUUGCUAAUAUUUAGGUGGAAGAUAUUCUCUAAGCACCAUGUACAGUGGUGCCUCGCAAGACGAAAUUAAUUCGUUCCGCAAGUUUUUUCUUCUUGCGAGUUUUUCGUCUUGCGAUGCACGGUUUCCCAUAGGAAUGCAUUGAAAAUCAAUUAAUGCGUUCCUAGGGAAACCGACUUCAGACCAGGUCCGGGGACAGUCUGUCCCCCGACCUCUUCUGAAGGCUGGGGGGGGGGACAAGGGCUUUUCUUCCCACCCACCCCAGCAUUUUAAAACCCCGGGACAGCGGAGGGCUUCUCCGCUGUCCGGGCGAUCUUAAAAUGCUGGCGGGCGGCAUUUUAAAAUUGCCCCGGGACAGCGGAGGACUUCUCCGCUGUCCGGGGCAAUUCAAAGCUCCUGGGAAGGCAGGCAGGGGGACAAAGACUUUUGCCCCCGCCUGCCUUCAGAAGAGGUCCUGGACCUCUUCUGAAGGUUGGCGGGGGGCGAAUGUCUUUGUCCCCCCCCCACCUGCCUUCAAAAGCUGUCCAGCCAAGGCUUCGCGGACCUCUCCGCAAGCAGCGGCAGCACUGCCGCUGCUUGCGGAGAGUUGCCGGCAUGCCGAAGCCUGCGCGCGCUGAGAUCAGCGCGCCCAGGCUUCGCGGACCUCUCCACGAGCAGCGGCAGCGCUGCCGCUGCUUGCGGAGAGUUGCCGGCAUGCCGAGCCUGCGCGCGCUGAGAUCAGCGCGCCCAGGCUUCGCGGACCUCUCCGCGAGCAGCGGCAGCGCUGCCGCUGCUUGCGGAGAGUUGCCGGCAUGCCGAAGCCUGCGCGCGCUGAGAUCAGCGCGCCCAGGCUUCGCGGACCUCUCCGCGAGCAGCGGCAGCGCUGCCGCUGCUUGCGGAGAGUUGCCGGCAUGCCGAGCCUGCGCGCGCUGAGAUCAGCGCGCCCAGGCUCGCGGACCUCUCCGCGAGCAGCGGCAGCGCUGCCGCUGCUUGCGGAGAGUUGCCGGCAUGCCGAAGCCUGCGCGCGCUGAGAUCAGCGCGCCCAGGCUUCGCGGACCUCUCCGCGAGCAGCGGCAGCGCUGCCGCUGCUUGCGGAGAGUUGCCGGCAUGCCGAGGCCUGCGCGCGCUGAGAUCAGUGCGCCCAGGCUUCGCGGACCUCUCCUGCCUUCAAAAGCCGUCCGGGAUAGCGGGAAGCGCUUCCCUGCUAUCCCGGACUGCUUUUAAAAUGCUGGCGGUGGGGCGCCAGCCUUUAGGCCCCCGCCCGCCUUCCAGGACCACGUCUGGAGGCCGGAGGGGGGGGGAGGGCUUUGCUCCCCACCGCGAGCUUAGAAAUGUGGGCCCCGGAGAGUUCCCUAUGGGCUUUCGUCUUGGGAAGCGAGCCCGUAGGGAAAUUCGUUUUGCGAAGCGCCUCCAAAACGGAAAACCCUUUCGUCUAGCGGGUUUUCCGUCUUGCGAGGCGUUCGUCUUGCGGGGCACCACUGUAGAUACUUUUUGAACCUCCCCCCGUACGCUGAUUCAUCAGUUUUCUGUGGUGCCUCAGACCCCUUGAGUGGGUUAUGCGGAUGCCCCCCCCAUCAAGUAAAGCAAUAGAAAUACUUAAGUAAUAGACCAAUCACGUUAGUCCUGCCCCCCCAUCAAAAAUCCUGACCACACCCAUGGCAGACGCCCUGUGGUCCUCGGACCACCAAUUGCGAACCACUACAUUAAAGCAAGCCUUUCUCAGUUUCCUCGUACAGGUAGCUAAACAACAACAACAAUAACAAAUUAAUUUGUUUUGGAAGCAAGAUGUUGAUGAGAUACCAGGUUAGCACAGCUUUCUCCAAUCUGGUUCUGUUAAGAUGCUUUGGACUACAAGCCCCACCAGUCGUAGCCAGUAUGGCCAAUGGUUAGGGAUGACGGGAGCCAUGUACACAAUAACAUCUGGAGAGUGAGGAGGGCUUUGCCGUGGGCAGGAUUAAUUCAGUUGACUUUCUGUAGUUUUGAUUUGCCUUAUUGAUUUGCCUUAGAAAUGUCGGGUGCUCAGUAACCAUGUACAAAGCACAAUUUAUUAUUAUUAUUUCUCUUGCAGCGUGAUACAGUAGUCAGUGCUUUUAAUGCUGGAAUCUUUGCGCGUAAUACAGUGGUACCUUGGGAUGCGAACGGGAUCCGUUCCAGAGCCCUGUUUGCAUCCUGAAUUGAGCGUAACCCGUGUCUGUGCGUGCGUGGGUGGGUCACAUUUCGGCGCUUCUGCGCAUGCACGUGACGUCAUUUUGAUGGUCUGCCCAUGCGCGCGUGGCGAAACCCGGAAGUAACGCGCUCCAUUACUUCCCUGUCACCGCGGAGCGCAACCUGAAAAUUCUUAACCCGAAGUGUAUUCAUCCCGAGGUAUGACUGUACAGCGCACUUCCGAAACGAUAGACACAGCCUUCAGCAGCAAUCUGUGCUUCAGCAAGUUUGAAUUUAUGGACGCAUUCACUGCUGGGAGGGUUUUACUGUGUUUAUUUGUUGGAGGUACCCGUGAGUGUGAACUUGCAACCCUGCGGAACAGACACAAAGAAUUUGGUGCUGCUAGUGGUUGUGUCCAUUGGGGUUGGAGAGGACCUAUGGAUCUGGUGUGGUGUAGUGGUUAAGAGCGGUAGUCUUGUAAUCUGGUGAACUGGGUUCGCGUCUCCGCUCCUCCACAUGCAGCUGCUGGGUGACCUUGGGCUAGUCACACUUCUCUGAAGUCUCUCAGCCCAACUCACCUCACAGAGUGUUUGUUGUGGGGGAGGAAGGGAAAGGAGAAUCUUAGCCGCUUUGAGACUCCUUAGGUUAGUGAUAAAGUGGGAUAUUAAAUCCAAACACUUCUUCUUCUUAUAUAGUCUGAAAAUUAGCAACUUGUUCAGCCAUGGCUGUACAGUCAUACCUCGGGUUACAGAUGCUUCAGGUUGUGUGUUUUUUUUUUGGGUUACAGACCUGCUGAAACUCGGAAGUACCGGAACAGGUUACUUCUGGGUUUCAGCGGUCGCACAUGAGCAGAAGCGCUAAAGCCGUGCUUUGCGCAUGCGCAGAAGCGCCGAAUCACAACCUGCACAUGCGCAGACACGGCACUGCGGGUUGUGAACGCUGCGGGUUGCGAACGUGCCUCCUGCACGGAUCAUGUUCACAACCUGAGCGUCCACUGUAUCAGUUUAUAUACUACGACAUUAUACAGGUGCCCAGUCCCAGGUGUUGUGGGUGGAGGAUGCUUUUUUAAGAAAUGAAAAAAUGAAAUGCCAGUUGCCUUGUUUACACGUUGCAUUUUCCCCCUGGGGAGUUCUCGUCCUGCAGCAAAAAUCUCCAAGGAUUUUCUUAGCUCUGCUAGUGUUGCACAGAUGUUAACUUUCCUUGGCUUGGGCUGGGGAAGCAGGAUUCCUAGAAUUCAGCCCUCCUCCUUCCUCCUCCUCCCCAGCUGGAUUCAACAACGUGGGCCUCGCUUGCCCUUUCUGCAAGCGGGUGAUUGCCCAAGUAUUCACUACAAAGGCUACUUGAGUGCAGUAUGUUCCCUCUGACGCAGGGAUUUUUAUUUAUUUAUUGUUAGAUACCGCAUAAAGCUAAGGAAAGCAAAGUUCAGGAACAGUAUCAAAUGUCUACUGAACUUCCGCCUAAGUUUUCCUUCUGCAAAAUUAGAAAAGUUCACUUCGAGAUAGCUUUUCUGUCUUAUUCUCUCCACCCACCAUAAAGAACAUCCGUAAUGUUACAAAGAUGUUGGCGGAAAAUACGUAGGGUAUAGUUUAAAAAAAGAAAAGAAAAGAAGAAUGGAUCGGGUUAUGGACGUGUCUUGCAGUGCAAUCCUAUUCAGGUCUACUCAGAAGUAGCAUUUGGUUCCAUGAGACUUUCUCUCAGGUAGUGAGUACAGAAUAGAGCCCCUUGUAGUCUUAUGGCGGAUCUGGGUUGUUGAUCCUCAGUGUUUGACGCACAAGGCAACAAAAGGUGCAAAGCCCCCAGAGAAAGUUACAAUAAUAAAAGUUCACGAUGCAAAUCAGCUUUAAAAUGUAUUGUUAGGUCCAUUUAGUGGAACUGUAGUCAGCUGGCUGGGGUUGCAACGCUGGUUAGUGAUUGUGAUAAUUAUUCAAAGCACUGAUGAUAUAUGUACUGUAUAUGAGAUACUUUUGACAAGCUUUUUAUUUUUAUUUUUUUUAAAAAAAACAUUCUUCACAAAGCACUAGACAUCUGUGCUUGGAUGUGUACCAUAUUUUAAUUUCUUUGUGACAGAAAAUAGCAAAAUUUAACUCCAGUCACGAAUGCGCCUCUACAUAGAUGUUGGUAGUGCAGGAAUUGUUGCAGAAAGUAGGACAUGAUUGUAUUCAUGCACAAUAUCUGGGGAGAAGGGUGGGUUUCAAAUUUGUUGUUAUUGUUAUUAUUACCGUUAUUACUAUUAUUAAAUCUGUACCCCAGUUAUUCUGUGGAACGGAACCCUCCAUGGGCUGCAACUGGUGUCGUGUUAGGAUAGUGGACAGAGAACGGCCUCAUUUAAAGCAGGAUCAUGACAUGACACUUUAAAACAGUCAUGGCUUUCCCCAAAGAUGCCUGGAAACUGUAGUUUGUAAGGGUGCAGAGAGUUUUUAGGAACCCCCCCCAACAGCCAAGUGGUUAGCUUAGCGCAGACAUCGCUAACUUUUUCAGCGCGGGGCCGGUCCACUGUCCCUCAGACCUUGUGGGGGGCCGGACUAUAUUUUGAAAAAUAAUAAUGAACGGAUUCCUAUGCCUCACAAAUAACCCAGAGAUGCAUUUUAAAUAGAAGGACAUAUUCUACUCAUGUAAAAACACGCUGAUUCCCGGACCGUCCGCAGGCCGGAUUUAGAAGGCGAUCCGGCCCCCGGGCCUUAGUUUUCCUACCCAUGGCUUAGCGUUAAGUGAGAACUGGGCUAACCUGUUAGCUAGAAGUCAGGGAUAUCAGGUAGAAUCUUAUGGACUCCGUCAGUAGCAAACCUUGCUUCCUUCUCAUGGCUUUUUUGAAGAAAGCUUAACCGCAAACUCAAAAUUGGACACGCUAAGCCCAGCCAUGGUUCUAGUGCAGCAGCAGCACAACGACUGGGGGGGGGGGAAAAUAUAUUAUUUUGUUUAUUUGUUUAAUGUAUUUAUAUCAUGCCUUUCUCCCAAGUUGGGAUUCAAGGCGGCUUACAGUAUUUCGAAAACGUCAUUUUAAAAUACCAAGUAACAGAAACAAAAUAGUUACAAAUAAUAGUUAAGAUACAAUAAAAACACAUUCAGAGCCAGCAUUUUUAAAUACUGAUUGUCCUGAUAGCAGGCCACUUGUCAGCAUCAUCUGCACCCAUUGUUUAUUUUGUGUUUAUGUUUUAGUAUUGUCAGCAAACUGAGCAACCUGCCUGGGUUGACUUAGUGUGGCAUCUGAAACAGGCAACUGUGUGUGUCUCCCUGUUUCUGGAUCCAGGAAUUGCAAUCAUUUCUCCUCUCACUUUUCUCUGUUUCUUUUCAAUUUAUUUCUCAAUAGUGUAUUUUGUUUGUUUGUUUACAUCAAAGAGAACAAUAUAUAGUUCUAAAAUAAUAAUAAUGUACUUUUCCCCUAAGGGGAUUGUAAGCAUACGAGUAAAAUUCUGUACCAGAUAACUUGAUUUUUGUCUGGGCACUGUGUGUGUGUCUGUGUGUGUGUGUGUGUGUGUGUGUGAGAGAGAGAGAGAGCUCGCUCGCUCGCUCGCAAAGUCCCUCUUCUUGCUCAGGUUGUGUAUUUUCCUGUUUUGCUUUUCUAGAACACUUUGGAACGUGACGAUCCCAAGGUUGGCUGUGUUAUUAAUUGCAGGUUAAGUGAGUUUAGAAAAAUAGAAUGUCCCUCAUGGUAGCAUCUGGUACACCUUCUACCAAUUAGCGGUAGGAACAUCCACCACGCAGCAAAAAAAUCAAAAUCAAAACAAAGCAAAAAAGGUUGUGUAAUGCUGUUUCCGAUGAGCUGCUCUAUGGAAACCAGAAUAGAAAGUAAGCAAGGUGAGAAUGUGAGGGGGAUCAGGCUGUCAGGUUACCAUGGCGACGAUAUAUGGGAUGGAGCAGCCGUCACCCAAGCGAUGGAACUGCCAAUUCCUUUUUCAUAGGUGUGAGCCUUUGGAGAUGAAUAUUUACCAUAUGUGGGCCAAUAUUUGCUAAACAUCCUGUAGAAUCUGAGUGGCAGGGUUGUAAUUAUAUUAUUGAGCACACAUGCAAGCAUCUGAUAGGGUUACCCCAGCCCCCACUCAGGCACACAUCUCAGUGAAAGUGCGUUUUAGCUGUGCUCCGUUUUUAAAGGAUUUGUUCUGUUAUGGUUUCAACCUCUCUUUUUUUGGGUGUGUGUGUGUGUGUCAGAUUUCCUACGUAAUUAUCAGGCCCAGUCACACACCCCUCCUUUCUCACGCAGCUUAAAUAUUAGCUUUGUUCAGCCUUUUUAUAUAUAUAUAUAUAUAUAUAUAUAUAUAUAUAUAUCUAGGCACACUUGUAGGAAGUAGGGAAUUUUCCCUCCGGCAAUAAUAAUAAUAAUAAUAAUAAUAAUAAUAAUAAUAUCUUAAUGCAACGGAAUCAUAACCUGUGCCGGUGGACAAAACCUGCCUGCUUUCAGAGCUCAAAAGGCAGUGGCAAUUGUUGGAACCUAUCUUUCUUGAGAGACAAUGGAAUGUACCUCUGGGGGGUGAAGUCAAGUUGCUGCCUUAGCAGCACUGAAGAGAUCUCCCUAAGGUGCAAGACUGGGUAUUGUCUAUGGGGGUCCUGGGCUGCCCAGACGACAAGACCCAUUAUUUAAAAUGCACCUCUGGGUUAUUUGUGGGGCAUCAGAAUUCGUUCUCCCCCCCCCCCCCAAAUAUAGUUCGGCCCCCCACAAGGUCCGAGGGACAGUGGACCAGCCCCCUGCUGAAAAAGUUUGCUGACCCCUGUCCUAGAUGGGCUACCUUCCGAGGUUGAUGAGUCCCAUCUGCCCCUCACUUCCUUCUACAGUGCGUUCAGAAACCACCUUCUUGACUGUUGGACCCACUAUUCGUGCUCAGUCCGCCAGAGUCUGUCUUCACAUGCAGGGGAAGUCCUUAACUCACUGAAGGGAUGAGGCCAUAGCUGUCAACGUUUCCCUUUUUUAAAGGGAAAGUUCCUUAUUCCGAAUAGGAUUUCCCUUAAAAAAAGGAAAAAGUUGACAGCUAUGGAUGAGGUCUAUCUGCUGCUCUCACCUGGUUUGGCCAGCCAGUCAAAGCCGAUUCAUGGGAUGUGGCAGCUGUUGCAUGUUCACAGAUUCUAGGCGCCACAGGUGAGAGUUGAAUUCAGAGUGGGGACCAAAGGUGGGCAGACUACCCCAGGAGGAGCACAACUUGUCCCCCACCAGAGGUACUACCCCUCCCCUAACGCCCCAUGCACCCCAUCAAUUGCAAUACAUAACUGCUAUCGCGACACAGUCUUGCAUCUUGCAGAGAGGGCUUGUUGGAGUCAGCUGGGAUAAAGACUUUAGAGUCUUGCUGCCUUCAAAAUACAACAGGGCAGUGCUCCCCAGACUCCCCCUGUGGAUCACUCACAUGUUGCUGAUGGUCUUGGUGAACCACUUAAAUCAUUUCCCUGCCUGCCUCUUACAGUGGCUGCAAUAUGCUGUGCUAGGUGCUGUAAGGUUUUAAAGUGUGUUUUUCUUGCUGAGUUUAUAUAUUGCAUGUCAUUUUAUCGCAUUAAAUUUGAAUGCCAUAGAGCUUGCCCAAGAAAAUGUAAUACAAGAAAUGGAAGCAGAGAUAAAAAUACAAUUGAAAACCUAUCUGAAUAUGUAAUGUGGACAUGUUGUGGACCAUGUGAAUGACACUGGUGGUCCACAGAGCAGUUUGGGAAUCUCUGCGAUAAAGAAUAAAGAGAAAUGGGUAUUUUUUUGGGUUGGGUGUGUUUGUGUGUGUCUAGGUAGAUAGGUACGUAGGCAGAUAGAUAGAUUCACAAUUUUCCACCCGUUGCAUUAAUGUUAAAUAUGUUCCAAAUACUUAGCUUAUUUGAAAUGUUUUAUAGUAUACCUUGUGCUCCUGUUACAAACCCAGGUCUUUAGACAGCUCACAACAGAGCUCAAAACAAAUCAAAUAAGCCAAGACAGUGAGAGAAUCAGGAUUAUCAAAUCAACAGAGAAGGGCCAAACACAUUUGAAACGGAGAUUGUUGCAAAGGCUCCUUUGCUGCCAAUAAACAGGGAGAAUGUUGGAGUUUUAAUCGGCUUGAACCCCAAAUGGAUAGCAGGGACACAGCACUGUCUGCUCACCUGGGGGAGUAACUCAGAAAGCACGGCACAUACCAGAUCAUAUUUUAGCAGUGUGGUGUGUGGGAAAAUGUUCCUUUAUGCCAAGGAAAUGCAUAAUGCACUUUCUGAACUCUUUGGGGAGAAACGGCAUGUUUUGAGGUGAAUUCAGAGUGUCGUCUUCCUUGGUGAUCACUCGUGGCCGAGUAAGAUUGUCUUCCAUAAACACGGUUUUAACAAUGAGUCGGUAAGUGACUGUGGAGGCCAAUUCUGGAUCCGUGCGUCCUUCCGCAGUGGGAACAUUGGUUUCCGGGCGGGAGUUGAUCACGGUGUGGAUUUGUCAAGCAUGCCUUCCUCUUAGCACAUUCCUCCCUUGCGUCCAGAGUUCGAGUGUCUUCAAAGCCCAUAACACCUUUGGUAAAGGCUCUUCUCCAACUGGAGCGCUCGCAGGCCAGUGUUUCCCAGUUGUCGGUGUUUAUACUACAUUUUUUAAGAUUUGCCUUGAGACAGCCUUUAAACCUCUUUUGCUGACUACCAGCAUUAUGCUUUCCAUUUUUAAGUUCGGAAUGGAGUAGUUGCUUUGGAAGACGAUCAUCAGGCAUCUGCACAUCAUGACCAAUCUAACGAAGUUGUUGUUGAAGAAUCAUUGCUUCUUCCAGUAUACUGGUAUUAGUUUGCCUGUCUUCCCAAGUGAUAUGUAAAAUUUUUCGGAGACACCGUUGAUGGAAUCCUUUGAGGAGUUGGAGAUGGCGUUUAUAAGUGGUCCAUGUUUCAGAAGCAUACAGUAAAGUUGGUAGUACAAUAGCUUUGUAAACAAGCAUUUUGGUUUCCCUGCGAAUGUCCCAGUCCUCAAACACUCUGCACUUCAAUCGGGAGAAAGCCGCACUCGCAGAGCUCAGGUGAUGCUGGAUUUCAGCUUCAAUGUUGGCUCUUGUGGAAAUAUAUUUGUGGAAAGUGCCGUAUUGCAAGCUGGCUCAACUGUAAGCAGGCAUAUUUGCUUUGUUUCCUCUGGUCUGCUUGUUUGCAGAAACCGAUUUCCACUGUUCCUCUGCCAUAUGCUGGAUAUGCAUCCUUUAGAGCAGUAGAGGUGAUAUAUAUUGGGGUAUGGGAACUAGACUCCGUAGGCCCAGGAGGAAAGGCAGGAACUUUUGGCUUCUUGAAAUGGGCACGUGUUGGAAAGAUGGCCUUGGGAUUCCUGCUGGGGCAAUACUGGGAGGGCGCUGAAGUGGUUUCUCGCCAACUAAGCCUGCUUGUCUUUAGUGGUGCAUCACAGGACUGUAGGGCUCCUGUUGGCUCAAACACGCCGGUGUGUGUUGGGUUGUGACCUAGGCCAUGUUCAUACUGUUGAACAUGGCUGGCAGUCCUGUGUGCAUGUCCGUGGGAGUAACGCACCAUUGACUGAAGUGAGUGGCAUUCCUGAGUAAACACGCACAGUAAUAAAUGCCAUCAAUCAGCUAAUCAGUACCAAUGUAUAAGAUGUAUUAUAAAUGGUGCAUUGCGUGUUAACACAGUAAGUAAAAAAUUGAUUAUUAUUUUCUAUCCAAUUUAUAUUCCACUCUUUCUUCUGAAAGGUAGGGGUGAACUUUGGAAAUACGGCAUAGUGAGCGAGGACAAAAUUUGGCGCCCUCCCUGAAUACUUAGUUUCACAAUAAUUCAUUUUGGUACAGUUGCUUUUUAAUGGGUUUUCUCUUUAGAUAUAAGAUUAUCUAUCUACCUCUAUUCCCUCUCUAUCUGUAUAUCUGUCUAUCUAUCUCUCUAUCUAUCUCUCUUAUCAUCUAUAUCUGUCUAUUGAUAUCUAUCAUCUAUCUAUCUCUAUCUAUCUAUCUAUCUAUCUAUCAUCUAUCAUCUAUCUAUCUAUCUAUCUAUCUAUCUAUCUAUCUAUCUAUCUAAUCUCCCUCUUGGCUUAGCACCCUGCAUGAGGGAACCACCCGCACCACCCCAAAUCUGGCACAGGUGAAGAAGUCCGGGUUUCCAUCUGAAAAUAAGUAUUAAAUAUAUUGAAUUCCAACAAACCCACACAACUGUUCAUCCUCCCCCCUCUCAUUCACACACACACACACACCACCCCCACUUCACAGGAAAAUUCUUUCCCUCCAUGGUUUUAAAAUUUUAGGAAAAAUUUCCCACUCUAGUCUCACCAGCUCAAAGUUUGCAGAGUUUGUUGACAUAAUAGGUUACUUUGGGUAGCUGAAAUAGGAAGAGGAAAUUGCCCUAGGGUGCCUGAGUUAUGUUUUUAUUUUUUUGGACUCCGCAGUCCCCAGUGACACCCAUCUUUUCUCUGUUCCCCACCCUGCAACCUGCCAGCUUGAAAACAUUCCUCUGCAAAUCCCUGGUCUGCGGCUGUUACAGCGAGAAAAGUUAAGAACAGUUGCACUUGCCAGCUCCCCAAAAUAGAGAUUUUAAAUAGCUGCGUACAAAAAAAUGCUGUCAGCCAGAAUGUCUGGGAUUUGACAAAUUUUUAGAUGUGUGUGCAUGCAUAUAUUUAAAAUGCCAUGGUAUGUGCUGGAACGCUCCUGUAAAUAGCACAAUUCAAUGUCGUAAGGAAGUGUUACGACUAAAAUUGACUCUCUCCAUAACACCCAUUCUGACUGAAUGCUCAGGAGGAGUUGGUGGGUGCCGAAGGAGUCAGCAAUUAUAAAUAGUAAACCAGCCCAGGUUGGUUGAAGGGAACUUGUCGAGCUUGGAUGAGAAACUGCAGUUCCAAGUUCUGCAGUCCUCGUGUGUGCACUUUUUAGUAAAAUCUGUGCUCAUGAAAUUCUGGCUGUGCAUGUACCCCUCCAGUCCUGUGUGUGCAUGCUGGAUUGAGAGCACACUUAUCUGUGCUUGAAAAUCUAACUUGGUUUCCCUGCUUGCGAUUGCUUAUCAGCCCUCUUAACAUUUCUUAAUCACGUCUGACUGUGGUUACACAGGGAGUAGCUUGCUAUCACUUAAGACCAGGGUUUCCCAAACUUGGGUCUGUAUCUGUUUUUGUUUUUGUUUUGGACUACAAUUCCCAUCAGCUCCACCUGGUAUGCAGGCUGAGACCCUACCUGCCAGCAGACUGUCUUGCCAGAGUGGUGCAUGGUCUAGUUAUCUCUCACUUGGACUACUGCAAUGCGCUCUACGUGGGGCUACCUUUGAAGGUGACCCGGAAACUACAACUAAUCCAGAAUGUGGCAGCUAGACUGGUGACUGGGAGAGGCCGCCGAGACCACAUAACACCGGUCUUGAAAGACCUACAUUGGCUCCCAGUAUGUUUCCGAGCACAAUUCAAAGUGUUGGCUUACCUUUAAAGCCCUAAACGGCAUCAGUCCAGUAUACCUGAAGGAGCGUCUCCAACCCCAUCAUUCUGCCCGGACGCUGAGAUCCAGUGCCGAGGGCCUUCUGGCAGUUCCCUCGCUGCAAGAAGUGAGGUUGCAGGGACCAGGCAGAGGGCCUUCUCGGUAGUGGCACCCGCCAUGUGGAACCCCCUCCCACCAGAGGUCAAAGAGAAAAACAACAACCAGACUUUUAGAAGACAUCUGAAGGCAGCCCUGUUUAGGGAAGCUUUUAAUGUUUAAUAGACUAUUGUAUUUUAAUAUUUUGUUGGAAGCCGCCCAGAGUGGCUGGGGAAACCCAGCCAGAUGGGCAGAGUAUAAAUAAUAAAUUUUGCCCUCCAACUUUAAAUGAACAUAUUAUUGUUAUUUAUUAUUAUUACUAUUAUUACUGUUGAUAGCAGCAUGCUCAUACCUCCCCAUUUUGGCUUGAUUUCUUUUGGCACUCAGCCCCCUGAGUUUGCUGUUAGUUGGAAUUAUUUCUAUUUAAGUUUAUAUACAUGUGGCACUCAAGAUGACUGAAAGGGUCAAUAGGCCCGCUCAGCUGCUACUGAGUUCAAAUGUAUCACGUCUGGGCAAUGCAUAGGGUGCAUAUUGCAGUUGUGUCCUUAUGUACAGUGGUACCUCCACCUGUGAAUUGGAUCCAUUCCAGAGCUCUGGUCGCAUCCUGAGGAAUUCACAACCAGAGGUGCUGUUUCUCUGCAUGCACGCAGCACAGUUUAGCACUUCUGCGCAUGCAUGUGGCACGUAGAGCGCUUCUGUGCAUGCGCGUGUGGUGAAACCCAGAAAAAUACUUCUGGGUUUGCCACGUAUGUAUCCUGAAGGAGACAUAACCAGAGGUGAACGCAAGUAGAGGUACCACUGUAUAUACUUUUGCAGUGGUUAUUGGUUACUCAGCUUGAUCUAGAAAUGGUUGUAAAAAAUAACAGGGGGAAAAAGGGAAUAUGAUCUGCUAGGACUUUGGUUUGAGUAUUCCCUGUUCUGGCUUUCGGUGCCUUUUGUUUUGCUUUUGAAAGGUUUUUCCUCUUCAAUUCAGUUGCUUGCAAACUUUAGCCGACUUGCCAAUCUUGGUGUAGCCUGUCUGGCUGUAAGCAAUGGUAUAAGGAGCCUCUUGACAAGUGCCCAAAGGCUAGAAUUCUUUGGUUCAAAGUUUGUACGGUUACUAUUUGAUGGCUCAAAUGACUCAGGAUUGCAGUAUCUCCCCAUGUGAACCAAUUUGGACCCUCUUCAAUCAUAAUCUGAGGCCCUUCUUUGUGUGCCUCCUCCGUAAGAGGGCCUUUUCUGCAGCAGCUCCCUGUUUGUGGAAUGCUCUUCCCGGAGAGGGUUGCCUGGUGCCUUCAUUAUGUAUCAUUAGGCUCCAGGCGAAAACAUUUCUCUAUAACCAGGCCUUUGGUUAUGUCCAUUCUGUGGCCUUUAAAAUGUGUUUGUGGGAAGUGCGGUUAUUUUGUUUGAUGUGUUUUGUGUUCUCAUUUUUUAUUCUUACGUUAUGAGCUGCCCUGUGAUCUCUGGAUGAAGGGUGGUCUACAAAUUUUAAUAAUAACAAGUUGGAAAAAAUAUGAAUCUGAGACGGCAUCUAAUCAGCUCCAGCCUACAUUUGACACACUGCAAGUGUGAAAACUUGAAGACUUUCUUCCAACCUCUUCCAGUUAAGUGUGGAGCAGGAAGGAGGAGAUGCAAUAUUUCAAAGCUGGCAAUUAUGUCUAUCCCUGUCCACUCACGUGUAGAUCUUAGUGAUGUGCUGAACCUUUCCCCUGUCUUUUUCAGUGAUAAAGGAGAGGGGUUGUUGUUGUUUAGUCAUUUAGUCGUGUCCGACUCUUCGUGACCCCAUGGACCAGAGCAUGCCAGGCACUCCUGUCUUCCAAUACCUCCCGCAGUUUGGUCAAACUCAUGCUGGUAGCUUCGAGAACACUAGCCAACCAUCUCGUCCUCUGUCGUCCCCUUCUCCUUGUGCCCUCAAUCUUUCCCAACAUCAGGGUCUUUUCCAGGGAGUCUUGUCUUCUCAUGAGGUGGCCAAAGUAUUGGAGCCUCAGCUUCAGGAUCUGUCCUUCCAGUGAGCGCUCAGGGCUGAUUUCCUUCAGAAUGGAUAGGUUUGAUCUUCUUGCAGUCCAUGGGACUCUCAAGAGUCUCCUCCAGCACCAUAAUUCAAAAGCAUCAAUUCUUCGGCGAUCAGCCUUCUUGAUGGUCCAGCUCUCACUUCCAUACAUCACUACUGGGAAAACCAUAGCUUUUACUAUACGGAUCUUUGUUGGCAAGGUGAUGUCUCUACUUUUUAAGAUGCUGCCUAGGUUUGUCAUUGCUUUUCUCCCAAGAAGCAGGCAUCUUUUAAUUUCGUGGCUGCUGUCACCAUCAAGGAGAGGGGUAGCAGGAGCAAAUGUAAGUUGCCUGCAAAAAAGGCAGGGGGAAGAGAAAUUGUCAGAAUUCCUGCUGAGGGAGCAAGGCUGUUGCAACUUGCUAAAUGUAUAAGGUGGCAGAGUGGUCUUUUCUGCAUUUUUUGAAAAAAACUCCUUCCGCCCACAUGCACCGCAGGGCAGGCUCUUCUCAGAAAGGAAACAUGCUGGUGGCAAGCAGCAAUUCACAAGAAUGCAAGGACCCUGUAUGCUCCUCCUGAAGAUACCAACACAAUGUGUAUAUGCCAACUGUAGACUUGCUAUUUUGUGGAGCAAAUUGUGCCUGUUGCCAGCUUGAUGUUCCUCACCUACCCAGAUGUUUGUGGUGUCAACAUGUUGCAGGGUGAGCGUUUGGCAUGCUGAAAAUAAGAGCAGAUGUACUGUUCGAUUUAGGGAGUAAAGGGAUUAAAAAAAUUCAUUGCAAAAAAAAGAUUCAUUGCAAAUGAACCAGGGGGUAGGAAGAAACAUGCUUUCCUCAUGGGGUUCUUUGUGUUAAAAAGGUCAUUUGUCAGCUGCUGAUGUUGCUUGCAUCUGAUUCUUCUUUACUUCUUGUGCUAGAUUUUGCUGCUGGACUUGUUAGCGUUCCUUUAUUGCUUAAAUCUGUUGCUUUACUGCUUUUAUUUUUCAACAUCUGCACACAACUCUUGACACUUCCCCUUUUUGCCGAAUAGCAGGACAUAAACCUUUUAUAUUAAAACACAGUACCAAAAGAAACAGUUUGUUCUCUAUUUCCGAAACUUAAGUGACUGAUUAAGAAGUGCUUGGAAAUGAUGUACAAGCAGUAAAUGAAACUGCAAGAACCACAUACAGUGCUACCUCGGGUUACGUACGCUUCAGGUUACAUACACUUAAGGUUACAGACUCCGCUAACCCAGAAAUAGUACCUCGGGUUAAGAACUUUGCUUCAGGAUGAGAAAAGAAACAGCACGGUGGUGGCGCAGUGGCAGCGGGAGGCCCCAUUAGCUAAAGUGGUGCUUCAGGUUAAGAACAGUUCCAGGUUAAGAACGGACCUCCGGAAUAAAUUAAGUACAGUGGUGCCCCGCAAGACGAAUGCCUCGCAAGACGGAAAACCCGCUAGACGAAAGGGUUUUCCGUUUUCAAUGCGCUUCGCAGGACGAAUUUCCCUAUGGGCUUGCUUCGCAAGACGAAAAUGUCUUGCGAGUCUUGAGAUUUUUUUCCGCUUCCCCCCCUUUUUCUAAGCCGCUAAGCCUUUAAUAGCCUUUUAGCAGCUAAUCCGCUAAGCCUUUAAUAGCUGCUAAACCGCUAAUAGCGCUAAUCCGCUAAGCUGCUAAUAGGGUUGCUUCGCAAGACGAAAAAACCGCUAGACGAAGAGACUCGCGGAACGGAUUAAUUUCGUCUUGCGAGGCACCACUGUACUUAACCCGAGGUACCACUGUAAUGAGAAGCUGCCUUAGGCCCGGUCAAGACUAUGGGCUCGUCUAGGUCACUAUUGUCUUUUUAGGAUGGCUGUAGCUCUCCACGUUCUGUGGCAUCACCUCUGUCCAGACUUUUGAAACUGGAGGUGCCAAGGAUUGAACUCUGGGCCCCCCGCAAUAUAAAACACAAGUACAAUCACUUUGCUGUCGUCCUUCCCCGAAGGUGGUGGCAACCAUAGCAGAUUUAAACAGAGCACGUCGUUCCACCCUUAAAAGAAAAGUUAUCUAUUUAUAAGAUUUCUUACCCUCUUAGGUGGGUUGUAGGAAUACAGUGUUAGAUUUUAGAGUCUUUUAAAAGUGGGAGGGGACGGUUGGUAUGUUUUUUUUUUUAAAAAAAUGUUUUUAUUAUGUAUAAUGCUAUGUAAACUAUGUUUUUAACGUCGCGCACCACCCUGCAAUCUUUGGAUAAAAGGUGGUGUAGACAUUGAACGAAAAUAAUAAAGUCGCGUUUAAAAACUUGAGCUUAUUGUUUUUGUUGAAGGAGGUGUCUCGCCAUUGGACAAGGUGGAUGUUCAUCCAUGAUGUUGGAAAUUUAUGGAAUAUUUUGUGGUGAGCUACUGGAUGCAGUAAUUGGUGCCCCCCUACAGUUAAGGUAGUCUUUUUUUAAAAAAAAUUUAAAGCGUGAUUCAUUAAUAUGCAGCGGAUUACAAAUAGUUGCAUUUUUAGUUUUCAAGUUCUGAUUGCCUCGGGGAAAUCACAGACAUUAAUUUGCAGUCGUAAAGAUUAAACAGGUAAAGCCAGUGAGUAAUGCUAAUGUGUAGCGUAAUUUCUUAUUGCCUGCCUGCCUUUUGUGUAUUGCUUUCGCUGUUCUCGGAAGAUUCAGCACCGAUGGUUGCAUUCUGUAAUAAACCAGCGUCAAACGUUCAAAUUGGAAUGGGGGAGGAAGACAAUAACAAAAGGAGGGGCUAAGACAGGGGUCUGCAAACUUUUUCAGCAGGGGGCCGGUCCACUGUCCCCCAGACCUUGUGGUGGGCUGGACUAUAUUUUGAAAAAAAUAAAUAAAUGAGCGAAUUCCUAUGCCCCACAAAUAACCCAGAGAUGCAUUUUAAAUAAAAAGACACAUUCUACUCAUGUAAAAACACGCUGAUUCCCGACCGUCCUUGGGCCGGAUUGAGAAGGCGAUCGGGCCCGAUCUGGCCCCUGGGCCUUAGUUUGCCUACCCAUGGGCUAAGAUAUAAAGAAAGCACAGUCCAAAUGGCAGCAAUCAGAGUUCCAGAUUUCUGUGUAGAACCGUUUGAGUCAAAAGAGUUUGACUCUCCAGCGUUGAGCUAUAGGAAACGGAUGGGGUGGGGGUCCAAAGAAUCUAGUCCAGCAACAGCAGAUUAAGGUUGCAAUGCUAACUCUUAUUUACCCAGGAGCAAACCAUGUUGGAUUCAAUGGACUGACUUCUGAGUAAGGCACAGUAAGGUUUUCAUGCCAAGGGAGCGAUCUUAGGCAUGCGAAGCCAGCAUAAGUUCCGCUGUCUUAAGUUAAGCCAAGUGGGACGUGGGUGGCGCUGUGGUCUAAACCACUGAGCCUAGGGCUUGCCGAUCAGAAAGUUAGCGGUUCGAAUCCCCGCAACAGGGUGAGCUCCCGUUGCUGGGUCCCAGCUCCUGCCAACCUAGCAGUUUGAGAGCACGUCAAAGUGCAAGUAGAUAAAUAGGUACCACUCCAGUGGGAAGGUAAACGGUGUUUCUGUGCGCUGCUCUGGUUCGCCAGAAGCAGCUUAGUCAUGCUGGCCACAUGACCCGGAAAAACUGUCCGCAGACAAACGUCGGCUCCUCGGCCAGUAAAUCGAGAUGAGCGCCGCAACCCCAGAGUCGUUCGCGACUGGACUUAACUGUCAGGGGGUCCUUUACCUUUACCUUUUUUAAGUUAAGCCAGCGUAAAGUGUGCCACAUCCAAACUCUGUUCAGGACUGGGGCAAUUGCUGGCCAGGCCAGCCUAACCCUGGCAAAAGGGAAAGCCAUUUCCUUGGUGGGUCUUUCACUGCAGGCUUUUACUGCCACCCCCCACCUUACUUAACCCACGAUUGCAGGGCAGAAGGAUAUGUUGAUGGCAAGAAAUGUAGGAUGUUGAAGGCUACCUGCAGUAGUAGGAUGUUGAAGGCUACCUGCAGUAGGUGACUACAGUUUGUUCACUGGGAGGUCACCUUCCCAUCCCCGCCCCGUCUCCAUUUGUAAAAGUGUGAAUGUUCCGCUUCCCACCAGGGUCAUGCUCUUGAGGCCCAUGUGUGCGAGGAAUUUUGCUUUGAGCUUGGAGAAAGUCCUGGGAAGGUUGGCUUCCGCAACAGCGUGAGCCUGCGGAGCAAGGACGAGGGACCUUGUGGCGCUACAGAUGUUGAUGCUGGCGGUGGCUAUAUUUAUAUAUGCUGCCCUUUCUCUCGCGGAGCACAAGGCAGCUCACAUAAUUCAUGUACUGCGUUGACACAUAAUGCAAGAAUGAUAAUUAAAUGCCGUCCGUUAUAACAGCUAAGCUAACAGCAAAAGCCAGCAGUGACUCCCUAGGCUAGUAAGGCCCUUCAAUCUACAGCAGGGUUUUGUGGGAAUUGUAGUCCCAAAAUAGCUGGAGACCCAAGUUUGGGAAACACUGGUCUACAUGAUGCACAGAAAUUCUGGGGGAAUAGGCAUGUCUUUAAUUGCCACUUAGCUGGGGGAAAAAACCACCUAUUGUUGGGCUUUUACAUCCAAAACGACUGAUAGGGAUGAUGGGAGUUGUAGUUCCGCAACCCCUGUCCCUGCUCUAAAGUGUCCCCUCCCAAUCCUUGGGGAUGCCUUUUGAUUCUAGGAAUUGUUUGUAUAUAUCCACCCUGCUACCCCCCCUCCUGCCAUUCUUUUUUCUUUUCUUUCCAGUUGUAGGGAGGGGUAGAGAUCUUCAUGCUCGUGGUUCCAAACAUCUGGGUUACAUUUAUGCUGGUUUUGAAUGUAGGUCAGUCUUCAUGUGUCGCAAAGCCUUGAAUGCACAGCAAGAAAAAUUAGAGGGAGCCUCUUGGCUUGCCUCCUUGGCCUGUUCUAUGGGGGGAAACAGUCGCUUGGGAUUGGAAGCAGGGAGUUUUGCUUUGGUCUGCUCUCGGCACACCUGCGUCGCUGCUGGUCCUGGGUGGGCGUGAACAACCUGUAUCUUCCUCCAUCCCCAUGAUGGCUUUCAUAAAUGCUUCAUUGCAACUUAACAUUGCUGCUUGGGGCCAGGUUCCCAAGGCCCAAGGCCUUGUUCAGGGUGCGUAGCAGCCUGAAGGACAUAAGAACAUUGGGAGACCCCUGGAAAGUGUGCACAUUUUAUGUGGCAGGGGUGUGACCAUUCAGCUGUUGCUGGACUCCCACCUCCCAGGAGCCCCAUCCAUGAUAACCGAUCCAGAGGGCCAGUGAUUCACCCAUUCCUACUCUCUGGUUUCCCUAGGCCCCAAUCCUGCCUCGUUACCUCCCCACCCACUUCUGAUUUUGUGCUGUGUGACAUCUGCUGAUGGGAGUCACUGGGGUGAUGUGUAGCCUUUACCUAUGUUUUAGGCCACCCAUUGGAAUUAAUGGGCACAUUCAUUAUUUUCAAUGGGUCUACUAUGAAUAUGGGGACGCGGGUGGCGCUGUGGGUUAAACCACAGAGCCUAGGACUUGCCGAUCAGAAGGUUGGCAGUUCGAAUCUCUGCGACGGGGUGAGCUCCCGUUGCUCGGUCCCUGCUCCUGCCAACCUAGCAGUUCGAAAGCAUGCCAGUGCAAGUAGGUAAAUAGGUAGCACUCUGGCAGGAAGGUAAAUGGCAUUUCCGUGCGCUGCUCUGGUUUGCCAGAAGCGGCUUAGUCAUGCUGGCCACAUGACCCAGAAGCUGUACGCUGGCUCCUUCGGCCAAUAAAUGUGCCGCAACCCCAGAGUCAGCCACGACUGGACCUAAUGGUCAGGGGUCCCUUUACCUUUACUUUACUAUGAAUGUGGCUAAUGUUGGAUAAUUCACAGGGUUUGAGUCUCUUUGUUGUCCCCUUUCCACUCAAACAGAGAAAACAUGUAAAAUAGAAAAUAGCUUAUUUUGCAAAAUGAGGAGGAAAUAAGCCCAUUUGCCUUGAUUGGCUUAACUAAUUUAACUGUUUAGGGAAGUUUUAAAUGUUUGAUGUAUUUAUCAUGUUUUUAAUAUUUUAUUGGGAGCCGCCCAGAGUGGCUGGGGAAACCCAACCAGAUGGGCAGGGUAUAAAAUUAUUAUUAAUAAUAAUAACAACAAUGUUUUAAGCAAUGUCACAUGGAUGCCUAAUUUACUCCUUUUCCGACGCUGCUGCCAUCGCUAACCUUGCACGCUACGUACUUUUUCUCCUAACUGAUACCCAAUGAAAAACAUGGAAGCCCCGCACAUCCGGGCCCUCGCCACACUGUCCCUGAUACACAGACAACACUUUAGACCGUCGCACAAUCGUAUAUUUGUGCUAAAGAGCUUAUUCAGUUGAACACGCUUGGAAAUUCUCCUCCAAAAAAGCAAUAACGACAGUGACACAUCUGGCUGGGUUUCCCCAACCACUGUCUUCAAAAUUAAAACCACCCUCAUUAAAAUACAUUUUAAUGUAUUUUUUAAUCUUUGUUGGAAGCCGCCCAGAGUGGCUGGGGAAGCCCAGACAGAUGGGCGGGGUAUAAAUAAAUAAAUAAAUAAUAUUAUUAUUAUUUGUGCUGAUCAUGAGGAGGUGUGAAGAGCUGUCCUUAUGCCUGCUAGACAUUGGGGUAGGACUUGCAUACCAGUUCCCUGCCUCCAUUCCUGGUUAUACAGCAGGAGUGUUGUGCCCAGGCAAAUGCUGGAACAAGACUAGUAUCUCAAGGAAAAUCCCUUAAGGUGACGGCUGGACCCUGGCAUCAUUGUGGGAGGUCAUUGGCACCUGUGGUGGGCUGUCUGAGAAGGAUUGCUUUCUUUGUGUCAAGCACAUGUUUACUAAGCCAGCACUCUCUAUAUUAAAUAGUCCUUGCAUUCAGUGCCUCCCCGCGUAUUAAGUGUAUCAGUGGAAGCCGUGUUCUGAAUAUCCCCACAGCCCCCUACUCUUCGGAGGUUAGGUAGGAACCUCUUCUCUCAUGUUGUCUCAGUCCUGGAGCACCUCGCCCAACAGUCUCCUGCUUCUAAAAUAUCUUCCGGACGCCUGCUGAAAGCUGACCUAUUCUCUCGAGAUUUUGGCGGGAUGGAAUUGUGCAACUGUCUGGGUUUCCCCCCCUAUUGCUAACUUUGAUACUGAUAGCAUUGUGGGUUUCCUGCUUUGUUUCAUUUUGUGUUUGCUGCAUUUUAUAUUGGUACGUUAAGCCGCCUUGUAAACUCUUGGUGCGAAGACGUAGCUGCAACAAAUGCACGCACAUGGUAGGGUUGCAGCCUCGCUUGCGGGAAGUUGUUUUUGGGUAGGUUGCAUCCGUCCACGUUGUUCCUCUUAAUGGUGGUCCCCAGGCACUUGCAGCAACUGCGACAAGCAGCAGGGUUGCUGUUACUAAAAGGGGCAUUAGAUCUUGCAUUCGGAGGGAGCCUUGUAAGGUUUGCAGGUUCUAAUUUAUGGACCCAGUGUGGUGGGUGCCCUUUGCAAAGCAGUGCGAGCCAAGCAGUUUCCUGGACCCAGGGCUUUCCAGGACUGGGGGAGGCAGUGUCACUUAGUUGUGACACUGCUAAAUAUCCCCCCCUUGUUUUCCUUCCCCCGCCCCAUCCCCCAGUGUAGCAGUGUGUGGGCCAAGUGUUGCCACAUUGCUGCUUUUUAUACCCAUCUCUGAUCUUGCAAUGCAUCUAUUCUAAAUGUGUUAACGUAUAUUAACUAACUUUUGCCUCCUUGGAAACAUGACAACAGCUCGCCCUCUCUACAAAUCCAGCAGUGAGAAAUUCCAGGCUUUUCCCCUCUCCUGAGCAAUCCACUGUCGUAUUAUGAUGUGUUAACAUCCCUUUUGGUUUUUAAAUAGUAAACCUUCCCUCCCCCUUUUCUUUUCCAGUACCAUCUUCCUGUGACGGGAGGCUCCUAA